AUGGGCCAGCCGCACACCAGCCAACCCAGACGAGCCGUCGCCGAGGGGCCGCCAUUGGAACCUCGCCCGGAAGCGGUGCGCACGUUGCCGCAGUGGCUCAUUUGUGCGGCGAGUGACGCACCCGAGGCGGGCAUUGUUUAUGUGGCGGCAGACGGAGCGGAAGAUCGACGUAGCUAUGCGGAUGUGCUGGCGGCGGCCGGACGGCGGCUGAAAGCACUUCGCGAGCGAGGCCUAUCUCCCGGGCAGAAGGUCGUUCUGCUUAUUCGCAACACGCACGAGUUUGUCGAGCUGUUUUGGGGCUGCGUUCUCGGCGGCAUGGUGCCGGUAUUGUUGCCUCCGCCCAAGGGCGAGGCCGUGGGCGACGAUGAUCUUCGCGAUUCCAGCGACACGCAACGUUUGGCAGCGGUGUGGAAGAAGCUUGACUGCCCCCCGUUGAUCGUGCCCGAGCCGUUGGAGCGGCUACGAGACGCGGUUUCCGCCAUCGCAGGGCAAGAAGUAUCGCUGUGGUGGACGCCGGCAGACAUUGAAAGUUCGGUGGAAGACUCUCGCUGGCACCUGCGGGCGCCGAGUUCCACGGCCUUCCUGUUGUUCAGUUCGGGAAGUACCCGGGAACCGCAGGGCGUGCAGGUGACACAUGACAAUGUGUGGGCCAACGUGCAGGCCACCUGUCAGCACAAUGGGUUCGGUGCUGAGAAUGCGGCGCUGUGUUGGGCCCCGUUGUAUCACGUGAUUGGGCUGGUGUGCUUCCACCUGUUGCCUGUCUAUGCACGUGCGACACAGGUGAUGUUGGAACCUGCGACGCUGUUGAAGCGGCCCGAGUUGUGGUUCGACAAAAUCAGCAAACACCGCGUGUCGUACACCGGCGGGCCGAACUUUGCGUAUUCGCUGGCCACGAACCGCAUCAGUGACGAUCGCCUGCAAGACUGGGACUUGUCGUGUUUGCGGGUGUUGCUCAACGGUGGUGAGGUGGUUUCCGUCGGUGGGCUGCGUCGCUUCUAUGAGAAGUUUCGUGCGGCCGGGCUGAGGGCCGAGGCCAUGGCUCCGGCGUUUGGCAUGUCGGAAUCGGCCGGCGGGAUUGCCUAUCCCCGCGCCGAUCAACCGCUAAGCACCUUGCAGCUCGAAACGGGAGCCGAGUACGCCAACUUAGGGCGCGUGCUUCCAGGGCUGACGGUGCGAGUCGUCGAUGAAGAUGACCAGGUGGUCGAGGAAGGCAUCGUCGGCAAUAUCCAGAUUCGCGGUCGAACCGUGACGCCCGGCUACGAGGGGAAUCCGGAGUUAACGUCCGCCAGUUUUGUUGAUGGCUGGUUUCGCACAGGUGAUUUGGGUUUUCUGCAGAACGGGCAAUUGGCCGCCGUGGGACGAUCGAAGGAUGUGAUCAUCGUCCAUGGCCACAACUACUAUACGAACGACUUGGAACAGGCUGCCCGGGAGGUCGCGGGGGUGGUUCCCGAUCGCGUGGUAGCGAGUGCCAGCUACAGCGAGGAACUGGGGCGCGAAAGGGUGAUCGUCUUUGCGGCACUUCAGUCUGAUGCUGACGCGAAAGUGGUGGCAGAAGCGGUUGAGCAGGACGUGCUCAGCCGAGUGGGUGUUCGCGUUGACACGAUGGUUCCGCUGGCCGACGAGCAGUUUCCACGUACUCCCGCCGGGAAGAUCCAUCGCUACGAACUGAAGCGAUUGUUCGAAGCCGGUGCGUUUGAGCAGGAGAGGAUUGAUCGUUCUGCGGAGAGGGGCUCGCAAACUACUCACUCGCGGGUAGACGAAUCGACUGGAAGCCCACAGAACUCGCGUCUCGAAGUGGACCGGAUGUGUGAGCUGCUGGCUGAGAUGAUGGCCGAAGUGCUCGCCAUUGAUGUUGAGCAUAUCGACCCGACGGCGAGUUUUGUGGAGUUGGGCGUCGACUCGGUGUUGGCCGUGCAGUUGGUGCGAGAUCUGGAAGAUCGCCUUAAGGUCGAACUGCCGACCACGCUGGCCUACGACCAGCCGAACCUGCAAGCGUUGGCGGAGUUCUUGAUCGCCGAACAUCGCGCCGCGAGUACGACUUGGAUUUCGGAGGAUGAAACGACUACGGGUGUCGAUGCUGCGACUGGCAACGAAGCUUCAGGCGAAGUCGUGAGUCCUUUAACUCCUUCAGUUAUCAAUGUGGUCGAGCCCGAUGGACUCAAAGAUCCUCGGCAGCCGAUUGCGAUCGUUGGAAUGUCCGCCCGCUUUCCCGGUGCGAAGGAUCUCGAUCAGUAUUGGUCGAACCUGAUUGAGGGGGUCUGCUCGAUUCGCGAGAUUCCUUCGGAGCGAUGGGAUGUUUCGAAGUACUACUCACCGCGUCCGGGAGUGCCUGGCAAGACGGUGAGCAAGUGGGCCGGCAUGUUGGACGACGUCGAUCGCUUCGACGCCAAGCACUUCGGCAUUUCUCCACACGAAGCUCAACGGAUGGACCCUCAACAGCGGCUGCUGCUGGAGGUGUGCUGGGAGACGCUCGAGUCGGCCGGGUAUGCCGGGGGGAAUUUGAGCGGAAGCGACACCGGCGUGUUCGUUGGCAUCAGCCUGCACGAUUACAUGCGGGGGUUGUUGGCCGAAUCGAACGACGUGGAUGCCUACGUGGCCUCCGGGAAUUUCCUUUCCAUUGCCGCCAACCGGCUGUCUUACGUGCUGGACCUGAAGGGGCCCAGCAUGGCGGUCGACACGGCGUGUUCGUCGUCGCUGGUCGCCUUGCACCUGGCUGUGGGAAGUCUUCGCCGGGGCGAGUGUCAUGCGGCAAUUGUGGGGGCGGCUCAUCUGCACUUCACGCCGGAGUUGUACGUCAACUUCAGCCAGGCGGGGAUGCUCUCACCCGAUGGACGGCUCAAGGCGUUCGAUCGCAGGGCCAACGGUUAUGUGCGUGGCGAAGGUGUGGCCGCCGUGAUGCUGAAGCCGUUGGUCGACGCCCAGCGGGAUGGCGACUUCGUGCAUGCCGUGAUUCGCGGGACGGCGGUCAACCAGGACGGGCGAACCAACGGGCUGACCGCGCCCAAUCGCCAGUCGCAGGUGGAAGUGAUCCGCCAGGCCCAUCGCGAUGCCCAGGUGAGCCCGACCGACGUUAGCUAUGUGGAAGCUCACGGGACCGGCACCGUGUUGGGCGACCCGAUCGAACUGCAAGCCCUCGGCGAAGUGUUUGCGGACAAGCUUCAACACGGUGCGAAGGACGAGCCGGCCGGGCGGUGCGGCAUCGGGUCGGUCAAAACGAAUCUGGGCCAUCUCGAGCCGGCUUCUGGUUUGGCCAGCUUGAUCAAGGUGGUGCUCUCGCUCGAGCAUCAGCAGGUGGCUCCUACGUUGAACUUCGAGCAGCCGAACGACCAUGUUCGCUUCGAGCAACUGCCGCUGUAUGUGGUCGAUCGUUCGCGAGCGUGGCCGCGGGGGGCUGAACCGCGGAUUGCCGGAAUUAGCGGGUUUGGCUUUGGCGGGACCAACGCCCAUGUGGUUUUGGAAGAAGCUCCUGUGGCUGCCGCCGACUCGACGGGUGCUGUAGGGCCCAACGUCUUGACUCUCUCGGCUCAAACUCAGGCCGCACGAGCGCGUGUGGCCGAGCAACUAGCCGAGCAUGUGGAGAAUCACCCUGGGCAGAACUUGGCCGACAUUUGUUUCACGGCCAACACCGGUCGCCGCAAACAUCAACAUCGGGCGGCGGUGGUUGCGAAUGGGCGGAGAGAGUUGGUGGCAUCGCUACGAAAUCUUGCUCACCCAGAGUUCGCUCAAGACGCCAUCGUCGGCGAUAUCAAAGAUAAGUCUGCUCGUGGUCGAUUGACGGAAGAGGCCGCCGAAACAUUCAAACAGCUGACGGCUGAAAAUUUGCGUAGGUUCCAGCAUUGUUGCCGGGAUGAGCGGCUGCCGGAGUUGUUUCGACAGGACCCGGCAUUUGCUGCUUCAGCAAACCCGGCUGGUGGGCAAACGGCUCUGCUGCGGUUGCUCGGACUGCUUGAGACGGCGGGCUUUGAGGUCGACUGGAAUAAAGUCGAUUCAACGCGACAGUACCGCCGUGUGCCACUGCCGACUUAUCCCUUCGAGCGUCAGCAUUUUCCGCUGGUGCGACAGGAUACUCUGGCAUCUUCACACGAGUCUCAGCCAGCCGAGGACAGUUCCGCAUCAAAUGAAGCGUCACUCGCUCCGCCGAGCGAUACCGAACAGCAGAUCCGCAUCGAAUUGGCGGCGGUGCUGGGCGUGACGCCGGAGGAAGUCGACCCGGAGACGAACUACAACGAGUUGGGCUUGGACUCGAUCAUGGCCACCCACGUGGCCCGGCUGCUUGAUCCGGAGGAGAAGUACGGACUCGAUGCGUUGUCGCUGUUCACGUAUCCCACGGUGCGGGAACUUGCGGAGUACUUGGCGGCGGAGUUCCCCGAUUGGCAGUCGAGUGCGCCGGCGAAGGGUAGCUCUACUACGCAGAUCGCACCGCACACCGCGACUCAGAGCGUACCAGCCACGGCCGCCAUGCAAGACGACGCCAUUGCCAUUGUCGGUAUGGCUUGUCGCAUGCCGGGUGCCGCAUCGCCGGAGGCGUUGUGGAGUGUGUUGCGAAACGGCAAAGACAUGGUCGGUCCGCUGCCAGAGGCUCGCCGGCAGUUGCAUCCUGCUCCGCCCGAGCGGUUGGCCCGCGGUGGUUUUCUGGAGGACGUGGCCGGGUUUGAUCCGGAGUUCUUCGGUCUCACACUGCGGGAAGCCCGACUGAUCGAUCCCCAGCAGCGGUUGAUUCUGGAGGUGGCCUGGCAGGCGAUUAAUUCCUCAGGGCAUCGCGUGGAUGAACUUUCGGAGUCGAGCACCGGCGUGUUCGUGGGCGUGUCGCACAACGACUACGGACGGAUACUCCAGUCGGCCGCCCGACAUCACGAUGCCCAGUAUGCGGUGGGCAAUGCGACGUCGAUGGUGGCCAAUCGCAUUUCGUACACGUUGAACCUUACCGGUCCGAGCCUGGCGGUGGAUACGGCCUGUUCGUCAUCGUUGGUGGCCGUGCAUAUGGCCUGCGAAAGCCUGCGAAGCGGCGAGUCGACGUGGGCCAUCGCCGGGGGUGUGAACCUGAUUCUGCUGCCUGACGACACGUUGGCCCUUGAUGCGGCCGGCAUGCUGAGCGGCGAUGCACUCAGUAGGGCUUUCGACGAUCGGGCCAAUGGCUAUGUGCGAGGUGAGGGGGCCGGUGCCGUGCUGCUGCGGCCGCUGUCAGCGGCGUUGGCCGAUGGCGAUACGGUGUUGGCCGUGAUCCGCGGUUCGGCGGUGAAUCACGACGGGCAUUCGAAGGUGGGGGUGACUGCCCCCAACCCCAAGGCACAACGCCGGGUGAUUGAAGAUGCCUACCGUCGGGCCGGCGUGUCGCCUUCCCAGGUCAGCAUGCUAGAAGCUCACGGUACAGGCACCCGACUUGGCGACCCCAUCGAAGUGCAGGCAUUGAGCGAGGUCUUCGCACAAUCGCCUGCCGCGCCUGAGCGCUGUGCUUUGGGUUCGGUAAAGAGCAACCUGGGCCACCUGGAAGCUGCCGCGGGAAUUGCCGGAUUGUUGAAGGUGAUCCUCUCGCUGCAUCAUCGGCAGUUGCCGCCCACGCUGCAUGUUGAAACCCCCAAUCGCCAUGUGGCCUGGAUGCAAUCGCCGUUCUACUUGAACGAACGGCUGCGUGACUGGGAUUUCGCAAGCCCUCGCAUUGCCGGGGUGAGUUCGUUCGGGGCGGGCGGCACGAACGCGCACUUGGUCGUUGAAGAAGGCCCGGUGACUAGAGAGCAUCACGCGAGCAGUGUUCUCUUGCCGAACGAUCCCUUCAAGCGGCAGCAUUGCUGGGUCGAUGUGCCAGUGCGGGAUGAAGAACCUGUUGGUGAACAACUCGCGGAUUCGAUCGCAAAGAGUAGCGGGUCUGUGGUUCCUGCGACGGCGACCAUGCAGCCACGCGAUGAGGUGGCCGCGGCGGAGCGGUGGUUGCUGUCGCACUUAUCUGAUUUGUUGGAGGUGCCCGCAGAGGCAAUCGACCCGGGGCGUCCGGUGGUGGAGUCGGGGCUCGAUUCGAUGUUGGCCACGCAGGUGGCGAGGUUACUGGAAGAACGCCUCGGCAAACGCAUUCCGCAGACGAUUUGUUUCGACCAUCCCACUGUGAAGCAACUGGCCGCCGCAUUGGUCGAUCAAUAUGGCUUUGUUGCGGGCCGGUCCGAAGAGCCGGCGUUGGGGCAAUCGUUCGACUCAACUGUCAUGCUUUCAGAGAAGCCUUCGGUGACUGCGGCUCUCCUGGAAUCUGCAUCCACCGAUCGGCGGAUUGCCAUCAUUGGCAUUGGCGGACGCUUCCCAGAUGCGGCGACAAUCGACGAAUUCUGGCGGAACUUGGCCGCCGGGCACGAUUCUGUAAGGGAAGUUCCGCCUGAGCGGUGGUCGACCAGCCGGUACUUCAGCACCGAUCGGUCGCUGGCCGGGAAGACGUAUUCUAAGUGGGGUGCGUUGCUGGAGGACAUCGAUCAGUUCGAUGCGGGGCUGUUCCACAUCUCGCCUCGCGAGGCGGCGGCGAUGGACCCUCAGCAGCGGUUGUUGCUCGAGGUCGCUUGGGAGACGCUCGAACGGGCCGGGUAUGCCGGGGGGCGGCUUGCCGGCACGCGAACCGGAGUGUUCGUCGGCACGAUGGCUAGCGAGUAUCUCCCGCGGUUGCUCGCGCAGCCGUCGGCUUUGGGCACGCACAUUGGGACGGGGAACGCGGCCUCGGUGAUUGCCAACCGCUUGUCGUACUUGAUGAACUUCAAAGGGCCCUGCCUGUCGAUCGAUACGGCCUGUUCUUCGUCGCUGGUCGCGUUGCACCUAGCCGUGGAAAGCCUGCGGCGGGGCGAGUGCGAGUAUGCCCUGGUCGGCGGGACGCAAGCCGGGCUGGCGGUAUCGCACUACCAGGUGAUGAGCCGGUUGGGGGCGCUGAGCCCCACGGGGCGUUGUCGCACCUUCGACAGUUCGGCCGACGGGUAUGUGCUGGGCGAGGGUGUCGGCAUGGUGAUGCUGAAGCCGCUCGAGCAGGCGAUCGCCGAUGGUGACAACAUCGAAGCGGUGGUUCUCGGCACGGCCACCAGUCAUGGCGGGCAGGCCGCGGGGCUUACGGUGCCCAGUGCCGAUUCGCAGGCGGAGGUGAUUCGCGAAGCGUUGGCCGACGCUAAUGUGCCGGCCGGAAGUAUCUCUUACAUCGAAGCGCAUGGCACAGGCACCCGACUUGGCGACCCUAUCGAACUGCAAGGGUUGGCCAAAGUGUUUGCCGCAGAACACCAGCAUCCCCACUCGCUCGGCAUCGGGUCGGUGAAAUCGAACAUCGGCCAUCUGGAACCGGCCGCCGGCAUCGCAGGUUUACUGAAGGUGGUGCUCUCGCUGACCCAUGGGCAACUUCCACCCUCGCUGCAUGUCAAAGGGCCCACCGCCCAGCUGGCGCUCGAAAGUUCGCCCUUCUAUGUGAACGAUCGGCUUGUUCAGUGGCCUAAGUCCGUUGAACCGCGAAGAGCGGGUGUGAGCGCCUUUGGCUUUGGAGGGACGAAUGCCCACGUGGUGGUGGAAGAAGCCCCGCCGGUUGAGUCGCGGCCGGAGGUCACUUCAAAACAGCCGGAGCGGUCAUCGCAGUUGUUGGUGCUUUCGGCGCGAGAUGCGAGGGCAUUGGAUGGACUGACCACGCGUUGGGCCGAUUUCCUCGGUGCUCACGAGGAAUUGCCCGCGGGCGAUGUGGCUUACACUGCGGCGGUGGGGCGAGAGCACUUUGCCGAACGCUUGGCCGUAGUGGGGCAAGAUACGAGCGAGCUUGCGGCAAGACUGCGAGCGGUUUCCUCGGAGAAAGCGUCCAAUACACGUGGUGUGUGGAGCAGCGAGCCCGGUGAGCAUCGCAGUCCGAAGCUGGCCGUGAUGUUCAGCGGGCAGGGGGCCCAAUACGCGGGGAUGGGGCGGGUGUUGUACGCUACAAACCCCGUGUUUCGCGCAGCGUGGGAUGUCUCGGCCGAAGCGAUGGUGGGUGAGCUGGAACAACCGCUUUCCGCAGUUCUCAAUGCGGACGAAAACGCGGCGGCUUUGUUGUCGCAAACGGGUUACACCCAGCCGGCGUUGUUUGCAUUGCAGCACGGGCUGUGGGCCAUGUGGCAAAGCUGGGGUUUGAAUGUUGGGGCGGUUGUGGGGCACAGUGUCGGGGAGUUUGCCGCUGCAUGUGCGGCGGGGGUGUUGUCGUGGAACGAUGGGGCUCGCUUGGUCGCCACACGUGCUCGGCUUAUGCAGAUGUUGCCUUCAGGUGGCAUGAUGGCCGCGGUUCUGGCCCCGCGGGAAGCAUUUACCGAUCUGCUCUCACGAUUUGGUGAGGCAAUUUCGACGGCGGCCGUGAAUGCCCCCAACAAUACGGUCGUAUCUGGAGAGAAGGCGGCGGUUGAAUCGUUUUUGACAGAGCUGCGAAACCAAGGGAUCGCCAGUCAGCGGCUCGACGUAUCGCACGCGUUCCAUUCGCCGCUGAUGGAGCCGGUGCUCGGGCCGCUUCGCGAUGCGGCUGCGAAAUGUGCGGAGCAUUCAGCCGGACUGCUGUGGAUUACGAACCUUGCCGGCCAGCCUUGGUCAGGCGAAGAAGGGCUGCUGGCCGACUAUUGGCCGUGUCAGGCCCGCAGCCCCGUGCAGUUUGCCGCAUGCAUUGAACGACUCUUCGACGAUGGCUUCCAUACGCUGCUCGAAUUGGGGCCGGGCACUACACUGACGUCGCUUGCGACGCAGAUUGGUCAGGGAAUCGAUUCUGCGAAGUCUUUGCUGGCCGUUGCCAGCCUGCGGCGAGGGCGGGAUGACUGGCAGUCGAUCAACGCUGCCGUGGGCGAGCUUUAUGCCCGCGGUGUCGAUUUCGAUUGGGAAGCCUUCCAUCGCCCUCAUCGGCGUCGAAGGUUACCGCUGCCCACGUACGCUUUCCAGCGGCAGCGUUACUGGGUGGAUGAGCAGGCUGAAGAUGAAGUUGAAUUGACUUCCGGCGGGAGUGAGGCAGUUGCGCAGGAGAUCAAUACUAAGGACUGGAUUCAUGAGAUCAGUUGGCGUUCGAUAGAUGAUACCGUGCCGGGGCAGGGGAUCGAGGGCGACUGGCUCAUUGUCGCUUUUGGUUCUGAAGGUGGGAAUGCACUUGCGAAUCAACUCGAAGAGUCUGGCGCUCGGCCGUACUUCGUCAAUGUUGAGACCACAGCCGAGGGCACUCAACAACUAACACUUCAUGCGAACGGAAAGCGGGAAGUUCUCUCUGACUUCGAUGCGUUGCUCGAGCACUUGUCUUGCUUGAGCGGCAUCGUGCUCACGACUGGGCACCAAGGCAAUGCGGACCUUGCCGAAUUUGCAGUGCAGACGGUCGCAAGUGUAGCUGUGUUCCUGGCGGCGGUUGCUCGCAGCUCGAAGUUGACUCGAGGAGGAGUGCAGUUGCCAUUGUGGGUUGUCACAUCGUCCGCCGAAGCUGUGGGUGAGGACGACACUGAGAUCGAUCCGGUGGCUGCCGCGGUCGUUGGCCUCACGCGCACAGCGAGGCUUGAACUCGCUGGGGUAGAAGUUCACAGCGUUGAUGUUGCGAACGAUGUGAGUGCCACUAUCGCCGCGAAGGACAUCGUUCGCGUGAUCUCGAGCGAUGUUCGUUCGCCGGAGAUUGCCCUCCGCGAUGGUCGGUGGUGGGAACCCGGUGUGGUGUCUUCGAGCGGGCAAUUAGGACAGCAGGAUAGCGGGUUCCCGACCGACGGCGUCUAUCUCAUCACCGGUGGAUUGGGCAGCCUGGGGUUGGAAACGGCCCGAAUGUUGGCCGGGUGUGGUACGCCGAAGUUGGCACUGCUUUCCCGUCGUGGUGAACUUUCCGCAGAACAACGAACGUGCAUUGAGAAAUUGCGAGCUUCUGGCGCCGAGGUGUUAAUCGUUGCUGCGGACGUUGGUGACCGAGAUUCCUUGACCGCCGCCCUGCGGCAAGUGAGGGACCAGUUCGGACCGAUCGAUGGCGUCUUCCACGCUGCCGGGGUGACGGAAGAUGCACUGCUCCGGAACCUGGACGAGACCUCACUGCGACGGGUACUUCGGGCCAAAGUUCAGGGCACGUUACUGCUCGAUGAUCUCACACGGGAAAAUUCCCCGUCGGUGUUUGUGUUGUACUCAUCGCUGGCUUCGCUGGCCGGGAAUGUGGGGCAGGGAAUCUACGGGGCAGCCAACGCUUUUCUGGAUGGCUACGCUGCUUCGCGCCGAUCUAAUGGUCGGCGCGUGGUGAGCAUCAACUGGGGACCGUGGGCCGGUGCCGGAUUGGCUUCCGAUGCUGCGACCCAGCGGAAGCUUGAGGCCGCCUGGCUGAAGUUCAUCGAACCGGAAGCAGGCCGCCAAUUGCUGGCCGCAACACUGGAGCAGCCCGGUAGUCAAUUCGCAGUGUUUCAACUUCAGCGGGGUGACGAGACAGAAGCAGCACACAAAGAUUUCCGACCGCUGGCCUCGCUCAAUUCGCCCUCCGCUACUUCGAGUUCCAAGAACUCACAAGCAGCGAACGAAGGUCAACUCAAGGCGGUAAAGCAAGAGACUGCCAGAUCCAUCGUACGGGAAGCGUUCGCCCGGGCGCUUGACCUUCCAGCAAACGAGUUCGAUGAGCAGGCGAGCUUCCGGGACCUAGGGCUCGAUUCGUUGUUAGCCGAAGAGGCGAUCGACUCACUGCGGCAACGCCUGCGGUUGUCGUCGCUUCCUACUUCGCUGGUGUUUGAAUACCCCACCUGCGAUCUGCUGGCCAAUCAUUUGGCCGAGCGAUACGCCGACCAUUUCCGCAGCGAAGCGGAACCAAAGCCGGUCACGGUCGAAUCGAAGGAACCGCAAGUCGCCAUCUUGAGUCACGAACCUCGCAAAGACGCUUCGCCGACCGACCUGCACGACAUUGCUAUUGUUGGCUACGCGUGCCGCUUCCCCGGUUGUGAGGACGCGGAGGGCUUCUGGCGUGUGCUGCGCGACGGGGUUGAUUGCGUGGGGCCGAUGCCGGAGGAACGGUGGGAGAUUGCCCGAUCGUACGAUCCGGGGCUGGCCGCUCGGUUUGGUGACGACCGGCCGCGGGGUGGAUUCCUGCGGGAUGUGCAAUCGUUCGAUCCGCACCUGUACCGAAUCUCUCCGGCUGAAGCCCGACAGAUGGAUCCCCGGCAGCGGCUGUUCCUCGAAGUGGCCUAUCAGGCGGCCGAACAUGCCGGCUAUGGCGGAGCCGCGUUGGCGAAUUCACACUGCGGCGUGUUCGUCGGUUGUGGAGCGAACGACUACCUGCUCGAUGUCCCGCCGGAGUUGCUCAGCGAGCACUCGGCCACCGGCAGCACGGCGGCUUCGGUCGCCAGUCGUCUAGCGUACUAUUUGAAUCUUCGCGGUCCGUGCCUGCCGAUCGAUACGGCUUGUUCUUCCUCAUUGGUCGCCCUGCAUCUGGCAACGGAAAGCCUGCGGCGAGGUGAGUGCAAUUUUGCCUUCGCUGGCGCCGUGCAUCUGCACUUGCGAUUGGGUGGGUAUCAGGCCUUGCAGCAGUUGGGGGCCCUCUCGCUCGACGGAAUGUGCCGGCCCUUCGACGAGGGAGCCAACGGGUUUGUGCCGGGCGAAGGUGUGGGCGUGGUGUUGCUGCGUCCGCUUCGCGAUGCGAUGGCCGCCGGUGACCACAUCUACGGAGUGAUCAAGGGCACGGCGGUAAACAACGACGGCCGCACUAACGGGCUGACCGCGCCCAGCCCUCAGGCGCAAGUCGAGGUGUUGAAAGAUGCCUGGCGGGAUGCCCGGAUUGACGCGUCGACGAUUUCCUAUAUCGAAGCCCAUGGGACGGGCACGGUCUUGGGCGAUCCGAUUGAAGCGCAAGCCCUUUGCACGGCGCUUGGUGCUACGACCUCGAAGAAGCACUUCUGCGGCUUGGGCUCGGUGAAAAGCAACUUGGGUCACCUCGAUGCGGCGGCCGGCAUGGCUUCGCUGUUGAAGGUAUUGCUCAGCUUCGAACAUGAAGAGUUGCCGGCCAGUUUGCACAUUGAGCGGCCGAACCACCGUAUACCCUUCGAUGACGGCCCUCUGUCAUUGGUCACCGCCGCGCAGCCCUGGCCGCGAGGGGAGUCACCCCGUCGGGCGGGCAUCAGCUCGUUCGGGUUCAGCGGUACGAACGCUCAUGUGCUUGUCGAAGAGCCGCCACGGGAGAAGGCUUGCGCCGUAUCAUCGCGGCCCAUGCACUUGCUGACGUUGUCGGCUCACGAUGAAGAAGGUGCCAAACAUAUCCGAAACGAUUACGCCGCAUGGAUCGCACGUCACCCCGAAGUCGAUCUGGCCGAUGUUUGCUUCACCGCCGGUACCGGAAGAUGGCACCUCUCGCAUCGCACGGCGGUCAUUGCGGCAACUCAUCAGCAAAUGGCCACGGCUUUGGGCGAGAGUGGUAACUCAGAGGGGUUGGUGCGGAUUGAUACUCCCCAGGACGAGGCUCUGGGAGAGCAGCAGAUUGCGGAAGUCGCGCGACGAACGAGGGAACUCCCAUAUGGGGCGCAACAAGUUUUGGCGACUUGGUGCACGGGUUCGAUGGUUGAUGAAUUGUUACCCACGGUCUCAGCGAUUGAGGAAACCAGUGUGCCUGAUCCCGCAUCGUGGUCAGCGAAAACUUGGCACGAUGUUUUGGAACUGGUGGGACGGUUCUAUGUGCUUGGGGCCGAUGUGGACUUCGAAGGACUUGAGUGUGGUGAAGCUCGACGUCGGGUGGCUUUGCCCACGACUCCAUUGCGGCGGGAGAAGUAUUGGCUACCGAUCUCACGAGAAGCAUCGUUGGCUGGAGUUACCACGUCGGCGAAGUUGACCAGCACAGUUUCGAAGCAACCCAUCGAAGACUUGUUCUACGAACAGCACUGGCAGCCUGUCCCGCUGGACGCAGCCGACCAAACCGGGUUGGCACAGCGUUACCUAUUGAUUCACGCUUCUGAUGGCGACACUACUUCUCGAGCGGAACGACUCGCGGAACGCUUGCGAGCGGCCGGGGCAGACUUGUUGUUUGCGCGUUUCGGAGAGGUGUUUGAGAGGACGGCCGAAGAUCGGUUCCAGAUCAACCCGCUUUCGAUGGAAGACUACGUCUCUCUGCUCGAAGUCGUUGAGGAUGCCACGACGCCCGUUCAUGUUGUUCACUUCGGUUGUUGCGAAGGAAGCACAGUUCGAUCUGAAGAUGCGCUGGACAAGAGUCUGAGCGCCGGUCUCCGCAGUGUUCUGCAUCUGGUUCAGGCUCUCGACCGGAAACGUGAACGGAAUGCUACACGACUGUCGGUCGUUACGAUGGGUGCCGUGAGCGUUGACGACCUUCAGGAGUGCACUUCCCCGGAGGCGGCAAGCAUCUGGGGACUGUUGAAGGUUGCGGCGAUGGAACUUCCGCAGGUUGCGAUGCGGGCGAUUGAUUUGGAUGCCAGUGACAACCAGAUGUCCGACGUCGGCUUGUUGGUCGAAGAACUCUCGCACAAAUCGCCACAGGCAGAAGUCGCGUAUCGCCAGCAGAAGCGAUUCACCCCGAGUGUGCGGCGCGCUGAAGUUUUCGAUGCAAACUUGAAUGAUUCACCGCUCAAAUUGAACGGCGUAUAUCUCAUCACGGGUGGACUGGGCGGGAUUGGCCUGAGUGUGGCUCGCUGGUUGGCUGAGCGAUAUUCCGCUCACCUGGUACUGGUGGGCAGAACGCCUUUGGGUGAGCAAAGAGGAAAUGGUGCCAACAGGGUCGCCGAGAUGGUUGCCGAACUGCAGGCUUACGGUGGGCAAGUCUGGUGCACGGCGGCCGAUGUGGCGGAUCGCGAGGCGAUGGCGGCGGUGAUCAAAGAGACCCGAAGACGUUUUGGACCAAUCGAUGGCGUGUUCCACUGUGCCGGUGUGAUUCACCGGUCUCGUCUCCGCGAUGUGAGCGAUGAACAGUUCGAAGCGGUACUGCGGGCGAAGGUGCAUGGGACUUGGGUGCUGGACGGCUUACUGCGUGACGAGCCCCAGGCUGCUUUGGUGCUAUUUUCUUCGAUCGCCGGGAUCGACGGCAAUGUUUUCCAGGGCGAUUACUCAGCCGCCAGCCGCUUCAUGGAUUCGUUCGCUGCCUGGCGAACGGCUGCCGGCCGGACCACGCUCAGCAUCGACUGGGGUCUUUGGGCCGAAGUGGGGAUGGGUGCAGGCCUCGCUAGACGAUUGGAUGGACGCGGCCCUCAGGCUCUCUCUACGCAGGCGGCGCUGUCGGCCCUGGAACGAGCUUUGAAGUCUGGUCGAAGCAAUUUGAUUAUCGAUGCGGCUCGCGACGAAGGCAGUGCUUUGGGAUCGCCGGAAGAAAAGCCCCGCAAUGGGGCGAGCGUUGCUCUCCGGCCCGUUCAGGUUGAAGCAGCGAUUACUGCGGUUCUUGCAGAAGUUUUGGAGACCGACCCCAACCGGCUCGAUCGCCGUAGCGGACUGCUCGAUUUCGGGCUCGAUUCGAUGCUUGCUCUGAAACUCGUGCAGCGGAUUGAAACUUCGACGGGUGAACGGCUGCCGGCCACGUUGCCAUUCGACUAUCCCACGAUCGAGGCGUUGGCCGCGAGAUUGAUCGCCGUGGUUCAGCCCACGGGUCUGGCACGACUUGUCGAAGGAGGUUCGGCAACCACGUCACAAAACUUGGCGACAAGCUCAACCGAGAAUGCCGCGUCUGCCGCCGAAAUUCCGAGCUUUUCGCGGAACGUGAGUGUCCUUCGUGAUGCGGGUUCUAAGGCGUCUGGCAAUGGUGACGUAAGUUCCGGCGAUGCCGUAAGAAACGGCGAUGCGGGUUCCAACGGUGAAGGACGCUCAGGCAGCCGUGGCCUAAGAUUAAAGACUGGCCGUCGCGCGGUCAGGCUCGUUGAAGGCAAUCAACCUCUGACGGGAGAGGAGCGCGCUGAGCUAGAGCAACAUUUCGGGGCGGCAAUCGAGGAAGUGCGGUUGCAGGCGGAGAAUGCUGGCCGAAGCGGCUCUCAGUUCCCCUCGGGCGAUGAACUGCCAAGACAGAGCGAUAUCGCCAUCGUCGGUAUGGCUUGUCGCUUUCCCGGGGCUGAAGAUCUCGAGGCAUACUGGCGACUGCUGGCUUCUGGGGGCGACGCUAUUUCCACGCCGCCGCCCGGGCGAUGGAGGGCGAGUGACUUUGCAGAUGGCGAGGCACCACUUGGCGGAUUUCUAAAGGAUGUGGAGCAGUUCGACGCGGCGCUUUUCGGCAUCUCCGGCCGUGAAGCGGAGUUGAUGGACCCCCAGCACCGGCUGCUGUUGGAAACGGCUUACACCACGUUGGAAAAUGCCGGCUACGCAGGCCGGAAGCUCGACGGUAGCCGAACCGGGGUGUUCGUGGGGAUCAGCAACAGCGAGUACAUGCAUCGCUUCUUGCGGCAUCCCGAGCGGAUCGAACGCUACAUGGGCUCGGGUAACACGCUUUCAAUGGUGGCCAACCGGCUGUCGUAUCAGCUCAACCUGCACGGGCCGAGCAUGGCGAUCGAUACGGCCUGUUCGGCCUCGCUGGUUGCUGUGCACCUGGCGGUUGAGAGCCUCGUACGUGGCGAGUGCAAUACCGCGCUGGCCGGCGGGGUGAACUUGAUGUUCGCCCCAGAGAUGUUCAUUAACUGUCGCCGCGCAAAGAUGCUCGCUGCCGACGGGCAUUGCAAGACGUUCGAUCAAGCGGCCGACGGCUACGUGCGGGCUGAAGGCGUGGGGCUGGUGUUGCUGAAAUCGCUGAUGGCGGCCCUCCGUGACGGGGACACCAUUCACGCCGUAAUAAAGGGGACGGCGGUAAACUCCGACGGGCGAAGUGCGGGGCUAACCGCACCGAGUGGUCCGGCUCAAGUCGAGUUGCUGGCCGAUGCGUAUCGGCGGGCGGGAAUCGCUCCCAGUUCGGUUUCUUACCUGGAAGCCCACGGCACGGGCACCAGCUUGGGCGACCCAAUUGAAGUGGGGGCGUUGACCGAGUUCUUCGCUCCGCAUUUGGCCCAACAGUCGUGCGCGGUUGGUUCGGUGAAGACCAAUAUCGGUCACGCCGAGUCGGCUGCUGGAGUGGCUGGGCUAUUGAAGGUGGUGCUUUCGCUCACCCACGGUCAGCUUCCGCCCACACUGCACAUGGUCGAGCCGAAUCGGCACCUGGCGUUUGAGCAGUCGCCGUUCUAUGUGAACGACCGACUUGUUUCGUGGCCGCAGGGUAACGGACCUCGACGAGCAGGGGUGAGUGCGUUUGGAUUCGGCGGCACCAACGCCCAUGUGGUGGUGGAGGAGGCUCCCGCGGUUGUUGGUGAUGAACGAGAUAUUGCCGACGUACUGGAGCGAUCGUCGCACGUUUUGUUGCUUUCGGGGCGAGAUCGUAAGGCGUUGGAUGAACUUGCUACGCGGUGGAGCGAGCAUCUGCAUGCGAAUCCUGGGUUGUCGUUGGGCGAUGUGGCCUUCACGGCGGCUGCGGGGCGUGAGCAUUUUGCCGAGCGGAUGGCGGUGGUCGCGUCGAAUACCGAGGAGUUGGGCAAGCGGCUGAGUGAAGCCACAACUAUCGAUACGAAGUUGCCGAAGGGAGUUUGGCGGGGGAACCAUGGAAGUAGCCGUCGACCGAAGGUGGCUGUGUUGUUUAGCGGCCAGGGUGCACAGUACGCCGGGAUGGGGCGGGUGCUGUACGACACACAACCGGUCUUCCGUGAGGCGUGGGAUGCUUGUGCCGAAGAGUUGGAAGCGGAGUUGGAUCAUCCGUUGAAGGCGGUGCUCGCCACCGACGAACAGGCCACGCGGUUGUUAUCGCAAACGGCCUACACCCAACCGGCCUUGUUCGCUUUGCAACGUGCGUUGUGGGCGAUGUGGGAAAGUUGGGGCUUGGAAGUCGAAGCGGUCGUGGGGCACAGCGUAGGUGAGUACGCGGCCGCCUGCGCUGCCGGAGUUUUGUCUUGGUCUGAUGGGGCUCAACUCGUCGCUCGACGGGCGCGGCUGAUGCAGGCCUUGCCAGAGGGCGGGGGCAUGGCCGCCGUGUUGGCUCCGUGCGGAGUGGUCGCGCCGCGGCUCAAUCGCUUUGCCGACCGGCUUGCGAUUGCCGCCAUCAAUUGUCCCGGCAACACCGUGGUUUCUGGCGAUGUCGACGCGCUGGAAGAGCUGCUGGCCGAGCUUCGUGGCGAACAUACUGCAUCGCAGCGGCUGGAAGUUUCGCAUGCGUUUCACUCAGUGCGAAUGGAGCCGGUGCUGGAGUCGCUGCGGAAUGUGGCGGCUCAAUACCCAGAGCAGCAACCGCACCGGACCUGGAUCACGAAUCUCUCGGGCGAACGCUGGUCGGCGGAGCUUGGUUCGUUGGCCGACUACUGGGCCGCGCAGGCUCGCAACACCGUACAGUUCGCUGCUUGCUCUGAGUCGCUGCUGAAUGAUCAUGCAGAUGUUCUGUUGGAGUUGGGCCCCGGCACUACGCUUUCUUCACUGGCAGGGCAGGUGGUUCAAAGUAUCGCUGGGAAGCGCUCUUCGCCUUUGAUCGCUCCCUCACUUCGCCGGGGCCGUGACGAUUGGCACUCGAUCUCCGAGGCGGUGGCGCAACUUUACACCCAUGGUGUGGAGCUUGACUGGGAGGCAUUCCAUCAGCCCCACGCUCGACGUCGACUCCCGCUGCCGACUUACGCAUUCCAGCGGCAACGCUAUUGGGUUGAAAGCGAUGAACCAACGGGCGGAUCGUCUGAACGGGCUGGAAUUUCUGCUUCCGCAUCGCAGCCUCACACCGCAUGGUUCUAUGAACCGCGAUGGCAUGAACUGAUUGAGGAAUCGCGCAAGCGAGUUAUCCCAAAUGGCACUUGGCUCGUCAUCGGUGGUCUUAAGGCCCUGGCCGAUUCGUUGACCGCAAGGCUGCGAGACCAAGGGCGGCGCGUGGUUGUGGCUAGAGUUGUAGUGCCUUUCCAAGGCAUCGCAGGUGACACGUGCUCGAUUGAUCCCACGUCGGCCGACGAUUACCAGCGAUUACUGGAAGCGAUUCAAUCCUCGGGUGAGCAACUGGCGGGCAUCGUCCAUCUGGGCGAUUGUUCCGUCGAGAAUGAUGUCCCUGAGGAAGAAGCGUCGCUUCAGGAGACGAUCGAUACAGGGGUGGGUUCGCUCUUCCACUUGACCAAGGCCAUCGCUUCUACCGUCGCGAGCUCAGUCGAACUGUGGGUUGUCACCACCUGUGGUCAGGCGGUUUCAAGCACAUCGCAGCUUAACCCCGCCGGAGCUUGCUCGUGGUCGCUGGCUCAAGUGGCGGCCACGGAACUCUCAGCGGUGGACGUUCAUCGCGUGGAUCUGAGUUCUGCCGAUGUAGACAACGGUGAUGCGGAAGAUCUGCUGUGGACGGAGCUUUGCUCGGAGCAUGGUCCCUCGGCCGUGGCUAUUCGCGGUAAGAAGCGUUUCGUUUCGCGGCUCGAACCGUUCGAAGUUCCUGAACAAGCACGAGACACGCAGCCGCUCCUCGCCGACGGAGUCUAUUUAAUCACUGGUGGGCAAGGGCAUGUCGGCAGUCAAUUGGCACGUGGCAUUCUCGAAUCGCUUGGCCCUGGGGCACGGCCCACGUUGGUGUUGACUAGCCGAACGUCGCUGCCUGAGGGCGAUGGUUCGCCGGAGGCUGAUUCAGAGGUGGCCAAUCGUCUGGCCCGGGUUGCAGGGCUUCGCAAACUUGGGGCUGACGUGUGGACGCCGGUUGUUGAUGUGGCCGACCUCGAGGGAAUGCGUUCGCUGGUUGAUAAGAUCCUGCGUCGCUAUGGAAAGCUGGACGGGGUGAUUCACGCAGCCGGGCUGCUUGAAGACGGGGUGCUCGCGCGGCGUACUUCGGAGCAGUUCGCGGCAGUGAUGCGCCCGAAGGUGCAAGGGGCCUGGGUGCUGCACGAGGUGACGAAGCAACUGCCGCUUGAUCUGUUCGUGCUGUGCUCGUCCAGUGCGUCGAUCUAUGGCGAGCCCGGGCAUGCAACCUACGCCGCGGCGAACGCGUUUCUGGAUGGAUUGGCACACCACCGAAAACUGAAGGGCCUGCCGGCACUGGCGAUUGAUUGGGGACCCUGGGAGGGAACCACUGCUGCGGCCUCUGAGACGUACCGCCGCAUCAUGCAACAGCGUGGGUCGCACUUCAUCGAAGAGUCGCAGGGCAGGGCGUCCUUCCUGCGAGCGUUGCAGCUCGACGUGCCGCAAGUGGCGGUCAUCCAUCUCGACGCUAACCGUCGGAACGAUCCGUUGGGAUUGGGAGCGAGGUCAGGCGAAUCCACUUCGACCGUUGCUGAGUCUUCCGAAGUCUGCUGGAAGGAAAUGAUCGGGGCUGCAACUGAUGCGUCGCUGCAGGCCGACCGAGAACUUGUUCCCGUGUUGAAUCGCUACCGUGGUGUCGGCAGUCAAAUUGAUCGCCUGUGCGGGCUCUAUGUGGCCCGGGCGUUUGCCAACCGCGGGCUAUUGCAGAAAAUCGGGCAGGAAUUCGGCGAACGUGAGAUCCUUGAGCGAUUAGCAGUGAAGCCGCCGCUCGAUCGGGCAGCGCCGCGACUGGUUGAGAUGCUCGACGAGGAUGGGGUUCUCACUCGGCAGGCAAACCAACUGAGAGUUGCCCGCACGGUUGCCGAGGAUGAACCGCAGCGUUUGCAUGCUGAAAUCGCCAAUGCGUAUCCCGAUGUUCGUCCGCAGUUGGAACUGCUCAAGCGGGCGGGCGAGGCGCUGGGUUCGAUCCUCGAUCGGCGACAAUCGGUUCUGGACGUUCUCUUUCCGUCUGGCGACUCGAACGAUGCGGAAGCCCUAUACCGCGAAUCACCCUUCGUGGCCUACUAUCACACGGUGGCCAAGGCCGCCGUUGAGAAUCUUGCCCGCGAGGCGACUGAAGAGCGGCCGCUGAGGAUUCUCGAAAUCGGUGCUGGCACGGGGUCGACCACCACUCCGCUGCUGGAAGUCUGCUCGCAGUUUCCGUGUCGCUACGAUUUCACCGAUAUCUCGCCCGCGUUUUUGCGGAAGGCGGAAACUCGAUUCGCGGCUUACCCGUUCGUUGCGUAUCAGCGACUGGAUAUCGAACGGCCGCCGGAAGAUCAGGGAUUCGAUCUCGGCUCGUACGAUCUGAUCGUAGCGGCCGAUGUGUUGCAUGCUACGGAAAGCAUCACCCGAACGCUGGGGCGUGUGGCCGGCUUGCUAGCCCCGGGUGGCACGUUGUUGUUGCUUGAAGCCACCCAGGCACUGCGCUUCGGCGAGCUUACGUUUGGUCUCACCGAUGGCUGGUGGCGAUUUGCCGACGACAGUUACCGCACUGCAGGGCCGUUGCUUUCGACGGCCGCUUGGAGCGCGGCACUCGAGGCCUCCGGGUUCGACGCCGUCUCCACAUUCCCAGCCGGACCACUUUCCGACGACGCGUAUCGCGAUCAUCACUUGCUGCUUUGCCGACGUUCGGUUGCGGCCACCUUGGACAAAGUUUCGGAACGCACGAUCCAAAGUGAGGCACCCAAGCCCUCGGCAUUGAAGGAACACCGAGCUGCGGUACCCUCUGCCGACGAUCUCACUCCGCUGAUCGACCUGCUUCGAGAAAUUCUGGCCGAGGUGCUACGUACCCCGGCCGGGCAACUGGACAUCGACGCGGCGUUUCAGGAUCAGGGUGUCGACUCACUGAUGCUGCUCGACGUGAUCGAGGCCUUGAAACAGAAGCUCGCCAUCGAGUCGCUCAGCCCGCCGGUUCUUUACGAACAUUCGACCAUUAAGGCGCUGGCGAGCUACUUACAGCAAAACCACGCCGCUGCGAUCGGUAACGUGAUGGGAACAAACGCUGAAGAAACACGUUCAGCGAUCCCGGCAGCCCGGCCGGACCCCGUUAGAACAGAAUCAACUUCACAGCCGGUCGCCAUUGUCGGCUAUGCCUGUCGUUUUCCUGGCGCCAACAAUGCCACCGAGUAUUGGGCGAAUCUAAUCGGGGGCGUCGACAGUGUGACGGCGGUUCCUUCCCGGCGACGUGACCUGGCUGAAGCGAUCGGUCAGAAGGUCGGUGAUGCAGCCAACGAGCACCACUAUCAAGGCGGCUUCCUCGCCGGAAUCGACCGGUUCGACCCGCGGUUUUUCAGGCUGUCGCCACUUGAGGCCCGGCACAUGGAUCCGCGGCAGCGUCUGGCGUUGGAGGUAGCCUAUGAGGCGGCCGAGCAUGCCGGCUAUGGGGGCGAUGCUUUACUCGGUACAAGCACGGGCGUGUUCGUAGGUGCCGGAACGCAAGAUUACCUGGCCACGUCCGGGCCCGGGGAGGCCGGAGAGUUUUGGACCACCGGAUCAAACCUGGCGAUGCUCCCCUCGCGGUUGGCGUACUUCCUCGAUCUGCAAGGGCCUUGCCUGCCAGUUGACACCGCGUGUUCCUCUGGGCUGGUUGCCGUUCAUCUGGCCGCCGAAGCCAUCGCCACGGGGCAGUGCGAUCGAGCGUUUGCCGGAGCGGUGCAUCUCAAUCUGCGGCUUACGAACUUCGAAGCGUUCGACGCUCUAGGGGCGUUGGCACCCGGGGGACGCUGCCGUGCGUUUUCUUCUGAUGCCGACGGAUUCGUUCCCUCGGAAGGUUGUGGGUUCGUCCUGCUGCGUCCGUUGGCCGAUGCCCUUCGCGACGGCGACACGGUGUAUGGCGUCAUUCGUGGCUCGGCGAUCAAUAACGACGGCCGCACCAAUGGACUCACAGCACCCAACCCCGCCGCGCAACGUUCGGUAAUUACGCGAGCUUGGCAAGCCGGGCACAUCGAUCCCGAGACGAUCAGCUACAUCGAAACUCACGGCACCGGCACGCAACUGGGCGACCCGGUGGAGAUCGAAGCGCUCGAUGCGGCCUUUAAGCAGCACACAGCCCGCAAACUGUUCUGCCAAUUGGGGGCGGUAAAAACGAACAUCGGGCACUGCGAAGCCGCGGCCGGCAUGGCGUCACUGAUUAAGGUGCUGCUGUGUCUGGAGCACGAGCGAUUGCCGGCCACGCUGCACUUCGAUCGCCCGAACCCGCACAUCAAUCUCCCGUCGACGGCGUUCGAGGUGACAACCGAGAACCGUGAUUGGAAGCAUUCUGCUUCGCCGCGUCGGGCGGGAAUCAGCAGUUUUGGUUUCAGCGGCACCAACGCCCACAUGGUGCUGGAUGAACCGCCGGCGAUCGGAACAAUGCCAGGGCCGGGAUACCCGCCCUACGUGUUGGCUUUCUCGGCCCACUCCGAGACCGCACUUGAUCUCAUGCUCCAAAGAUACGUCGAGUUUCUCGCGGAACCUGGUGAUGCCUCCCUCGCGGAUAUUGCGUUGACCGUCAACACCGGCCGGCCGCAUCUCAAGUGUCGCGCGGUUGUCGUGGCCUCGACAAAUAACGAGCUAAGAAGUCGACUGCAGUCGCUACUGAACGCUUCGCACGACCGCCGAGAAGUGGCAGAGCAAGCCCUGCGAGGUUCGACGCUCGAUGACAAAGAGCUGCGCAGUCGCAUUCAGCAGGAACUGCCGAGGCUUUCCGCAUCGCUUUCGGACUCGGCCACUCGGGUGCUACUGCAUUGCUGUCACACCCCAGGGUUGCGAGAUGUUCUCGCAUUGCAGACCGGUCAUGGCGAGGGAAGAACGACGGAUCCACCGCGUUGGCAUCAAUUAAGCGACGCCGAUCGGAAUGCUUUGGCUCCUAUCCUGGCCCUACUUCAAAGCUGGGGAGCAACGAUCGAUUGGAGCGACUUGUUGGAAGGGGCAACCGCCCGGCACGUCGCACUUCCGAAUUAUCCCUUCGAACGCAGAUCGUACUGGCUGCAUCCCGAGAUGCUUUCGGACGAGAGAGCAAAGGAGUCGAUUGCCGAAGAUGAGGGCGGUCCCGCACUGUAUCAACUUGCCUGGGAGCGUAGCGAGGCGAUUUCACUAGUCGCUAACGACCUUGCAUCCACCGAUCUGUCUGGCAUUUGGCUGUGGUUCUCCGAGGACGCAGUCGACCCGCUGGCCGAAGAGCUAGAGACACGGAUUCACGCUGCCGGUGGUGAACUCAUUCGGGUUGUGCUAACUCAAGGUGCUCAGUCGGAUAAUCGGGAUUUGCGAACGCUCGACCCCGAGUCUCGCGCUGGAUUCGAUCGUCUCAUCGCGGAAACGUGCAGCCGGUACUCGACCCCCGUUCGCCUAGCCGGUGUGUUUUACUCAACCACGAACGCACAACUGGCAGACGACGCAUCAACUGACGCAGUGCUUUCACGCGUGAAGUCCCGCACCGCUUGGAUGGUGAACCUGACCUCAGCACUGGCUCGAGCGGUGGGCAACGGUAGCAUCUCGAUUCAGAACUCGAAGUGUCUGCUCAUCACUCGCGACGCCCAGACCAUCGCCGAUGCAGGCGGAGAGAUGUCCCUGGAUGUCGCCGCCGCACCCUUGUUAGGGUUUGCCCUCACUUGGCCGCACGAGUUGAGUGGCAUCCGUCAGAGAAGUGUUGAUCUGCCCCGGACGAUCGAUGCAACUCACGCGGCAGACUGUGUGUGGAAUGAGCUACAUGCCAUCGCGUCCGCCUCCGCGAAGAGUUCAACCGAAGUGGUCUACCGCCAGACCCAACGGUACGUCCGCAGUAUUCGUUCCAGUGAUCAAUCGUCUUCGACUCCUCCCUGGAAACAAGGCGGGGUGUACCUCAUCACCGGCGGAACCGGCGGGAUUGGUUGCCAAUUGGCGUUCCGCCUCGCCCGCGAUUUCGCCGCCCAUCUAAUCAUUACGGGCCGCACUUCGCUUCCAUCUCCCGAGGAAUGGAAUGCGUACAUUGAGUCCCAACCAGAAUCGGACUUGGCCUCUAAGAUCCGCUUCCUUCAAGAGUUGACGGAGGCCGGAGCCGCAAGUGUGAUCUAUGCCGCAGGCGACCUUGGCGAUCGGUCGCACGUCGCAGAUAUCUUCACCCACAUUGACCAGCAUUUUGGUCGUCUUGAGGGAGUCCUGCACGCUGCAGGCAAUCUCGAUCGAAAAAACCUUGCCCUCCGCACCAAGUCGCUGGAGUCCAUCGACGAGGUGUUCCGGCCGAAGGUCGCCGGCAGUUUGCUGGUAGCCGAGUUCGCUGCCCGCUUCAACCCACAGCAGUUCGUUUUGUUUUCUUCGAUCGCGACGCUUUCCGGUGAGUUGGGAGCGUCGGAAAGCGAUUACGCGGCUGCAUGCCGCUUCAUGAAUCACUUGGCCUGGAGUCUCCGUCGUCGCGGAAUACCUUCCGCCCAGUCCAUCUUGUUGGCCGAAUGGGGAUCGACCGGAAUACUCGCCACCGCCGAAGUUGGCCCGGCCGUUCGUCGGUUAGGGUUGAUUCCACUUUCCGACGCAGAUGCCCUGGCCGCGUUCGAAGCGGCCCUUGGUCUGCCGUCCGAUCAUGCGAUUGUUUUGCAGCCGGGUCUUGGUUUCGCGGCCGAGCGGCUGUUGGGUGAAGAGACGGCAUCCGCCAAGCAACCCGCUCCGCAACGGGAGUCGCAACAUCCGAUUGCAAAAGCGGUCGAUCGUAAACCGACUCCAACGCAAGACUCUGACCAAGCCGCAGCCGAGGCUCACGACAUCUUGCUGUCAGCCCUUGGCCACCGCAUAUGCAAGUUGCUGGAACUGCCGGAGAGUGAUUUUGAUCCAUCAGUCAACUUCAUGGACUUGGGUUUCGACUCGGUUCUUGCUGUGCAGUUGGCCCGCAGCAUCAACGAUGAAUGGCACACGGCUCUCGAACCUCUGGCAUUAUUCGACCAUGCCAACACCCAGCGGCUUGCCGAGCACCUUUGGCAGUCUCACCGGGCAGCGAUCGAACAGAAUGUUGCAGGUGUCGCUGCGAGCACAGACGAACUUGUCUUAAAGCCGAAGGCGGCCAAGCCUACACAGAUCAUUACCCCUUCAGUCGCUUUAUCACGGAGCCCCAAUCAACCGCAAGCACAUGAGACCGACAUCGCCAUCAUCGGGCUCGAUUGCCGCCUGCCCGGGGCGGACGACCUCGAGUCAUUCUGGGAUCACCUCCGUCACGGUCGCAAUCUCGUCGGCAAGGUUCCCCAAGAACGUUGGAACCUGUUGCCAGGUGGGCAGAACCCGCCGUUUGGAAGUUCAGCCGCACACCGGAAGUCGCUGCAAGGUGGUUUCAUCUCAGGUGUAGACCUCUUCGAUGCCCCGCUGUUUGGCAUCUCGCCGCGCGAAGCCGAGUUGAUGGAUCCGCAGCAGCGAUUGUUCCUCGAGGUGGCUUGGAACACCGUUCAUCGGGCCGGAUAUUCGGUGGAUGAUCUCAGCCAAGCUGCGACAGGCGUGUUUGUUGCCAUCUCGACUAACGAUUAUCAGCGACUUUGCGGAGCCGCCGUACAAAACCAGCCGCAUGCCAUCCCGUCGGCCGCGAUCUCUAUGAUCGCCAAUCGCGUGUCCUAUCUGUUUAACCUGCAUGGCCCGAGCAUCACGCUCGAUACCGCCUGCAGUUCGUCCCUGGUUGCCGUGCACUUGGCUUGCCAGAGCUUGCUAAGUGGCGAAUCGCAAGUCGCCCUGGCUGGUGGCGUGAAUCUGAUUCUCGACCCCGCGGGUACAGAACUCGUCGGGCAGGCGGGCAUGCUUUCACCUAAGGGCCGCUGUCAGGCGUUCGAUGCUGCGGCGGAUGGCUUUGUGCGUGCUGAGGGUGUAGGCGCCGUGCUGCUCAAACCGCUGGCUGAUGCCCUUCGCGAUGGCGAUCACGUUCUGGCGGUCAUUCGCGGCACGGCGGUGAACCACGAUGGCCGUGAAAAGAUUGGACUCACCGCACCGAAUCCGACGGCCCAGCGGCAGGUGAUUACUCGUGCUCAGCAGGUGGCUGGUGUUUCGGGUGAGACGAUUGGGUUGUGGGAAGCGCAUGGGACGGGAACUUCGCUGGGCGACCCGAUCGAGUGGGAUGCGGCUUCGCAGGCGAUUUCGUCGUCAACAUCACGGCGGGGGUUCUGUGCGAUUGGUUCGGCGAAGACGAACGUGGGGCAUGCCGAAAGCUGCGCGGGCCUGGUCGGGCUGGCCAAGGCGGUGUUGACGCUCGAGCACGCCACCCUCCCGCCGACGCUGAACUUCGAAGAACCGAAUCCGCAUCUGUCGCUGGCCGGCAGUCCGUUUUAUGUGAACGACCGUCUGCGCAGUUGGCCUCGCGCGACGGAUCAUCCCCGCCGCGCGGCGGUCAGCAGCUUCGGCUUCGGCGGGACGAACGCCCACGUCAUCCUGGAAGAAGCCCCAGCACCUGCACGCACAGAACGCACCUCACCCGAGCGUCCCGCCCAUCUGCUCACGCUUUCGGCCGCCACGCCAACCGCCUUGAAAACCCUGGCCGCUACCUACGUCGAGUACCUCGACACGCACGCCGAGGUGUCGCUAGAAGACCUCUGCUUCACGGCGAACCGCAGUUAUGCCGCGGGGGCGUAUCGGCUGGCGGUGGUGGCACGCUAUCGGGAUCAGCUUUGUGACAAGUUGCGGCUGUAUGGUCAGAGUGGGGAUGAAGGGCCGCUGGCCGGGUCGCUGAUCUUCACGCGGAUGGAAGAUGAAGACCGCCGGGAGGAGUUCCUGGAACAACAGGUGUUUGCGCGACUGGCGAAGCUGCCGGCCGAGGCACGCGAGUUGGCUACCGCAUGGUGCGGUGGACGCUGGGGUCGGCGGUUGUCGCAUUGGUUAGCCGAGCGAGGUGAGGAAGCAUCACCUGCAGGCGCUUCGCUUUCGCCGGAGGAUUGGGUCGAACUCUACGCGGCCUUGGCUGCCUGGUACGCGAUGGGUGGCACGUUGCGGCUGGAGGCGAUGCAGCCUGUGGGGCGUCGGGUGCCGUUACAGAACUAUCCGUUCGAACGUCGACGGUACUGGCUACCGACGACACCACGGCGGGAAGCGCCGCAGGUUGUGGAAACGCAUCCAACGACGAACGAGCCAUCGCUUGAGACCCUCGGUUCCUGGUUCUUCGAGCCGCAAUGGGAGCGAUUCACGCCCGAAGGUUCUUCAGCGAUCUCGGGCCGGUGGCUGGUUGAGGGCUCUGAAGGUUCAUCGCUGACCGCUGCGAUUUCCGCAGAACUCAAGUCGGUCGGUUGUGAAGUUGAAUUAGUAGCCGAGUCUGGCAGUGCACUCUCCGGCGUGGUGGUCGUUAUAGAAGAGUCGCAAGAUUGGGACGAAACGACUGACGCUACUUCGGUUGAAGGCGAAGUGUUGGAUCGCUUACAGGCUUUGGCUUCAUACGCGGCGACGCUUAACGAAAAAGCCGAUUCACAACAGCUGCCCGUGUGGUUCAUCACCCGCGGUGGACAGCCGGUGAAUGAUCCGGCGGCGGCCGAUCCUCGCUCUGCGGCAGUUGCAGCCUUGGUGCAGGUGAUCGGUCAGGAGUAUCCGGAACUCGACUGUCGUGUGAUCGAUCUGCCGGCAGCGACGACAGACGAAUCCGCUUCGGACGUUCUGGAAACUCUCGGCUACAACUCCGCCCCGCCAGUGAUCGCCUGGCGAGAGGAUGUGGCUUGGUCCCGACAGUGGCAACCGAGUGACGUGACGUCAUUACCUAGUGCUUCACCACCCUUCCGCGCCGGCGGGGUGUACCUCAUCACCGGCGGUCAGGGGAACAUCGGCCUGGAACUGGCGGCCCGGCUGGCCAGCGAAGGAAUUUCCGGAGAGCCUGUACGGUUGGUAUUGGCUUCCCGACAAGCACUGCCGGAAGAGAGCCAGUGGGCUGCAUAUCUGAAUUCGGCCGAUUCGGACUCGACGCUUGCGGCCCGCGUUCUCAGUAUUCGUCGACUUAAAGCCGAACACGCCUGUGAGGUGUGGCCGGUCGUGCUUGAUGUGGCGGACGAAGCGGCGACCGUCAAACUGCUGGAUCAGAUAGACGGACGUUAUGGCCGGCUCGAUGGUGUGGUUCACGCGGCUGGCGUUCUACAGGACGGGAUGCUGUGGAAUCGUACAGCCGAAGAACUCUCGGCCGUGCUGCAUCCCAAGGUGGCCGGCACGUGGUCGCUAUUAAAGGCUCUGAGAGAUCGCUCGCUCGAUUUCUUGGCGCUCUGCUCUUCGAUGUCGGCCCUGGAACCGUUGGCCGGGCAGGGGGCGUACGCGGCGGCGGGUGCGUUCAUGGACGCGGUGGCCGCCCGAGCCAGAGUGGACUGGCAGUUGCCGGUAACGACGAUCAACUGGGGUUUUUGGGGCGAGACCGAGGUGGCUGCCCCGCAGCACUACCGCGACUUCCUGGGUGCCCAGGGUGUGCAGCCGAUGUCGAAUCUCGAAGGUCGAGCCGCCUUCGCCGCGGCGUUAGCCCUUGGUCGACCGCAAGUGAUCAUCACGCCGCUUGCCCAAGAGAAAGCUGGACUUUCGAACGCCGCCUGGUCGGAAGUUAAUGCAGCCGCCGCAGCAGCAAGUCAACAAGGACUCGAAACGCUGGCCAGCGAAGCCGCCUCACUGGCGGAAGGCCUAGCGAUCCUCGAUCAGCUUUCAGCCCGCUAUGUGGCGUCAGCUUUGGCGAGUGUGGGGCUGUUCACUGCUGAAGGCGCGACGCACGAGCGGGCGGAGAUCGUCAGUCGCCUGGAACUGCUACCGCUGUUCGAACGGCUGCUCGAUCCGCUGCUGACGAUGCUGAUCGAAGAUGGUUUGUUGGAAGCGGUCGGUGAGAACCGCUGGCGAUCAACUAAAGCAUUGAGUUCGGAACCGAACACGGCCGCACUCGAAGCGCAGCUUAAAACCGUCUGUCCGCUGCUUUCACCGCAAGCCGUGUUGCUGUGCCGGUGCGGGGCCGAACUGGCCGGCGUUCUCUCCGGCCGCACCGAUGUGCUGGGGCUGCUGUUCCCCGGCGGUUCGCUGGCCGACACGGAAGCAUUGUAUGCCGACUCACCGCUGUCACGGUUCUAUAGCAACGUGGUGGCGGCUGCGAUUGGCACGGCGGUGAACAGUACAAGUGACGAAGUGCGGCUGCUGGAGAUCGGUGCCGGCACGGGCGGAACGACCCGAUCGGUACUGCCGGUGCUGCCCGCGGAUCGCAGCCAGUACACCUACACCGAUCUCUCGCGGGCCCUGGUCCUCAAAGCCCAGGAGCGGUUUGCUGAGUACCCACAGGUUCGCUAUCAGGUGCUCGACAUUGCGGAGGAUCCGACGGCCCAAGGUCUCGAUGCCGGCAGCUUCGACAUCAUCCUGGCGGCCAACGUCCUGCAUGCGACGCAUGACCUGACCGAGACGCUCUCGCACGUUCGCCAGUUGCUCACCCCCGGCGGACUGCUGGUGCUGGUCGAAGCGACGGGGAUUCAGCGAUGGGGGCUGCUGACGUUUGGGCUGACCGAAGGUUGGUGGUGCUUCGACGAUGCGGAGCUACGUACGGAUAGCCCGUUGCUCACGCUCGAUCGCUGGCGAGAGUUCCUGCCGACGGUUGGGUUCGUUGAUGUGACUACAUUGCCCGAGGGCGAAGCGGCGGCCGAGGUUACGCAGCACGUCCUGUUGGCCCGGGCCGAUGCGACGGUGCCCGCGGGUGAGACGGUUGUAGAACCGACAGAAGAAGCGGUCGCCCCAUCAACAGUUGAUCCGACUCCCGAAGUCAGUACGUCGUCACUGGAACGGACGAUCGCUCGGGUGCUGGAAGAGGUGCUGCGGUUGGAGCCCGGCCAGUUGGAUCGCCGGCGUUCGUUCCAAGACCAGGGCUUGGACUCACUGCUGGCGUUGGAGUUGGUUAGUCGGUUGAAGACGGCAGUGGGUGUGUCGCGGUUGGGGCCGGCGGUGUUGUUUGAGCAUCCGAGUGUGGCGGAGUUGGCCGGGUACCUGGCGGAACAGGGGGCGGUGGUUGUUGCUACGGGUGAAGCUUCGCCCAAGCAGUCGGCGGUGGUGAAGAAGGCUCCCGCCAAGGUUAAGCGUUCGGUGCCGUCGGCUCGUUCGGUGAUGAAUGAAAAAGAAGCAUCUUCGACAGCGACAUCCGGCAUUGCGAUCGUUGGUUAUGCACUGCGAUUGCCGGGCUGUGGUUCGGGGGAUGAACUGUGGCGGGUGCUGGUUGAGGGCCGAGAGGAAGUCGGUCCGGUGCCGGGUGCUCGGCGGUUGCUUGCUGGGCGCGAAGAUGUGUCGGGCGUGGGUGGAUUCCUCUCAGACAUCGAACAGUUCGACGGGCGAUUCUUCCGCUUGUCUCCGGCUGAGGCCACGGCGAUGGACCCGCGGCAGCGGCUGUUCUUGGAAGUGGCUUACGAAGCGCUCGAACAGGCGGGCUACGGUGGUGGUCGGCUCUCGGGCCAGCGGUGCGGCGUGUUCGUCGGCGCGGGAAGUCAGGAUUACCAGGCCGGCAGCGGCGGUGGUGCCGGCGGCGUUUACUGGGCGACCGGCGCCAGUCCUUCCAUCCUGGCCAGCCGCUUGGCGUACUUCCUCGAUCUGCACGGUCCGUGCUUGCCGGUCGAUACGGCGUGCAGUUCUUCGCUGGUGGCGUUGCACUUGGCCUGCGACAGUCUAAGGAACAGUCAGUGCGAUACAGCCCUAGUCGGUGGCGUUCACUUGAAUCUGUGGUUGGCCAACUUCGCGGCGUUCGAGCAGAUGGGCGCGCUUUCUGCUUCAGGUCACUGCCGGGCGUUCGACGCUUCGGCCGACGGGUUCGUUCCGGCCGAAGGUUGUGUGGCCGUGUUGUUGAAACCGUUAGAGGCGGCCAUCAGUGCGGGCGAUACGAUCCACGCGGUGAUUCGCGCUACGGCCACCAACAACGAUGGUCGGACCAACGGGCUGACCGCACCCAAUCCAGCGGCACAGCGGGAUGUCAUCCUGGAGGCCUGGUCCGCCGGCAAGAUCGACCCCGAAACGAUCAGCUACAUCGAAGCCCACGGCACCGGCACCCCGCUGGGCGACCCCGUCGAAGCGCGGGGACUGAGCGAAGCCUUCGCCCGACACACGUCUCGUCAUGCCUUCUGUCAGGUAGGCAGUGUGAAGACGAACCUGGGCCACACCGAAACGGCCUCCGGGCUGGCCAGCCUGAUGAAGGUGGUGCAGUGCCUGAAGCAUCGUCAGCUUCCGCCGAACGCCAACCUGCGGGUGCCCAACCGCCACAUCGCGUUCGAACAGACGGCGCUGGUUCUCAGUGAUCGCUUGCGGCCGUGGACCGCCAGUGUUCCGGGGGCUCCGCUAAGGGCCGGGAUCAGUGCGUUCGGCUUUAGUGGUACCAACGCCCACGUCGUGGUGGAAGAACCGCCGGCCGUUCCGCAACUGCCCGAGCCGAAAGAACAACUCCCGCUGGCCGUACCGCUGUCGGCGGUGGAUGAGCAGGCGCUGGAUGAACUGACGACUAUUUAUAGGGACGCCUGCCGAGAGGAGAUUCCGUUCACCGCGCUAGCCACAACGGCAGCCCUGGGUCGGCUGCACCGUGGUUCACGCCUGGCGGUGGUCGCUUCGACCGCGGACGAACUUCGUGAGCAGCUCACCGCAGCUGUAAAACACGAAACGCCCGCCGGUGUUUACCGUCACACGCAUGGCGAGGGGACGGCCGUCGGGGUGGGUGUGCUGUUCUCCGGGCAGGCCACGCGUCAAAGCAGCGAGCAGUUGGCCCAGCUGAUUCGUCGCUACCCGGUGUUCGCGGAGGCGUGGCAUGAAAGUGGCCGGUUGGUUGCAGGACAGCUCGAAGAGCCGCUGUCACGACUGACCACUCCGGCCGGAGCCGAUCUCUGGGAUCGCACGCAGUACGCGCAGGUCGGGUUGUUGGCCUGGCAGGUCGGGCUGUGGAAGCUGUGGCAGAGCUGGGGACUGGAGGUUGAAUCGGUCGCCGGUCAUAGCUUGGGGCAACUCACGGCCGCCUGGGCUGCCGGAUGUUAUUCGCUGGAAUCGAUCCUCAAGCUGGCCGUGCUACGUGGCCGGUUGAUGCAGGGGCUUCCUUCCGGGGCGAUGGCCGCCGUACGGGCCGGGGCGGAAGAGCUGAGCGAGAUCGUCGAGCCCUAUGCGGACGAACUGGCUAUCUCAGCAGUGAACGCUCCGCGGCAAACGGUUCUCUCGGGCAGUGCACGGGCGAUCGAGGCUGUAUUAAAAGAACUCGAAACCCAUGGCAUCGCCGCUUCGCGUUUGCCGACCGAUCGGGCGUUCCAUUCGCCGUUGGUCGAGCCGAUGCUGGAAGAGUUGGCCCGCGGGGCCGAUGCGUUUCCGGCUUCUGCGCCCCAUCGCACGUGGUUCUGCACCCGCACGGGGGAGGUUUGGCCGGCCGAUCGCGCGCCGACGGGCGAUGAUUGGGCCCGCCAGGCGAGAGAAGCGGUACAGUUCCGUAAGACCGUCGAAGCGAUGGCUGCCGAAGGGUGUCAGGCGCUGUUGGAACUGGGCCCUGGGGCGACCCUCGCGCCGCUGGCCGCCGAGGUUCUUUCGCACACCGGUUCGAAGGCUUCGGCCCACGCGACCUUAGGUCGGGCGAAGACGGUGCCUGCGAAGUUGGCCUCGGCAGUCAGUUGGCUCUACACCCGGGGUGUGGAGCUGGAUUGGGAGGCGUACUUCAAGGCUCACGGUGUUGAGCCGCGUCAGGUCGCGUUGCCGACGUAUCCAUAUCAGCGACAACGGCAUUGGUUGGCGGAUGACCGAUCUACCGUUUCGCGCGGAACGCCACAGAGGGCGUUCCCUACAGAGACGGUGGUUGCCGGAGAGUCGGGCCCGACACCGCUGGCUACGCAUGAUCCAAGUGAGCAGGCGAAGCUGCUGUAUAAACUGGCGUGGCAAGAGACUCCCGCAUUGCCGAUAGGUGACGAAUCGUUCACGGGUCGCUGGUUGCUGGUGGGCUCUCAGGAUGAUGCGACGUUUGCAUCGUUGGCUCAAAAGAUCGAUUCGGCCAAUUGCACGGUAGAUCGUCAGAUCAUCGAUCUGAAUGAUGUCCGUUGGCAAGACGCUUCGCACUGGCGGGAGUUGCUCGCUGCCGAUGACCUGGCCGGCGUGAUCGUUCAAUUGCAGUCAGGCACGGAAGAAACCGAAACAGCUGCCGCGACCGAGCUGAGGGCGCAGGUCGUGCUGGCCGCCAGCGGGGCGUUGGCCUCUCUCGGUCCCCGCCGCUGGUUGCAGUUGCGAAUGUUGUGGGUGACCCGCGGGGCGCAGGCGGCUGAUGAUGCAACCGAUGUGUCGCUCGAUCUCACGCAGGCUGCUGCCCUGGGGUUAGUGCUGUCGUGGCCGUAUGAACUGAAGGGGCUGAGUCGCCGGGCGGUGGAUCUGGAUGUCGAACCAGAUUCUGUUGACGCCGAGUGUCUGCUGGCUGAACUUGCAGCACUGGGCUCCGACGAUCCGGCCCAGCAGGAUGCGGCGGCGGAGGUUCUGUACCGUGCUGGUACACGUUCGGUGCGGCAGGUCGCUCCGCUGACCGGUGGUCCGUGGUCCACGCCCUGGAAUAGGUGCGGUGUUUACCUGUUGACCGGGGCACUGGGCGGGAUCGGCAGUCAGUUGGCACUGGAGUUGGCCCUGGAUUACGACGCGACGCUCGUGCUCACCGGUCGAAGCGAACUGCCGGCGGCGGAAAACUGCGCGGCGUGGCUGGCUGAACAUUCGUCGGACGAUCCGCAGGCCGAACGCGUUCGCCGGCUGGCGGAGAUUUAUGCGGCUGCGCCGGGGCGUGUUGUAUAUCUGUCUGGCCACAUCGCUUCGGUAGAGCAUGUUGAGGGUCUCAAGAAUCUGAUCGCCGAAAAGUACGGCCGCUUGGACGGCAUCCUGCAUGCGGCGGCCGAAUUGGAGACGCGGCAACUGGCCUUGCGGACUAAGACGGCCGAGUCGCUGCGUAAAGUUCUCUCGGCGAAGGUUGCCGGCAGCCUGCAUCUGGCGAAGCUGCUCGAUACCUGGCCGGAAGCGAAUCUCGUGUUGUUCUCAUCGAUUGGUAGUCUCUCGGGCGCACUCUCCUCGGGUGAAAGCGACUACGCUGCCGGUUGUCGGUUGCAGAAUCAUCUGGCCGCGAAGCUCCGGGCCGAAGGGCGUGCGGCUACGGCGGUGGCACUCAGCGAAUGGGGCACUUCCGGUCUGCUGGCCGCCAACGCCGUGGGCCCGAUCGUACGGCAGUUGGGUCUGCGUCCGCUGACCGCCGAGACAGCUUCGGGAACGUUUGCUCAGGCGGUAGCCUCUGGGUCGUCGAUGCCGCUGGUGCUGGCCGGCACGGCGAAGUUCUCGCCCGAGCGGAUGUUGUUGGGGCAGGAACAGACCUCGAAAGAAUCUUCUAGUGACACGGUCGAUUAUUCGCAGGUGAUUACCGCCACAACCGAAGCAGCCAAGACGGGCUCCGAACGUUUGGGUGAAGUGAUCCCGCAGUUCGAAGGAGUCGAUACGGCGCUCGAUCGGCUGGCGACCGCCUACGUGGCGAAGGUGCUCAACGAAGUUAAUCUGCCGGCGACGCUUGCGGAACUCACACACUCGCUGCGACUCGAUCCGAAGUACACGCGCUUGCUCCCACGUCUUCUCGCCAUGGCCACGGCUGAAGGGGUGUUGGAAGCGACAGGCGAUCGGUACGCACGCGGGCCGGCUUGGACCGAGUUCAAGGAACUCGAUACCGAUUUACUGGCCGCCGAAAUCGGCCAGCGGUGGCCGUCCCUGGCGGCAGUGGCGCGGCUGCUUGCGCGGUGUGGGGCAAAGCUGGGUGUGGUGCUUGCCGGUGAGCAGGAUCCGCUGGAGUUGCUCUUCCCCGGCGGCUCGACGGCCGAAGCGACGGCAGUUUACGCCCAGGGUGAGUUCAACGCCUUCUACGCCGAACUGGCGGCCGCGGCCCUGGCGGCGGCGCGUCCGGCGGGUGGUACGUUCAAUAUCUUAGAGGUCGGCGCUGGUACGGGGGCCACGACCGACGUGGUGCUCGAUCGCUUGGCUGACGGUCCGCUUUCUUACACUUACACUGAUCUCUCACCGGGCCUGGUGGCUGGUGCCCGACAACGAUUGGCCGGCCGGGAUGGAUUGACCUUCCUAACGUUCGACGCCGAGCGGGAUCCGACUACGCAAGGUCUGACGCCCGGUCGGUACGAUGCCGUGCUGGCGGUCAACGUGCUACAUGCCACCCGUGACCUGCGGGACACGCUCGCCAACCUGCGAAAGCUCCUUACUUCCAGUGGCGUAUUAGUCGUCGUCGAAGCCACGCGAAGUCUGCGUUGGGUCGAACUCACGUUCGGCCUGACCGACGGUUGGUGGCACUUCACCGAUUCGCCGCUCCGCGAAUCCACGCCACUGCUCUCCGCCGAGCAGUGGAUUGAGUUACUAAACACCUCCGGCUUCCAGAGCCCGGUCGCAUUACCGGAUGACGACACCGCGCUCGGCGAGCCCGGCACGCACUUGCUGCUAGCGCAGAAUACGAGCGCGCCGAUCGCAGCAGCCGCAUCAACACCCACCACAGUGCCGGCCCAACCAAAACAACAACUACGCACUACCGCGAAAACCGACGGCAGCGCCCUGCUCGAAGCUACGGCCGACUAUCUGCACGAUCUGUUCUGUCGGGUGUUGGGCCUGGAGCCCUCGCAACUCGAUCGCCAGGCCAACUUUAUGGACCUCGGCUUCGACUCAAUUCUGGCGCUGCAAAUCCGCGGCCAACUGGCCGACGAACUCUCGCUCACACUCGAGCCGACUCUUCUGUUCGAACACGCUUCUGUCGCCGCUCUGGCCAACCACCUGGCCACCAGCCACGUCAAGGCCCUGGCCGAACACCUGCGGACCGAAAACGAGCCGGUCGCCACGCCCGAACCAACACCCGAGUUCUGGAACCUUCUCCGCACGGGCCAGCAGGCGGUUGCGCCACCUUCGUCUGAGCGCACCGCACUGAUGCCGAGUGCCACGGGGCGUUUCGCUACAGGUGGAUUCCUGGAGGGCAUCGACCAGUUCGACGCGGGGUUGUUUGGGAUCUCGCCGCGGGAGGCCCAGUGGAUGGACCCGCAGCAGCGGCUUUUCCUGGAGGUGGCGUACGAGACGAUUCAACGGGCCGGCUACGGCGGCGAGCAAUUGGCAGAGCUUCCCACCGGCGUAUUCGUCGGCGUGGGUUCCAGCGAAUACGCCACGCUCACGGCACGACUCGGUCAGGCGGAAGCCCAUCUGCAGUCGGGCACGUCGCUGCCGAUGAUCGCCACGCGGACGUCGUACUUGCUGAACCUCGGCGGCCCCAGCCUGGCAGUGGAGACGGCCUGCAGUUCAAGUCUGGUGGCCGUGCACCUGGCUUGUCAAAGCCUGCUUUCGGGCGAAUCGAAGCUUGCCCUGGCUGGCGGCGUGAAUCUGAUUCUCGACCCAGCCGGUACCGAACUCGUCGGUCAAUCAGGCAUGCUGUCGCCGAAAGGUCGCUGCCAAACAUUCGAUUCCCGUGCUGACGGCUUCGUCCGGGCCGAAGGUGUGGGCGCCGUAUUGCUUAAACCUUUGGCCGACGCCCUUCGCGAUGGCGAUCACGUUCUGGCGGUGAUCUGCGGUACGGCCGUGAACAACGACGGUCACGCCAAAGCCGGUCUGCACGCCCCCAGUGUGGGCGCUCAGCGGCAGGUGAUUACCCGGGCUCAGGCUGUGGCCGGGGUUUCGGGUGAGACGAUUGGGUUGUGGGAGGCGCAUGGGACGGGAACUUCGCUGGGCGACCCGAUCGAGUGGGAUGCGGCUUCGCAGGCGAUUUCGUCGUCGACCUCACGGCGGGGGUUCUGCGCGAUUGGUUCGGCGAAGACGAACGUGGGGCAUGCCGAAAGCUGCGCGGGGUUGGUCGGGCUGGCCAAGGCGGUGCUGGCACUCGAGCACGCCACCCUCCCGCCAACGUUGAACUUCGAAGAACCGAAUCCGCACCUGUCGCUGGCCGGCAGUCCGUUUUAUGUGAACGACCGUUUGCGGAAGUGGCCAAGCUCGGCAACUCAUCCUCGCCGUGCCGCCGUCAGUAGUUUCGGCUUCGGCGGGACGAAUGCCCAUGUGAUCCUGGAGGAAGCACCCAAGCCGCCAGCCAAAGUACGAGCGGAAGCUGAGCGUCCCGCCCAUCUGCUCACACUUUCGGCCGCCACACCAACCGCCUUAAAAACCCUGGCCGCUACCUACGUCGAGUACCUCGACACGCACGCCGAGGUGCCGCUGGAGGAUCUUUGUUUCACGGCGAACCGUAGUUAUGCCGCGGGAGCGUAUCGACUUGCGGUGGUGGCACGAUACCCAGAUCAUCUUUGUGACAAGCUGCGGUUGUACAGUCAGAGUACGACGGAAAGACCGCUGGCUGGGUCGCUGAUCUUCACACGGAUGGAAGAUGAAGACCGCCGGGAGGAGUUCCUGGAACAACAGGUGUUUGCCCGACUGGCGAAGCUGCCGGCCGAGGCUCGCGAGUUGGCUUCCGCGUGGUGCGGCGGUCGCUGGGGUCGGCGGUUGUCGCAGUGGCUGGCCGAGCAGGUUGAAGGAACAUCACCUGCAGGCACUUCGCUUUCGCCGGAGGACUGGGUCGAACUCUACGCGACCUUGGCUGCCUGGUACGCGAUGGGUGGCACGUUGCGGCUGGAGGCGAUGCAGCCUGUGGGGCGUCGGGUGCCGUUACCGAACUAUCCGUUCGAACGUCGACGCUACUGGCUGCCUACGGCACCACGGCGGGAAGCGCCGCAGCCGUUAGAGACCGUCUCGGACUCAGAUGAAGUCUCGCUUGCGACGGUCUGCUCCUGGUUCUUUGAGCCGCAGUGGGAGCGGUUCACGCCCGAAGAAACAUCACCCCUUUUGGGUCGCUGGCUGGUUGAGGGUGCUGAAGGUUCGUCACUGACUGAGACCAUCACCGAAGAACUGAGAUCGGCCGGAUGUGAAGUGGAAUCCGCAGCCGACUCGGGCAGCGCACUCUCCGGGGUAGUGGUCGUUGUAGAAGAGUCGCAAGAGUGGGACGAAUCAGCGGAUGCAUUUUCGAUCGAAGCUGAAGUAUUAGACCGUCUGCAGGCUUUGGCUUCAUACGCGGCGACGCUUAACGAAAAAACAGGUUCACAGCAACUGCCCGUGUGGUUCGUCACCCGCGGUGGCCAGCCGGUGCAUGAUCCGGCGGCGGCCGAUCCUCGCGCCGCGGCGGUGGCGGCUUUAGUACAGGUGAUCGGUCAGGAGUAUCCCGAGCUCGACUGUCGAGUGAUCGACCUGCCGGCGGCGACGACAGACGAAUCCGCUUCGCACGUCCUCGAAACCCUCGGCUACAACUCCGCUCCGCCGAUCCUCGCCUGGCGAAACGGCUCGGCCUGGACGCGACAGUGGCAACCGAGUGACGUGACGUCAUUGCCUAAUGCCUCACCACCCUUCCGCGCCGGCGGGGUGUACCUCAUCACCGGCGGUCAGGGGAAUAUUGGCUUGGAGCUGGCAGCCCGGCUGGCUAGCGAAGGAAGUUCUGCACAGCCGGUGCGGUUGGUGCUGGCUUCGCGACAAGCUCUACCGGAAGAGAGCCAGUGGGAUGCGUACCUGAAUUCGGCCGAUGCUGACCCGACGCUUUCAGCCCGCAUUCGCGGCAUCCGUCGUCUUCAAGCCGAAUACGCAUGCGAGGUAUGGCCGGUGGUGCUGGAUGUGGCGGAUGAAGUGGCGACCGCCAAACUGCUGGAUCAGAUUGACGGACGAUAUGGCCGGCCCGAUGGUGUGGUUCACGCCGCUGGUGUUCUGCGGGACGGGAUGCUGUGGAACCGCACGGCCGAAGAGCUGUCUGCUGUGCUACAUCCCAAGGUAGCUGGCACGUGGUCGUUGCUGAAAGCACUGAAAGAUCGCGAACUUGAUUUCGUCGCGUUCUGCUCUUCGAUGUCGGCCCUGGAACCUCUGGCCGGGCAGGGGGCGUACGCCGCGGCGGGGGCGUUCAUGGAUGCAGUGGCCGCCCGGGCCAGCGUGGACUGGGGUCUGCCGGUCACGACGAUCAACUGGGGUUUUUGGGGCGAGACCGAAGUGGCUGCCCCGCAGCACUACCGCGACUUCCUGGGUGCCCAGGGUGUUCAGCCGAUGUCGAACCUGGAAGGCCGAGCCGCCUUCGCCGCGGCGUUGGCGCUGGGUCGUCCACAGGUGAUCAUCACGCCGCUUGCUCAAGAGAGAGUCGGACUUUCGAACGCCGCCUGGUCGAAAGUCAACGCUGCCGCCGCCGCGGCCAGUCAGCAAGGGCUUGAAACCCUAGCCAGCGAAGCUGCCUCACUGGCUGAAGGCCUGACGAUUCUCGAUCAACUUUCGGCCCGCUAUGUGGCGUCGGCUUUGGCGAGCGUCGAACUGUUCACUGCGGCAGGCGCGACGCACGACCGGGCGGAGAUCGUCAGUCGCCUGGAACUGCUACCGCUGUUCGAACGGCUGCUCGAUCCGCUGCUGACGAUGCUGGUCGAAGACGGGCUGCUGGAAGCGGUCGAUGAGAACCGCUGGCGAUCGGUCGAGCCGUUCACCGCUGAACCGAAUACGGCCGAGCUCGAAGCCCAGCUCAAAACGGUCUGUCCGCUGCUUUCACCUCAAGCCGUGUUGCUCUGCCGGUGCGGGGCCGAGCUGGCCGGCGUGCUCUCCGGCCGCACCGAUGUGCUGGGGCUGUUGUUCCCUGGCGGAUCGCUGGCCGACACAGAAGCACUCUACGCCGACUCACCGCUGUCACGGUUCUAUAGCAACAUGGUGGCGGCGGCGAUUGGCACGGCGGUGGAGAGUACGAGUGACGAAGUGCGACUGCUCGAGGUCGGCGCGGGCACUGGCGGAACGACCCGUUCGGUACUGCCGGUGCUGCCCGCGGAUCGCAGCAGCUACACGUACACCGAUCUAUCCCGAGCCCUGGUCCUCAAAGCCCAAGAGCGGUUCGCCGAGUACCCGCAGGUUCGCUACCAGGUGCUCGACAUUGCGGAAGAUCCGACCGGCCAAGGUCUCGAAGCCGGCAGCUUCGACAUCAUCCUGGCGGCGAACGUCCUGCAUGCGACGCAUGAUCUGACCGAGACCUUGAAUCACGUGCGUCAGCUACUCACACCGGGCGGACUGCUGGUAUUGGUCGAGGCUACGGGGGUUCAGCGAUGGGGAUUGCUGACGUUCGGACUCACCGAAGGGUGGUGGUGCUUCGACGAUGCGGAGCUACGUACGGAUAGCCCGUUGCUCACGCUUGAUCGCUGGCGAGAGUUCCUGCCGACGGUUGGGUUCACCGAUGUUGCUACCUUGCCCGAGGGCGAAGCGGCGGCCGAGGUCACGCAGCACGUAUUACUGGCCUGGGCUGAUACGGCGGUGCCCGCGGGUGAGACGGUUGUCGAACCAACAGAUGAGCCGAUCGCUACGUCAACGAUUGAAUCAACUGCCGAAGUCAGUACCUCGGCUUUGGAACGCACGAUCGCCCGGGUGUUGGAAGAAGUUCUGCGGUUGGAGCCGGGCCAGUUGGAUCGUCGGCGUUCGUUCCAAGACCAGGGGUUGGACUCGCUGUUGGCGUUGGAACUGGUGGGUCGGUUGAAGGUGGCGGUGGGGGUACCGCGGUUGGGGCCGGCGGUGUUGUUUGAACAUCCGAGUGUGGCGGAGCUGGCCGGGUAUCUGGCGGAGCAGGGGGCGGUGGUUCCGGUUGGGGGUGAAGCUUCGCCCAAGAAGCCGGCGGUGACGAAGCGGCCAAAGGUGGAAGUUAAACGUUCGGUGCCGGCGGCUCGAUCGGUGGUGGUUGAGAAGUCGGAUGCGUCGACAGCAACCUCCGGCAUUGCGAUCGUUGGUUAUGCACUGCGGUUGCCGGGCUGUGGUUCGGGGGAUCAGUUGUGGCGGGUACUGGUUGAGGGCCGGGAAGAAGUUGGUCCUGUUCCGGUUGCUCGGCGGUUGCUGGCUGGGCGUGAAGAUGUGUCGGGCGUGGGUGGCUUUCUGUCGGACAUCGAGCAGUUCGACGGGCGAUUCUUCCGCUUGUCUCCGGCCGAAGCUACGGCGAUGGACCCGCGGCAGCGGCUGUUUUUAGAGGUGGCUUACGAAGCGCUCGAGCAAGCGGGCUACGGUGGUGGUCGGCUCUCGGGGCAGCGGUGCGGCGUGUUUGUCGGUGCGGGAAGUCAGGACUACCAGGCCGGCAGCGGCGGCGGUGAAGGGGGCGUUUACUGGGCGACAGGUGCGAGCCCUUCGAUUCUGGCCAGCCGUCUGGCGUACUUCUUGGACCUGCAUGGCCCCUGCUUGCCGGUCGAUACGGCUUGCAGUUCGUCGCUGGUGGCGCUAGAUCUCGCGUGCGAAAGUCUACGCGGUGGCCAUUGCGAUACAGCGCUCGUCGGCGGCGUUCACUUGAACCUGUGGUUGGCGAACUUUGCGGCGUUCGAGCAGAUGGGUGCGCUUUCAGCUUCAGGUCGCUGCCGGGCGUUCGACGCCUCGGCCGAUGGGUUCGUCCCGGCCGAAGGUUGCGUGGCUGUGCUGUUGAAGCCGCUAGAAGCAGCCAUCGCUGCGGGCGAUACGAUCCAUGCGGUGAUUCGCGCCACGGCCACCAACAACGACGGCCGCACCAACGGUCUGACCGCCCCCAACCCGGCGGCGCAGCGGGAUGUCAUCCUGGAGGCCUGGUCGGCCGGCAAGAUCGAUCCCGAGACGAUCAGCUACAUCGAAGCCCACGGCACCGGCACCCCGCUGGGUGAUCCGGUCGAAGCGCGGGGACUCAGCGAAGCCUUCGCCCGGCAUACGUCGCGGCAUGCUUUCUGCCAGGUGGGCAGCGUAAAGACGAAUCUCGGUCACACCGAAACGGCCUCCGGCCUGGCGAGCCUGAUGAAGGUGGUGCAGUGUCUGAAGCAUCGGCAACUGCCGCCGAACGCCAACCUGCGAGUGCCCAACCGCCACAUCGCGUUCGAACAGACGGCCCUGGUUCUCAGUGAUCGCUUGCGGCCGUGGACCGCCAGUGUGCCGGGGGCUCCGCUGCGGGCCGGCAUCAGCGCCUUCGGCUUUAGUGGUACCAACGCCCACGUCGUGGUGGAAGAACCGCCGGCCGUUCCGCAACUGCCCGAGCCGAAAGAACAACUCCCGCUGGCCGUACCACUGUCGGCGGUGGAUGAGAAGGCGCUGGAUGAACUGACGACUAUCUAUAAAGACGCCUGUUGCGAGGAGACUCCGUUCACCGCGCUAGCCACAACCGCGGCGUUGGGUCGACUCCACCGUGGUGCCCGACUCGCGGUGGUUGCUUCUACGAUCGACGAACUUCGCGAGCAGCUUACUGCUGCGGUGAAGCACGAAACGCCCGCAGGGGUUUACCGUCACACGCAUGGUGAAGGUACCUCAGUGGGUGUGGGCGUGUUGUUCUCCGGUCAGGCAACGCGUCAAAGCAGCGAGCAGUUGGCCGAGUUGAUCCGCCGCUACCCGGUGUUCGCCGAUGCGUGGAAUGAAUGUGGGCGGCUGGUUGCAGGGCAGCUCGAGGAACCGCUGUCACGAUUGACCACUCCGGCCGGUGCCGGUCUCUGGGAUCGCACCCAGUACGCCCAGGUGGGACUGUUGGCCUGGCAAGUUGGGCUGUGGAAGCUGUGGCAGAGUUGGGGGCUCGAAGUUGAGGCGGUCGCCGGUCACAGCUUGGGGCAACUCACCUCCGCCUGGGCUGCCGGAUGUUAUUCGCUCGAAUCGAUUCUGAAGCUGGCCGUGCUCCGUGGCCGCUUGAUGCAGGGCCUUCCUUCCGGGGCGAUGGCCGCCGUACGGGCCGGGGCGGAAGAGCUGACCGAAAUCAUCGAGCCCUACACUGAAGAGCUGGCCAUCUCGGCGGUGAACGCUCCACGGCAGACGGUGCUAUCGGGUAGCGCUCGGGCCGUGGAAGCGGUACUCGGAGAGUUGGAAUCCCGCGGCAUCGCCGCUUCGCGCUUGCCGACCGAUCGGGCGUUCCACUCGCCGCUGGUCGCGCCGCUGCUGGAAGAGCUGGCCCGGGGGGCCGAUGCAUUACCGGCGUCCGCACCACACCGCACAUGGUUCUGCACCCGCACGGGCGAGGCUUGGCCUUCCGAUCGUUCGCCGACCGGAGAUGAUUGGGCCCGUCAAGCGAGAGAAGCGGUUCAGUUCCGUCAGACCGUCGCAGCGAUGACUGCCGAAGGCUGCCAGGCGCUAUUGGAACUGGGGCCGGGGGCGACCCUCGCGCCGUUGGUCGCCGAGGUACUCACGCACGCCGGUUCAAAGGCUUCGGCCCAUGCGACCUUGGGUCGGGCGAAGACGGUGCCUGCGAAGUUGGCCUCGGCGGUGGGGUGGCUUUAUACCCGGGGCGUGGAGUUGGAUUGGGAGGCGUACUUCGAGGCUCACGAUGUCACGCCGCGUCAGGUUCCGUUGCCGACGUAUCCAUAUCAGCGACAACGGCAUUGGUUGGCGGAUGCUCAUUCAACCGUUUCGCGCGGAACGCCACAGAGGGCGUUCCCUACAGAGACGGUGGUUGCCAAAGAGUCGAGCCCGACACCGCUGGCCACGAACGAUCCGGCCGAGCAGGCGAAGCUGCUGUAUAGGCUUGCGUGGCAAGAAGCGCCGGCGUUGCCGACUAGUGAGGAGACAUUCACGGGUCGCUGGUUGCUGGUGGGCCCUCAGAAUGAUGCCACGUUUGCAUCGUUGGCUCAAAAGAUCGAUUCGGCCAAUUGCACCGUGGAUUAUCAGAUCAUCGAUCUGCACGAUGGCAGUUGGCAAGACGCUGCUUACUGGCGGGAGUUGCUCAGCAGCGAAGACCUGGCCGGCGUGAUCGUUCAGCUGCCUUCGGGGGCUGAAGAAGCCGAUACGGCCGUCGCGACUGAGCUGCGGGCGCAGGUUGUUCUGGCGGCCAGUGGCGCAUUGGCGGGUCUUGGUCCGCGGCGGUGGUUGCAGUUGCGAAUGUUGUGGGUGACCCGUGGGGCGCAGGCGGCGGAUGAUGCGGGUGAUUCAUCGCUCGAUCUCACACAGGCGGCAGCCCUGGGGUUGGUGCUGUCGUGGCCGUAUGAACUGAAGGGGCUGCGUCGUCGGGCGGUGGAUCUGUGUGUUGAACCAGAUCCUGCUGACGCCGAGUGGUUGCUGGCUGAACUUGUAGCCUUGGCCGACGACGAUCCGGCCCAACAAGAUUCGGCGGCAGAGAUUAUAUACCGUGCUGGUACACGUUCGGUGCGGCAGGUGGUUUCACUGGCUGGUGGUCCGUGGUCCACGCCCUGGAAUAGGGGCGGUGUUUACCUGUUGACCGGGGCGCUGGGUGGAAUCGGCAGUCAGUUGGCGCUGGAGUUGGCCCGAGACUACGACGCGACGCUCGUGCUCACGGGGCGAAGCGAACUGCCGGCGGCGGAAGACUGCGCAGCGUGGUUGGCCGAACAUGCUUCGGACGAUCCCCGGGCCGAACGCGUUCGCCGACUGGCGGCCAUUGAAGCGGCUGCGCCGGGGCGUGUUGUAUAUCUGUCUGGUCACAUCGCUUCGGCCGAGCAUGUUGAAGGUUUGAAGAACCUGAUCGCCGAAAAGUACGGCCGCUUGGACGGCAUCCUGCAUGCAGCGGCUGAACUGGAGACGCGGCAGCUGGCACUACGGACGAAGACGGCCGAGUCGAUGAAGCGUGUUCUCUCAGCGAAGGUUGCCGGCAGCCUGCAGCUGGCGAAGCUGCUUGACACUUGGCCAAAAGCCCGACUGGUGCUGUUCUCAUCGAUCGGUAGUCUCUCGGGCGCACUCUCCUCGGGUGAAAGCGACUACGCGGCCGGUUGUCGUCUACAGAAUCACUUGGCCGCGAAGCUCCGGGCUGUAGGUCGUGCGGCUACGGCGGUGGCACUCAGCGAAUGGGGCACUUCGGGGUUAUUGGCCGCCAACGCGGUGGGGCCGAUCGUACGUCAGUUGGGUCUGCGCCCGCUGACCGCCGAGACGGCUUCGGGGACUUUUGCCCAAGCGGUAGCCUCCGGGGCGGCGAUGCCGCUGGUGCUGGCCGGUACGGCGAAGUUUUCGCCUGAGCGGAUGUUGUUGGGGCAGGAACAGACCUCGAAAGAAUCUUCUAGUGACACGGUCGAAUAUUCGCAGGUGAUUACCGCCACAACUAAAGCAGCCAAGACGGGCGCCGAACGUUUAGGUGAAAUCAUCCCGCAGUUCGAAGGCGUUGAUACGGCGCUCGAUCGCCUGGCGACAGCUUAUGUGGCACAGGUGCUCAACGAAGUCAAUCUGCCGGCGAAGCUUGCGGAACUCACUCGAUCACUGCGACUCGAUCCGAAGUACACCCGGUUGCUCCCACGUCUUCUCGCCAUGGCGGUGGCCGAAGGGGUGUUGGAGGAUACGGACGAUCACUACACCCGCGGACCGGCGUGGUCUGAGUUCACGGAACUCGACACUGAUACACUGGCCGCCGAAAUCGGCGAGCGGUGGCCAUCGCUGGCGGCGGUGGCCCGACUGCUUGCGCGGUGUGGGCCGAAGUUGGGUGUGGUGCUGGCCGGUGAGCAGGAUCCGCUGGAGUUGCUCUUCCCCGGCGGUUCGACGGCUGAAGCGACGGCAGUUUACGCCCAGGGCGAGUUCAACGCCUUCUAUGCCGAACUGGCGGCCGCGGCACUGGCGGCAGCGCGUCCGACAGGGCGGGCGUUCAAUGUCUUAGAGGUCGGCGCCGGCACGGGAGCCACGACCGACGUGGUGCUCGAUCGCUUGGCAGACGGUCCGCUCUCAUACACCUACACCGAUCUUUCUCCAGGCCUGGUUGCUGGUGCCCGUCAGCGACUGGCCGGCCGGGAAGGCUUGACCUUCCAGACAUUCGAUGCCGAACGGGAUCCGGACACGCAAGGUCUGACGCCCGGUCGAUACGAUGCCGUGCUGGCGGUCAACGUGCUGCAUGCCACGCGUGAUCUGCGAGAGACGCUGACCAACCUGCGAAAGCUCCUUACCCCCAGUGGCGUAUUAGUCGUCGUCGAAGCCACGCGAUCGCUCCGUUGGGUCGAACUCACGUUCGGCCUGACCGACGGUUGGUGGCACUUCACCGAUUCGCCGCUCCGUGAAUCCACGCCCCUGCUUGAGGACCAACAGUGGUUGGAACUCCUAACAUCGUCGGGCUUCCAAAGCCCCGUCUCUCUGCCAGACGAUAACACCCCGCUCGGAGAACCCGGCACGCACUUGCUGCUAGCCCAGAAUACGAGCGCGCCGAUCGCAGCAGCCGCAUCCACACCCGCGGCAGUACCGCACGAACCAAAACAACAGCAGCCCCGCACCACCGCGAAGUCCGACAGCAGCGCCCUGCUCGAAGCCACGGCCGACUACCUGCACGACCUGUUCUGCCGGGUGUUGGGCCUGGAACCCACGCAGCUCGACCGCCAGGCCAACUUCAUGGACCUCGGGUUCGACUCGAUCCUGGCGCUGCAAAUCCGCGGCCAACUCGCCGACGAACUCUCGCUCACCCUCGAACCCACACUGCUGUUCGAACACGCUUCUGUCGCCGCGCUGGCCAACCACCUGGCCACCAGCCACGCGAAAGCCCUGGCCGAACACCUGCAAACGGAAAGUGAACCGGUCACCGCACCCGAAGCAGGGCCCGAGCCAACCCCCGCACCUCAACUCCAGUUCCGCUUAGCAGAACCAACAACUCAACCCGACCGCACGAACCAAAUCGCCAUCAUCGGUCUCGCCUGCCGCUUCCCCGGAGCAUCAACGCCUGAGGAGUUCUGGAACCUGCUUCGCACGGGCCAUCAGGCAGUUGCGCCACCUUCGGCCGAGCGCACCGCGCUGAUGCCGAGUGCCAUGGGUCGCUUUUCAGCCGGUGGAUUCCUGGAGGGCAUCGAUCAAUUCGACGCCGGUCUGUUUGGAAUCUCGCCGCGCGAGGCGCAGUGGAUGGACCCGCAACAGCGGCUGUUCCUGGAAGUGGCCUACGAAACGAUCCAACGGGCCGGUUACGGCGGCGAUCAACUGGCCGAGCUGCCGACCGGCGUGUUCGUCGGCGUCGGUUCCAGCGAAUACGCCACACUCACCGCACGACUCGGUCAGGCCGAAGCCCAUCUGCAGUCGGGCACGUCGCUGCCGAUGAUCGCCACGCGGACGUCGUACUUGCUGAACCUCGGCGGCCCCAGCCUGGCAGUGGAGACGGCCUGCAGUUCGUCGCUGGUCGCCGUGCACCUGGCUUGUCAAAGUCUUCUAUCCGGCGAAUCAAAACUGGCCCUGGCUGGCGGCGUGAACCUAAUCCUCGACCCCGCGGGUACCGAGCUCGUCGGUCAAUCAGGCAUGCUUUCACCCCAGGGCCGCUGUCAGACAUUCGAUUCCCGAGCCGACGGGUUCGUGCGGGCCGAAGGUGUAGGCGCCGUGUUGCUCAAGCCGCUGGCCGACGCCCUUGGCGAUGGCGAUCACGUUCUGGCGGUGAUCCGCGGUACGGCGGUGAACAACGACGGCCACGCCAAAGCCGGCCUGCACGCCCCCAGCGUGGGCGCCCAGCGGCAGGUGAUUACGCGGGCUCAGGCGGUGGCCGGGGUUUCGGGUGAGACGAUUGGGUUGUGGGAGGCGCAUGGGACGGGAACUUCGCUGGGCGACCCGAUCGAGUGGGAUGCGGCUUCGCAGGCGAUUUCAUCGUCGACGUCACGGCGGGGGUUCUGCGCGAUUGGUUCGGCGAAGACGAACGUGGGGCAUGCCGAAAGCUGUGCGGGCCUGGUAGGGCUGGCCAAGGCGGUGCUGGCGCUCGAGCACGCCACGCUACCACCGACGCUGAACUUUGAAGAACCGAAUCCACAUCUGUCGCUGGCCGGCAGUCCGUUUUAUGUGAACGACCGUUUGCGGAAGUGGCCAAGCUCGGCAACUCAUCCACGUCGCGCCGCGGUCAGCAGCUUCGGCUUCGGCGGCACCAAUGCCCACGUGAUUCUGGAAGAAGCCCCAGAACCCGCACGCACAGAACGCACCUCACCCGAGCGUCCCGCCCAUCUGCUCACGCUUUCGGCUGCCACGCCUACGGCGCUAAAAACCCUAGCCAAGGCCUACGUCGAGUAUCUCGACACGCACGCCGAGGUGUCACUGGAAGACCUCUGCUUCACGGCGAACACCGGUCGGCCAACUCAUUCGCACCGAUUGUUCUCGGUUGUAAAGACCACCAGCGAUGUUCGACAGCAAUUACAGGAGUGGCUGACCCAAAGCUCGUCCUCUGCGAUCGAAAGCGGGAAGGCUUCUCGACGAACCAGACCGAAAACGGCCUGGUGUUUCGCCGGUGAGGAUACGGACUGGCCCGGCGUUUCGGCCGGAUUCAUGGAGGGGAAUCGGGCCUUCCAGCAGAGCCUUGCGGAUAGCGCUGCGAUCAUCGGAUUGGAGCUUCCCCGACCGCUGUCCACGCUGCUGCAAACCGCCGGUGGUGGCAAUGGCCUGAGUUCGACGCAGCGUUCGUUGAUCGUCGCCGCCGGUCAAUUGGCUUUGGCUGAAACUCUUCGCAGCUAUGUCGGGCGACCAAACCUGGUCGUGAGUUAUGGCAGUGGUGAGUUUGUGGCGGCUUGUAUCGCGGGGGCCAUCGAUCGGUCGACGAUGUUUGAUCUCGUGAGGGAACAUGCCGAGCCGGGGAGCGAGGUCGGCUUGCGGCUCAUCGAGGUCUUCGCAGCUGAGGCGGACGUGCUGAAGGUGAUUCGCCAGUGUGCCCCCAGUGUGAAGGUGGUGGCCAGCGAUGGAGCUUCGCGGGCGAUUCUGGCUGGUGAGUCGGAGGAAUUGAACUGGCUGGCCGGUGCGUUGCAGCAAGAAGGAAUUCAACUGCGACAAAUCGCGGGUAAAUGGCCGGGUGCGGCAGGAUCAGUGACUGCGGAUAUCAGGCUUCAGAGACCGUCGAUUGCCUGGUUGCGGCCGAAUAUUGGGGGGUGGUUCGAUCAAAAAACUUUGGCCGGCGAACAGGGCUGGCAGGCUGGUUCGGCUGACUCGUUAAGGAUCGAUGCCCUGCAAUCUGACCUGAGUGUCCGGGAAAUCGAUACGGUCGUUGAAAUCGGGAUAGGCGGCAGCGUCCUGUUCCCAAAAGUGGCCGAAAACGCUGGAGAUUCGGCCCAUUGGCUGUCGGUGUUCGCGGGCGAAGAACCGGGGUGGUCUGGCUUAUUUAAGUGCCGCAAGAAGGAGCCGGCGGCAGCGACCGACGAACCGACAGGUAUGGCUUACCUGGAGAUCGCCUGUGCCGCGGUUAAUGAAGUGCCCAACGCGGAGGCGCUCGCGGUGCGCCUGUUCGACUUCAACUGGUUCGAUCCGGUUUUUGUGCCCGGGGGCGGGGCGCUGUUGACCCGUCAGGUGCUUGAAGCCGAUGGCGCCGCGUUCCAAUUUCUGGCUAUGGCGGCGGGGCUCGAUGCUGCGGGUAAUCGUGGUGAGUGGAAACCGCAGGUGCGGGGGCGGGUGGAACUUGUUGCGAAGGUGGAUGCAGAGUGGGUUGACUUGGCUGCGGCCGUCAGCCGGUGUCAGCGAGAAGUUACCGCGGAUGAGUUCUACCGCGAGCUUGCCCAGCAUGGUGUGAAUGAAACGGGGGGGUAUCGCGCGUUCGAGGCGUUGCGUGUUGGAUCGGGUGAAGCGACGGCUCGGCUGGUUGGGUCCGGUGAAGCGAGUGAUCAGGCUUGGACACUGCCGCCGGCGGUGUUGCAGGGUGCGGUGAACGUUUUACGUGCCGCGCUGGCUGAUGGCUCAGGAGAGUUGUUCGACCAAAAGGCGCUAUGGCCGGUGCGGCUGGCCAGCACGGUGGUGCAUCGGCGGUUGCCGGAAGAUCUGCGGUGUGUUGCACGGAGAAUUGAGGGGACUUCGAGCGGCGAUGUGUUGCUGACCGAUGCCGACGGCGAGAUGGUGGUUGAACUGCGGGGGUUGGAGUUAGGCCCGUGCCCUCGGGUGCCUGAGGGUUUGGUGCGGUCGGCGGCGUCUUUGUCGGGAGUGUCGACAAGUGGUGAAAGCGCGAAUUCAGCGGCGGAAGCUCAAGAGGAAGUGAGCGGUUCUGCUCAAACGUUGUCAGACAACGUCGCGCCGGAGUGGUAUUGUGAAGCGAUCUGGUUGCCGGAUGAGGUGACGCCGCAGCGCGUGCUUCCCGCGGGGGCUUGGGUGGUCUUCUGCGACGAGGACGGGAUUGGCGAGCGGUUGUUGAGCUUGCUGGAGUCGCAUGCGCAGGUUGCGGUGCGCGUAACUGCGGGAAGUGAUUAUCGCCGCGAGUCUGCUACUCGAUACGUGGUGAGUACCGAGGAAGCUGAUCAGUUCAAGCGAUUGCUGCUACAUGUACAGCACGAUCAUGGUUCGCUGGCCGGUGUUGUGCACUUAUGGAAUUGCCAGCUUGGUGAGGUGGCUCGUCCUAAUGAGUUGACCUUGGCAGAGAGCAUGACUCGCGGCGUACACAGCCUGUUGUACGUAUCCCAGGCCAUUGGUGAGAACGUACCGCGAAUGGCGCCGUGGCAUGCACCCGCGCGGGCAUUUGCUCGUGUGGCGUCGCUGGAAAUCCCGCAUGUCCGAGCCACAAGUGUUGACUUCGACGGGAGCGAGCAGCCGGAUCAGAUCGCCGAGGCACUGCUUCGCGAGCUGCAAACAGUUUCGAGCACGAACGAGAUUGCGUAUCGCAACGGUCAGCGAUUCACGCCGCACAUUGUGAACGUGGAUUUGGAUGCGGUCGAGCGACGCCCUUCGCCACGUCGGCGAGGUGGGGUUUGUCUGAUCGUUGGCGGGCACGGUGGCGUGGGGCUCGAGUUGGCCCGGGAGUUGGCCACCUGGGGUGAUGCGAAGCUGGUGCUGGUAAAUCGCUCGGCGGUUGGUGCCGCACACCCGGCCGAAACCGACAAGGAGAAAGAACAACGUCUCGCCCGAGCUGAGGCCGUACGUUCGUUGGAGGCCGCCGGUGCAGGGGUGCUUUCGCUUGCAGCCGAUGUGGCAGACGCACAGGCGAUGCGUGACGUGGUGGCCGAAGUGCGGCGACGGUUCGGGGCGAUUCAUGGUGUGAUUCACUCGGCCGGUGUGUUGCGCGAUCGUAGCUUGCCGCUGCUCGAUCGAGAAACGCUGGAUGAAGUGUUGCGGGCCAAGGUGUUGGGCACUUGGGUGCUGGACGAAGUUUUGGGCGAUGAGCCGCUUGAUUUCUUCGUGCUGUGCUCGAGCAUGGCCUCGGUCGUUACCGGGCCCGGGCAGGCCAACCAUGCGGCGGCGAACUUGUUUCAAGAUGCGAUGGCCCAAUACCGGCGCAGCCGGGGGCGAUGUGCGACGGCCAUCAACUGGGGAUUCUGGAGCGACACCGGCGUGGUGGCGCAACCGCGGUAUCGUCAGUCGCUGGCCGAGAAGGGCGUAGGGCAGAUCAGCAACGACGAGGGGCGUGCGGCAUUUGAGGUCGCGCUGACGCUGGACAAGCCACAGUUGGGGAUUGCGAACCUCGACCCAGAGACAUUCAUCAUCGGGCAACCCGAGUCGACACGUCGUUGGUGCCAGGUGCGUGAUUGCGCAUCGCGGGUGGCUGGCGAGUUGAUCGAGCCGCUGCGCGAGCAGAUGGAGCCACUGCGGGGCUUGGACGAGAUCAUCGAUCCGCUGUGCAGCACGUACGUGGCUCAGGCAUUUCAGGCUCUUGGCUUGUUGUCGCCGGAUGCUGCGCCGCGAAGUGUCGAAGCGAUGGCUGACGCGGCUGGUGUGGUUCGGGAGCAACGCGAUCUGUUCGCCGACGUCGUGCGGAUGCUGGUCGACGACGGGUAUCUAGUGGCGAGCGAGGCGGGGCGGUUCGUUGUUGCCGAGCGAGCGGGCCGUGAGGAAGAUUACUCGCAGCUCGUGAAUCAGGCACUCGAGAGGUACCCCCAAGCUGCCGACAUGCUGCGGUUGCUCGAACGCUGCGGGAAGAACCUGGCGGGGGUGCUCACGGGCAAGCAAGAUCCGGUGGAGCUGCUGUUUCCCGGCGGGUCGAUGACCGAGGCGGCUCGGGUGUAUGAGGGAACCCCAACGUCGCUUUAUAUGAACGGAUUGGCCUCGCAAGUUGUAGAGGCAUUGCAGCAGGCCGCUGUCCACAACGUUCCACUGAAAGUGCUUGAAGUGGGGGCGGGUACGGGGGCGACUAGUGCCGCGAUCUUGCCGUCGCUCGAUGCCGCGCGAUGCGAAUACACCUACACCGACAUUUCGGCGGCGUUUCUUUCCCGCGCCGAGAAGAAGUUCGCUGACUUCGGGUUUGUGAACUAUCAGGUACUCAACGUCGAGCGCGACCCGGCCGCUCAGGAUUUCGAAUUGGGGCAAUACGAUCUGGUGGUGGCCGCCAACGUAUUGCACGCUACACGGCGAAUCGAUGAGACGCUGCGGCAUGUCCGUUCGCUGCUCAAGCCGGGUGGGAUGUUGAUCCUGGUGGAAACAACCGCACCCGGCCGGUUCGGCACAUUGACGUUUGGCCUCACCGACGGUUGGUGGCGGUUCGAGGAUCGCGAGUUGCGGAAGACCUCGCCGCUACUCACUGCCGAGAACUGGUGCUCGCAGCUUCGCGAGUGCGGAUUCAUUCGCAGCAUCGCUUUGCCGAAUGCCCAGAUGCUGGAAGAAAACCUGGGGCACGCAAUGAUCGUUGCCCAGGCGUCGAACAAGACCGCUCAGCGCCCGGUAGAUAAUGAGCAAUCGGCUUAUAAGAACGGCGGUUCACUUCCCUCCAAAGUAAAAGGUUCGCAUGACGAGAAAGUGACGGCCCCCCGAGAAGGUUCCGCCGCUAGGCCGAAUCUUGGCGGGCGGGCUGAACUCAUUGAGCAAACGGAAAAGCUGGUUCGUGAGGUGUUCGCUCGUGUGCUGCGGCUGCCGGGUGAAUCGCUCGACGCCGAGGCGACAUUCCAGGAGGUUGGCGUCGAUUCGCUACUGGCGCUCGAGGCUGUGCGGGAGUUGAAGCAGCGGUUCGGGGUUGAAUCGCUGGGACCGCCCACGCUGUUUGAAUUUCCCACGGUGCCUGAAUUGGCCGUUCACCUAGUGGAAAGUCACGCGGAUGCCGUCCGGCGAACACUGGCGGCGGAUUAUUCAAGCGAGGGACCCCCUGCUGAAGUGGAGUCGAUUGCCAAAGAUGAGCUUCCGCCAAGCGAGACUAAAACUUCGCCCAAGCAGAUAGCAGUUCCUAUCGAAACCCCGGUCGAGAAAGCUCGGCCGAGUGCGGAGACGCCGGGCUCACUCUACGACGGCGAUAUUGCCAUUGUCGGAUACGCGCUACGCGUACCCGGUGCGGAGAACGCCGAGGAUUUCUGGCAACUGCUCUGCCGUGGGCAAGACGCCAUUGGCCCGCUACCGGAAUCGCGUAGAGCCGGCAAUGCGGAAGCGGCCCGGUCGGCGAUGGGUGGGUAUCUGGACGAAAUCGAUCGGUUCGAUUCGCUGUUCUUCCGCAUCUCGCCCGCCGAGGCCGAUCACAUGGAGCCGCGGCAGGCGUUGUUCCUGGAGACGGCCUAUCGGGCCAUCGAGCAGGCCGGCUAUGCGGGCGGGCAACUCAGUCGCGAGGCGACCGGCGUGUUUGUCGGCGCGGGGGCUCAAUUGCUGCUCGACGCCGCGGCUGCCGAAGUCGAUGAGCAUUGGGCCACCGGCAUCACGCCCUCGGUACUGGCCAGCCGGGUUUGUUACUUCCUCGAUCUGCACGGUCCUUGCCUCACAGUCGAUACCGCCUGUUCGUCGUCGCUGGUUGCAUUGCACUUAGCGGUGCAAAGCUUGCGGCGGGGCGAAUGCCGGUUCGCAUUGGCCGGUGGGGUGCAUCUGAAUCAGCAGCCGCUGAACUUCGCUGCCUUCGAACAGAUGGGGGCCCUGGCCACCGAUCGCCGUUGCAAAGCGUUCGAUCAACGGGCCGACGGGUUUGUGCCGGGUGAAGGUGUGGGAGCCGUGCUAUUGCGACCUUUGGCCGAUGCCAUUCGCGACGGCGAUACCAUCCACGCGGUGAUCAAGGGUACGGCCACCAACAACGACGGGCGAUCGAACGGGCUGACCGCCCCGAAUCCGGCGGCGCAGCGUGACGUUAUUUUGGCGGCUUGGGCCGAUGCAGCAAUCGACCCUGAUACGCUGGACUAUGUUGAAGCGCACGGCACCGGAACCGCUCUGGGCGACCCGAUUGAAGUGCGGGGGUUGAGCGAGGCCUUCCGCCGCCAUACGGCCCGACGACAGUUCUGCCGCGUGGGCUCGGUGAAGAGCAACAUCGGUCACCUGGAACCGGCCGCUGGGAUGGCCUCACUAAUCAAGGUGCUGUUGUGCCUUAAGCACGAGCUGCUUCCGCCGAGCUUGCAUGUUAGUGCUCCGAACCGGCACAUUGCGUUCGAAGAUUCGCCGCUGGUGUUGAACGAUCAGAUGGUUGCCUGGCGAGCUGGGAACACUCCACGUCGGGCGGCGGUGAGCGCCUUUGGCAUUAGUGGGACGAAUGCCCAUGUGGUACUGGAAGAAGCUCCGCUGGUUCACUGCACACACUCCGGACUCGAACGGCCGCGUCAUGUACUCGCGCUCUCGGCCCGAACUGAGUCGGCGCUUGGAGAGUUGGUUGCUCGCUUUGCAGAGGAUCUUUCAACUCGCGACGACCGUGAACUUGCCGACGUUUGCUUCACCGCCAACGCCGGGCGGCCGAAGUUGUCACACCGCCUGGCGGUGAGUGCUGCGAACGUUCGCGACAUUAAAGCGGCGCUGCAGCAGCGAACGUCCGAACCGCGGCCACGUGAGUUCGCCGUGUUCACGGGCGACGUGCAAAGUCAGAAGCCUGCGAAGGUGGCCCUGUUGUUCUCUGGGCAGGGAGCGGUGUUCUCCGAAACACCGAAACAGCUCUACGAAACGCAGCCGAUGUUCCGGGCUUUGAUCGAUCGCUGUGCCGAACUACUCCGAGGUGAAUUAGACAUCCAGCUAAGCGAGUUGUUGUUCAGUGGAGCUGCGAGGCCAUCGCUGCUGGAGCAAACUCAGUAUGCGCAGCCGGCGCUGUUCUGCUUCGAGUAUGCCCUCUACGAGAUGUGGCAAGCCUGGGGUGUGACGCCGGGUGCCGUGAUGGGGCAUAGUUUGGGCGAGCUGGUGGCCGCCUGUGUCGCGGGUGUGAUGAGCCUGGAAGAUGCGUUGCGACUGGUGGUGCGACGCGGACGUCUGAUGGGAGCGCUGCCCUCGGGCGGGGCAAUGGCGGCCAUCUUCGCCGGUGUGGAAGAGGUCGAAGGUUGGAUUAAACGUACCGUGGGCCGGGAUGAGCUUUCCAUGGCGGCCAUCAACAGUCCCAGCAAUACGGUCAUCUCCGGCAACGCGGCGGCGGUCGAUCGAUUGUUGGAACGGCUUUCCAGUGCGGGAAUUGAGGGGCAGCGGCUUCCGGUCUCGCAUGCGUUCCAUUCGCGGUUGAUCGAACCGAUGCUACCGCCGUGGGAGGCCGAACUGCGGCAGGUGCGAUUCGAUGUUCCACAGAUUGCUUUGGUUUCGAAUCUGACUGGCGAGUUUUUCCCCGAUGGCACAGCGCCCGAUGCGACGUACUGGCGGAAUCAUGCGCGACAGCCGGUACGAUUCUCGGCCGGCGUGCAAUCGCUACGCACAGCGGGUUACAACGUCUUCUUGGAAAUCGGUCCAGGCCGAACGCUGGUGAACCUGGCCACGCAAUCGAUGCAGUCUGAAGGUGCGAGCGAUUCGCCCCUGCUACUGUCCUCAAUGCUGCCUGGCAACGAUGCAUGGCAGGGACUAACACAAACGCUGGCACAGCUCGAAGUGCGGGGUGUGCGCAUCGACUGGGAAGGCUUCGACCAGGGUUAUGCAAGUCGACGGGUUUCGCUGCCGGGUUAUCCCUUCGAGCGGCGACGUUUCGGGCGGACCGCAAAGCAAAACAGUCAAGUUACCACUGAUGGGAUUAACGCCUUCGCCGCAAAUACGACUGAGCCGCUUGAGUUGACCGCUGUGCAGCGCAGCGAAGUGGACGUGGACCCAGCCGAAUGGUUGCGGAGACCGGAAUGGAUUGCCAAGCCGGCGGUAGGUUCGGAUCGCUUGAGCCCGGCGCUGCGGGAGAGCGGAACCUGGCUGGUUUUUGCCGAUCCCUCGGGGUUGGGGCAAGCGGUCGCGCGACAGUUGCAGACAUUCGGUCAGAAGGUUGUUCUCGUUUCCGCAGGGCAGGGCUACGCGUGCGAUGGAACGCAGGCCACGAUUGAUCCCGCGUCUGCUGGCGACUACGAGCGUCUGCUUGCCGACGCAUUGUCCGGUGCUCAGUCGCUUUCCGGCGUGGUGGAUUGUUGGAGCUAUGGGCCUAGUCCCAGCGAUCGACGCGAUGAUUCCCUGACCGAUGCGAUUUGUGCGAACCUGAAUCACUUGGCCUUGCUUACAAAAGCAGUCGAGAAACUUGGCCGCACUCCGUGGCAGUUGUGGAUGGUCACUUCGGAGGCCGCUUCGAUUCCGCUACGGAAACGCGUCAUCGCAGAGCACGCCAGCGUGUGGGGCUUCCUGCGUUGCCUGCGGUUGGAGUAUACGAACGUCACACUCGGGCUGAUCGAUUUGCCGUUCGAAGAGGGUGCUGCAUCACGCUUCGUUCCGCGGCUCAUGGAAGAGGUCGCCCAGGGUGAGGCGGUGGAAGUUGCUUUCGAUCGCGAUGAGCGACGGCUGGUGCCGACCUAUACCUCGCUGAGUCAUGCUUCGGCCCAGGGCGAACCGAUCAGGCUUCGCCGCGGCGGGGUCUACCUGAUCACCGGGGGCUUAGGUGGUGUUGGUCUGCAAAUUGCGGAACAGCUUGCGAAUACUCCUGAGGUCAAUCUAAUCCUGUUAGGGCGUAACCCGCUGCCGUCGGAAGACAGUUGGGAUGAGUGGCUCGCCACGCAUGAGCAAAACGACGAAAUCGCGAAUCGCAUCCAAGCGGUGCGCCGCAUGCGAGCACGUGGGGCGAACGUGCAGUGCAUUGUGGGUGAUGUGGCUGACUUGGCCUCGCUAAGCGGGGUGAUGGAGUCGAUUCGUGAGCAGUUCGGGCAACUCAACGGUGUGGUACAUGCCGCCGGGGUGCUGCGCGACCGGCUGAUUCACUCGCUGACGCCGAAUGAUCUGCAAGAAGUUCUGCAGCCUAAGGUCACCGGCGCUUGGGCGCUGGACCAGACAACCUGGUCUGAGUCCUUGGAUUUCAUCGUUCACUUCUCGUCGGUGGCUGCCGCGCAUGGCCAGGUUGGUCAGGCGGCUUAUGCGGCGGCAAACGCGUAUCUUGAUGCAUCCGUGCAGCAGCGGCGUUCAAACGAGGGACCGCAGGUGAUGAGCCUCGCCUGGGGGCCCUGGGCCGAAUUCGGCAUGGCGGCCGCGCACUUUACGCCCGAGCAGUGGGAACAGGCAGGCAUCGAACCGAUCACACCAGCGAUUGGCCGGCAGCUAUUCGCCGCGGCGCUCGAACAUGCCGCCCCGCAGUGGGAAAUUUAUAAGCGAACAGCGAAGCCGAAGUUGGCACCGCCGCAAGUUUCGACAGAAGUUAAUGUCGUCGGUGAGAUUGGUGCGACGCAUCCAGCACCGAGCACGCCUCAUGCAGAUUCUCUCGACGACGCUGAUUCAAAGCGCGAAUUUCGCAAGCGGCUGAUCGAGCACCUCCGCGACCGUUUCGCCGCCACGCUGGGUGUUGCGUCAGAGGAACUCGGUCCCCGGGUGAACUUCCAGGAGUUGGGGCUCGACUCGAUGUUGGCCGUUCGGCUGCAGCGCGAGUUGGAACGUGCCGCCGAAAUCCGUCUCGACGUUACCGUGCUUUUUGCCUAUCCCACGAUCGAUGCCUUCGCUACGCACUUGCUGGAGGAGCAUUCGGCCGCGAUGGCCGCGAUGUUCGCUGCGGAGUCUACUUCUGGUGGUGAGACCACGACAGUAGAAGAAUCUAAAGCUGAGCUUAACUCCGAGCCUUCGCAUCCGCGCGUCGAGUUGAAGCCUGCACUUGAAAAGACCCAGCAGCCGAAAGACGAGGCCAUUGCGGUGAUUGGCCUGGCUUGUCGCCUCCCCGGUGCUCAGAGCGUGGAAGAGUUCUGGUCGAAUCUUGUCGGCAAAGUUGACUCGAUUGGCGACGUGCCGGCGGAGCGAAGUGAUUGGUAUGCCUCGCUCGGCGAGGAGAGUGGAAGCAGCGGCCGGCGAUUGGGUGGUUUUCUCGAGGGCGUUGAUCGGUUUGAUCCGGCGUUCUUCGGGCUUUCGCUGCGUGAAGCCAAACGCAUGGAUCCGCAGCAGCGGCUGCUGUUGGAAGUGGCCUGGGAAACACUCGAACGGGCCGGCUAUCGACCCGACGCUUUGGGUCGGUGCGGAGUGUUCAUUGGUGCUUCGACGCUCGAGUACCUGGCCUACCUCUCGCAGAUCGGCGAGCAGAUCGACCCUCACACGGGCUCGGGCAACUCGCUGACGAUGCUGGCCAACCGCAUUUCGUACCUGUUCAACUGGCACGGUCCCAGUCUCGCGCUGGAUACGGCCUGUAGCUCUUCGCUGGCGGCCGUGCAUUUGGCCUGCCGAAGCUUGAUCGACGGUGAAGCCGAAACCGCGUUGGCUGGUGGCGUGCACCUGAUGUUCAGCCACGGCGGCUCUGACGUAUGCGGCGAGGCCGGCAUGAUGGCCGCCGACGGACGUUGCAAAACGUUUGACGAUCGGGCCGACGGCUACGUGCGCAGUGAAGGGGUCGCCACUGUGUUGCUCAAGCCGCUAGCUGCGGCCCAACGCGACGGUGACGACAUUUGGGCCGUCAUUCGCGGCACGGCAAUGAACCACGAUGGCCACGAUAAGGUCGGACUGACGGCACCGGGUUUGAAUGCCCAGCGCGAUGUGUUGCUCGAAGCGUACCGUCGCGCCGAUGUGGAACCUUCGCGACUGGGGAUGUUCGAAGCACACGGCACCGGUACUUCGCUGGGCGAUCCGAUUGAGAUUCGUGCGUUGACCGAAGCGUUCGGACAACACACCAAGAAGCGUGGCUACUGUGCGAUUGGCUCGGUCAAAUCGAACAUCGGUCAUCUCGAACCUGCGGCCGGAAUCGCCGGGCUGAUCAAGGCCGUGCUGGCCCUGCGUCGUACCACCCUUCCGCCGACGCUGCAUGUCGAUCGCCCCAACCGUUCAAUUUGUUUCGAGCAAACGCCGUUCUUCGUGAAUGAGCGGCCCCGCUCGUGGCCCACGGCCGAAGGUCCGCGGUUCGCCGGGGUUAGCUCGUUCGGCUUUGGUGGUACCAACGUGCAUGCCGUUCUGCAGUCGGCGCCCACGCCUAAGGAAGCUGAGUUCGGGGAACGCACUGAUCGGCCGGGGCAUCUGCUGACGGUUUCGGCCCGUAGUGAGGCAUCGCUAGUGGAACUGGUUCGCAGACUCCAGCAGGCCGCAACCGAGCGGCAUGAGAAUGAACUGGCUGAACACACGUUGGGCGAUUUCUGUUUCUCGGCCAACGUGGGACGAGUACCGCGAGAACAUCGCCUGGCCAUCACGGCGGCCGAUUGGGAAGAGUUGAUUGAGAAGCUCACGCUGGCGGCACGUGGAGGUUCCGAGGAUCGAUCUGGCGUGAUUGCCGGUCAUGUCGAUGUUGAUCAUUCGGCGGUGCCGGUGUCGUUGGGGAUGUCGCUGAGAAAACAGAUUGCGAACCUCUCGUCGGAGGCCCAAGCGGCGCUAGCUCGAUGGUGUCGAGGUGAUCGAUUCGACGAAGCGGUACGCCCGCUGUUGAGUACGGAAGCGAUCGGAUUCACGACUUCGCUUGAAAUGCUUGAGGAACACCACUGGCGGGAAACACUCGAUAUACUGGGCCGGCUGUUCACCUUAGGUGUCGAUGUUGAUUGGGCCGCGUUCGAUGCGCCUUUCCAUCGUCGUCGCUGUGUGUUGCCGACCUCGCCUUUCGAGCGACAACGCUGCUGGGUCGAGGCGAGAAUUCCUCGAUUCAAGACCAGCAAAGCGAUCCUACGGCCGGCGGUCUCAAAUAAGCGACUACAGGCCAACCAAGAUGUUCUCUCCUGGCUGCAUGUUCCGGCGUGGCGAGAGAAUCCGCUGAACCGUGAGUUGUCUUCCAUCGAUCGAAAGACGGGCACCUGGCUUGUUUUCUCGAAUGGUUCACCCCUGGGCAAUGCACUCGUCACGCGGCUGCGUGAGGUGACUGGGCGGGUUGUCCUUGUCGAGCAAGGUCCUCGCUAUUCACGCUUGGGCCAGGAUCGGUUUGCCAUCAAUCCGGAGAAUGCAGGCGACUACGCUCGACUGGGUGAGGCUCUUCUCGAAGAGUCAUUUGAUUCGCUCAAUGUCGUUCACCUGUGGGGAUCUGCUGCCGGAACCGCCGAAGAUUUGGCGGCGUUCGACGCCCUCGAUGACCAAAAUGCCUUGGGCGAAUUCCAAGCUCGCUUGUGCGAUGGCCCGCUGAGCGUAGCCCGCGUGGUUCGCCAUGUGCUGAAUCCAUUGGGCAAGGUGGUUCAUUCGCUGAGGCUGAUUACGGCGCAGGCUCAAGACGUGGAUGACACCGCAUGUCUUGAUCCGACGGCUUCCGCCAUGAACGGGCUACUGCGAGUGAUCGCUCGUGAACGGCAUGGACUGACUUGUCAGGUCAUUGAUGUCGAUCUGGAUCUUGAGGUCACCCGGAACGUUGAGAACUUAGUCGCCGAGUUCUUUGCAGGCGAAAGCGACAUUGAAGUGGCGUAUCGCCGUGGUGCGCGGUAUGUGCCCGCGGUGGAAGAUCUUUCUGCAAGCGAAGGAUCACCCGAUGCGCAGCUCGAAAAGGGAGGCGUUUAUCUCAUCAGCGGCGGGCUGGGUGGCAUCGGGCUCGCCGUGGCCCGCUGGUUGGCUGAAAAGUGGCAGGCCAAAUUGAUCCUCGUUGGCCGCACCGAGCUUCCGCCGGAGGCGGAAUGGGAUAAAUUGCUGGCUGAGGGAUCAGAACAAUCCGUCGUAAAAAAGAUUCAGGCCGUUCUAGAACUUCGCGAACUGGGUUCCCAGGUGUGGGCACCGCGGGCCGAUGUGGCUGACCUUGCGGAGAUGAGGGCGGUUAUCGACGGGGCAAUCGAACGCUUCGGGCGUAUCGAUGGAGUCUUUCACCUGGCAGCGGCAGUGCACAACGCUUUGCUACAUACCAAGACUGAUGAACAGUAUGCUGGUGUGUUGCGGCCUAAGGUGCAGGGUGCUUGGGUUCUGGAUCGCGUGACGCGAGAUCGCGGGCUGAAAUUCAUGGUGCUGUUCGCCUCGCUGGCUGGGCGGGAAGGCAACGUGUUUCAGGCCGACUACUCGGCGGCGAAUCGUUUCCUCGACGGUUUCGCUUCCUUGAGAAACGCUCAAGGCCACCGCACACUAGCCAUCGACUGGGGCAUGUGGGCCGAACAUGGACAAGCCGCCGAAGCCGCUCUGGCUGGAGUCGAUCUCACAUCCGAGUCGGCCGGUUGGGCCGCAGGCGUGCAGCCGAUGUCCACCGCUCUGGGGUUGGCCGCUCUCGAACGGGCGUUGAGUACACAUCGGGCCGAAGUGAUCGUUUCCAACGUUGAUUAUGGAAAUCCUCGCACCGCAACUCCGUCUGUAUCGAAAUCUGAUUCGAUAGCGAAAAGUGCUGGUCAGCCCUCAUCCUUCGAUGAGGUCGAGGACUGGCUGUUGCAGUUGCUCGGCGUCGCACUGGAAGAACCGGCCGAAGACUUGUCGCCGGAGCGACCGUUUCUGGAGUUGGGAGUUGACUCGGUUAUCGCGGCCGACAUGGCUCGCAAGGUGAACGAGGCGACGGGGCUGUCGCUGCCGCGCACUCUGUGCUUCGACUACGCCACGGUAAGGCAACUGGCGACGGCGUUGGUUCACGAGCAUCAAGUUCGGUUGCACGGAUCUGAUCUGGAAGACACUUCAGCUUCACCUACUUCAGACUCGCAAUUCGAUACCGCUUCGUUUGAGGCCGCAAGCGAACUUCAGACGGAACCUUCGCACGAGGCAACUCCCGCGACCAAGUCCAUCGCCGUCAUUGGCAUGGGCGGGCGGUUCCCACAGGCGGCGAACCUCGAGGAGUUUUGGGCGAAUCUUCAGUCCGGCCGCGAUGUGAUUGGCGAGGUGCCCGACGAGCGGUGGGACGUGGGGCGGUUGUACAAUCCCGACCGGAAUGCCUCCGGGGGGACUUACUCGAAGUGGGGCGGCUUCCUUUCGGACGUCGACCGCUUCGAUCCGGAGCUGUUUCAUAUUUCACCGCGUGAAGCUGCCCAGAUGCACCCGCAACAGCGCGUGCUGAUGGAAGUGGUGUGGGAAACCCUCGAGGCGGCGGGCUACGCGGGCGAGCAACUUCGCGGCAGCCGCACCGGGGUGUUCGUGGCUGCCAUGUCCGGCGGUGUGAGCCCCAGCACGGACGAACCCGGCGUUUACUUCGGCACCGGCAACGCCCCGGCGAUGAUCGCCAACCGACUCUCGUACUUCCUCGACUUGAACGGUCCUUGCCUUACGGUCGAUACCGCCUGUUCUUCGUCGCUGGUGGCGUUGCAUCUGGCCGUGGAAAGCCUGCGUCGCGGCGAGUGCACGAUGGCGAUCGUGGCCGGCGUGCAGGUAGGGCUGAGUCCGGCUCACUACCAGACGCUGAGUAAACUGCAGGCCCUUUCUCCGCAGGGUCGGUGUCAAACGUUCGAUCGCGAGGCCGACGGCUAUGUGCCGGGCGAAGGCGUGGGCGUGCUGUUGCUCACGCCGCUCGAUGUCGCGACUGAAAGCCGCGACCAGGUGCAUGGUGUGGUAUUGGGCACGGCGGUGAAUCACGGGGGGCAAGCUUCGGGGUUGACGGUGCCUCGGGCUGCGGCUCAGGCCGAUGUAUUGCGUUCGGCGUGGGCCGAUGCGGGGGUAUCGGGCGACUCGAUCAGCUACAUCGAAGCCCAUGGUACGGGGACCGCGCUGGGCGACCCGAUCGAGGUCGACGGACUAGCCCGGGCGUUUUCGGCCGAUACUAAUCGCCGCCAGUUCUGUGCAUUGGGCAGUGUGAAGAGCAACCUGGGGCAUCUGGAGGCCGCCUCCGGGAUUGCCAGUUUGCUCAAGGUGUUGCUGGCGUUGGAAAAGCGGCAGCUUCCGCCGAGUUUGCAUUUCCGCGAGGCGAAUCCCACGAUUCGUUUCGAGUCGGGUCCGUGCUACGUCAACGACCGGCUCGCGCCGUGGAGAACCAAGGGCGCCGCGCGACGGGCCGGCGUGAGUUCAUUCGGCUUUGGCGGCACCAACGCUCACGUGGUAUUGCAGGAACCGCCAGAGGUGGAAAGUUCGCAAGACGAUUCUCUGCAGGCGGAACAGCUACUCACGCUCUCGGCCGAAUCGGAUGUAGCGCUGGGGCAACUGGCCGAGCGGUUCGAGCAGCAUAUUGCCCAGCGAAGUGAUCAAUCGCUGGCCGACAUUUGCUACACGGCCAAUACGGGGCGGCGCCAUAUGCCCAACCGGUUGGCGGUGGUCGCCGAGUCUAGAGCGGAGUUCCCGGCGGUGCUCAAGCGAUUUGCUGCAACUCCGUAUACGGAGAGUUCGGAGUCGAUCAUCGAAGCCGGUGCGAGUUUGUUUACUGGCCGGGUCCGUUCGCACCGACGUCCGAAGGUUGCCUGGCUAUUCACGGGGCAAGGUUCGCAAUACCCGGGCAUGGGCCGGGGGCUUUACGACGCCGAGCCUGAGUUCCGCCGUACGAUCGAACAAUGCGAUGCUGUGCUGCGAGAUGAACUGGGGCAAUCGCUGACGGAGCUAUUGUUCAGCGAAGAUACGCAGACAAACUCGCUGCUCGAUCAGACUCAAUUCACACAACCGGCGCUAUUCGCGGUGGAGUACGCGUUGGCCCAACUGUGGAUGGCGUGGGGAAUUUGCCCCGACGUGGUGAUGGGCCACAGCCUGGGCGAGUACACAGCCGCCUGCGUGGCCGGGGCGUUCGCCUGGGAAGAUGCUCUCCGGUUGGUCGCGCGAAGGGCACGGUUGAUGCAAGCCUUGCCGCCCGGCGGCGCGAUGGCUGCCGUGUUUGCCGAUUCUGAAGUGAUUCACUCACGGUUGCAGCAGUCGGAAAGUUUGUUGGCGAUUGCGGCGGUCAAUGGUCCGGCGAAUGUGGUGAUCUCGGGCGACGCUGGCACCCUCGAAAAAUUUGUGGCUCAGCUCGAAGCCGACGGCACGGUCACACAGCGGCUUACUGUCUCGCAUGCCUUCCAUUCUUCGCUGAUCGACCCUUGUCUGCCGGCGCUGCGCUCGCUGGGUCGUGAGUUUGGUAGUUCGCCGCUCUCGAUCCCGCUGGUGUCGAACCUGACAGGCCAAGUGCUGAAAACUGGCGAGAAGAUCGAUCCGGAAUACUGGGUCAGUCAUGCUCGUUCGACGGUGCAAUUCGCGGCCAGUGUUGAAACGCUGCAUGCCGAAGGUUGCCGUCUCCUGGUGGAGGUCGGCCCGCAGCCAACGCUGUUGGGAAUGGCUCGCCGGGUGAAGGGGCAAUCGAACACGGUCUUCAUUCCCUCAAUGACGCGCGGCAAGGGCGAGCGGCGGGGCAUGCUUGAAGCAGCGGCCCAGCUCUAUGUGCAGGGUGCAACGCCUGAGUUUGCGGGCUUGUAUCGUCAUGAGCGUCGACGACGCGUGGAACUGCCGACGUACCCGUUCCAGCGAAUGGUGUGUGCGGGUGCAGGACUUUCGCCCGCGGCGAUAGUUAAGCCUGCUGGUGAAACGCUUGCCCAAGAGGUUCCUUCGCAGCAAGCCGAUGCCUGGCUGUACGAACGAGCAUGGACUGAGAAACCGCUGCCGGCGUCAUCUGAAGCCAUCACCGGAACUUGGUUGAUUGUGGGUGGGCCGAAUGAGUUGGCAGAUGAGGUGGCAAAACGCAUAGGAGCUGAGGGUGCUUCUCCGGUCGUUGCCGCGUUCGGAGACUCCUUCACCGGAAUCGGCAAUGGCCGCUGUAGCAUCUCGGUCGCAGACGAAAGUGACUACCAGCGAAUGCUGGAAUCUAUAAACGAUGCCGAGUCUCCACUUGCCGGCAUCAUUCACCUGACAGGCUGUGAGGAAGCCUCGGGAGUGGAAUCAACCGCCGCGGAGCUUGAGGACCGUCUGCAACGGUCGGUGUUUGCUACUUUUCAUCUGCUUAAGGCUCUUGCUGCACGAGGGGCGAGCGACACUACCGUUCGACUGGUGGUUUUGGGCAAGGGGGGCUAUGCCACGCCGUAUGAUUCGGCGGCUCCUUCUCCUUUGAAAGCACCGCUGUUUACCUUCGCCCGGGCGGCUGCGGAAGAAUUCCCCGACGUGCAAAGUCGCAGCAUCGAUGUCGAGGUAGAGGCAUCAACGGAAAACAUUGUAAGCACAUUGCUGGCUGAACUUCGCGCAGUAAGCGAGUCGUCGGAGGUUGCCUACCGCGGUGGGCGACGACUGGUGCCGAAGAUUGAAUCGUUCCAGGCAACAAACCGAGAGGUCAACGCGCCUGCUCGUAUUCGGCCCGAGGGGGUGUAUCUCAUCACCGGCGGAGCCCGGCACCUUGUGUUGCUCAGUCGCGGGGGAACGCUCGACGCGGACGCCCUUGCGACAAGCGAUCCUCGCCGCUCGACGAUCGAGAAACUGCGGAAGUUAGCCGUCGAUCUGCAAUUCGAGUCAGCCGACGUGACCGACUUCAACGCGGUUCGCACAGCCAUCGAGCAGAUCCGUCAGCGGUAUGGCAGGCUUGAUGGUGUCGUGCAUGCGGCCGGUUCGCUCAAUGAUGGGGUGUUGUGGCGGAAAGAGUCGCAAGAAGUUCGCGGCGUACUCGCACCAAAAGUGUUCGGUGCGUGGGCUCUACAUAAGGCUACAGAAGACAUCCCGCUGGAAUUCUUUGUGUUGUGCUCGUCGAUGUCGUCGCUGAUGGGCGGGGCGGGUCAUGCUACGUACGCGGCGGCCAAUGCCUAUUUGGACUCGCUUGCUCAAUUCAGACGACGAAACAAUUUACCAGCGAUCUCGAUCAACUGGGGUGUGUGGGGUGAAACGGCCGCCGGGUCGUUGCCGCGAUACCAGCAAGCCAUGCGAGCCAGCGGGAUCGAGACGCUUUCGAAUCGCGAAGCGCUGGACGCCUUUGAACGGGUAUUGGGUCUCAACCCGCCACAGAUUGGUGUGAUCCGCUUUCAGCAGUUGCCCGAGUUGCAACCGAGCGGCGAGCAACUUGCAUCGCUGGUCUCCGCGGCCAGUGAGGUGGCGGCUCGUGAAAAGACCGAGCUGCUCGCGAAGCUCGAACCGUUGCGGGGGCUCGACACGGCGUUUGAUCGCUUGUGCGCAGCCUGCGUGGCUAACUGGCUCGUCCAGUUGAACCUCGGCGGUGCUGGAAGUUCUUGCAGCGUGGCGGAGUUGGUGAAGGCCGCUCGGCUCGAUUCCCGCUUCGAAGCAGCCUUGCCGCGGUUGCUGAGGAUGCUGGAAGAAGACGGUUUGAUCGACUUCGAAGUUGAUACUCAGCGGUUUUCGGUUCUUCGCUCGCUCACAGAAGUCGCAGAGACGUUGGGUGAGCUAGAGCGUGUGGCCCAAGCGAAGUUCCCAACUGCUACUGCACAGAUCGGUUUGCUGAUGCGGUGCGGGCGAGCCUUGGGCGACAUUCUCUCGGGUCGAGUUAACGCCAUCGAACUGCUGUUCCCGGAGGGGAACUAUGCCGACGCCGAGGCUCUCUAUGAACAAAGCCCCUGGCCGCGGCUGAUGGGCAUGAUGGCCGCGGGGACGGUUCGCAAAGUUGCUGAAUCGUCAGCCGGCCAGCGUCCGUUGCGAGUCAUCGAGAUCGGCGCGGGCACGGGGGCCACAACCUCGUUCGUGUUGCCGGAAGUGGUGGGGGUGGGGGGAGAAUACACCAUCACCGAUGUCUCCCAGUCGUUUGUCGAUCGGGCGCGAGCGAAAUUUAACUCGCCGUCCCGAGUUCAAUUCGCGCGACUCGAUGUCGAACUCGAUCCUGAGCUGCAAGGGUUUACCCCGAGCAACUACGAUGUGGUGGUGGCCGCGAAUGUGCUCCACGCCACACGUCGCUUGGAUGACACGCUGAAGAAUGUUCGCAAGUUAUUGCGGCCCGGUGGGGUGUUGCUGUUGGUCGAGGCAACUCAGCAGGUACGCUUUGGCGAUUUGACCUUUGGACUGACCGAAGGCUGGUGGCGGCGUGAAGACGUGGAGCUUCGCAAGGAUGGCCCCUUGCUCACUCGCAAGCUGUGGUGCGAAGUGCUCAACCGGCACGGUUUUGUCGAGGCUGCCGCAUUGCCCGAGGGAAGUGACGAGUUCGCCAGUUGCGAUCAGUCGUUGCUGGUGGCCGUGGCCGAUGAAUCGCGGCGGGAGGAGCACACGAAAAAAGUCGUUGGGCUUUCCAGCAUCUUCAGCGAAGUGCUGGGGACUUCGGCUCAGCGAGUUGACAUCGAGCGGAGUUUCCAAGAGCAGGGGCUCGACUCGUUGAUGGCGCUCGACGUGCUUCGCCGCAUUCGGGCAGAGUUGGGUAUCACCGGGCUGACGCCGCCGGUGCUAUUCAGCCAUCCCACGAUUGCCGAGUUGGCCGAGUAUUUGGUCGCGGAUAACAGCGUGUUAUUAGCGGCUCAGUGCGAAGACAGUUCUACUCAAACGGAAGUGCCAGCAGUUGCGAAGACGGGGACUGCUUCGAAGGCCGCAUUAAAAGAUGAACCAGCGACUCAUACUGGGGCUGUGGCGAUCGUCGGCUGUGCCGGGCGCUUCCCGGGGGCUGACGAUCUGACGGAGUACUGGCAGAACCUGUGUCGUGGGGCCGACUUGGUGGGUCCUGUCCCCGAGGGUCGUAAACCUGCGGGUCGUCUUUCCGGCGAAGCGCAAAAGGCACAAGGAGGGUUCCUCUCCGAUAUCGAUCGCUUCGAUCCGUUGUUCUUCCAUCUUUCGCCGUUGGAAGCAGGCCAGAUGGAUCCGCGGCAACGGGUGUUCCUGGAGACGGCCUACACUGCCGUGGAGCACGCAGGCUACGCGGGCCGUCGCCUUAGCGGUACGCGUACCGGGGUGUUCGUUGGAGCCAGCGGGCAAGUUGCUCCCGCCUCGACUUCUGAAACGGCGUCGGAGUUCACUGCCACGGGGGCGAACAAUUCGAUUAUCGCCAGCCGGUUGGCUUACUUCCUGAACCUUCAAGGUCCUUGCCUGCCGAUUGAUACGGCUUGUUCGUCAUCGCUGAUGGCCGUGCAUCUGGCGGUGCGAAGUUUGCGGCAGCGAGAAUGCGACUACGCGAUCGCCGGCGGGGUUCACUUGAAUUUGAAUCUGGCGAACUUCGAACUGUUUUCGAAGAUGGGUGCGCUGGCACCUGGGGGACGGUGUCGUGCGUUUGCCGCCACGGCCGACGGCUUUGUGCCGAGCGAAGGCGUGGGUGCCGUGGUGCUCAGACGGUUAGAAGACGCGGUGGCCGACGGCGAUACGAUCCACGCAGUAAUCCUCGGUUCGGCAUCGAACAACGACGGACACACCAACGGGCUGACUGCCCCCAACCCCGACGCGCAACGUCGCGUGAUUCUCGAUGCGUGGCGUGAUGCCAAGAUCGAUCCCGCGACACUCAGUUACAUCGAAGCCCACGGUACGGGCACCCCGCUGGGCGACCCGAUCGAGUUUGAAGCACUCACGGCCGCCUUCAAGGAGCACACUUCUCGGCGCCAAUUCUGCGGGCUGGGUUCGGUAAAAUCGAACCUCGGCCAUUGCGAGACUGCGGCUGGCGUGGCCAGCCUGCUAAAGACGGUUCUCUGCCUGCAAAACAAAACUUUGCCUGCCAGUUUGCACAUCGAUGCGCCCAACCCCCAUCUCAGGCUCGAAUCUUCGGCCCUCACGCUCAAUGAUCGCUCGCGACCAUGGCCAAACGAAGCUCACCCCCGUCGGGCAGGCGUCAGCGCGUUUGGUUUCAGCGGGACCAAUGUUCAUUUGGUGGUCGAGCAGGCGCCGGAAGUGAGGCCACGACCUGUUCUCGAGGAACAGGCGGAACUGCUGACAAUCUCCGCUCGCUCGGAAGAUGCGUUGCAGAAAUUGGUGCAGGAAUACGAGCGAGCGCUUGCAGGCAACAACGCACCUUCGUUACGCGAUCUUUGCUUCACGGCCAACGUCGGUCGCCCCAUGUUGAAACAUCGUGUGGCGAUUCUUGCGAAAGACGUCGCGGACCUACGAGAGAAACUAGCUCAACUCAAGGAGUGGGCGCGUCGCGAUCAACUGCACGAAGAUAGUGUCUUUGUAGGUCCACCUUCGGCGGAGUCGUUUGAGCGUCGAGUUGUCGAGCGAGUCGUUCCCGCUAUGGCACAACUGCCGCAAGGAGUAGCUGCAUGCUUGAAGGAUGUGUGUCGCGGUGCGGUGUAUCACGAUUACGUGGUGAAGCGCUUGCCGCAGGGGAUUGCACCCGCGGAUAAGAUCGACCCGGCUGCGUGGCCUUUGUUCCUCCGAGCAGUUGGAGAGCUGUUCACACUAGGUGUGGACAUCGACUGGGCGAAAGUUGGCACAUUGGGCGGACAACCUCAAGGGCACAGCGUUCCGCUUCCGACCUAUCCGUUCGAGCAUGGUUCAAGCUCUACUACUUCCAAACCAGAAUUACUUGAGAAGCUGUUGUACCGGGUCGCUUGGGAGCCCUGCCAAGCAGAGCCUUUGAACGAGCCUCUCGCCGGUAACUGGAUCAUUUUCGACGAUGAGUCGCCACUAAGCGUUGAGCUACGCAAGCAGCUUGAGUCAGUCGGUGGACGUUGCAUCACCGUUACAGCGGGCAGCCACUGGGGUGAACCUCGCGAUACUCACUUCCAAAUCAACCCGACAGACCCUGAGCACUACGAUCGCCUUCUGCGAUCCAUCCGUAGCGCCGAUGGAGCAUCGAUCAGUGGAGUUGUACAUCUGUGGAGAAAUCUGAACGAGCGAGCGGAGUCAGGUUCUCUCAACUCGCUGAACAACAUACUGCAAACCAGCCUCGGCUCGCUCUUCCAUCUGGCGCAAGCCCUUGGACGCAGUCGGCAGGUUGAGAAUCGCCGACUAUUGGUGGUCACACGCGGUGCUCAGGCGGUUAGCUCGGGCGAAGGACCAUGCGCCGAUCUUGCUCCGCUGAUGUCACUAGCUCAAACGCUACCCCAGGAACUGAAGGGACUGCGGGUUCGCGCCGUCGAUUUGGAACCCAAUGCACAGACAUCUGCCGAUGCCAAAGUUCUCUUCGACGAGCUGCAAACCACAACCGGCGAUGUCGAAAUUGCCUGGCGCGGCUCAAAGCGGUACGCGAGAAGAUUGGUUCCAACGAAUAAAUCUGCAGAGCCUUGGGCGCCCGAGUCAGGCGGGGUGUAUCUCAUCACCGGGGGGUUGGGUGGCAUUGCCCGACAAGUGGCCAACUGGUUGGCAGAAACCCCCGGCGUACGCAUCAUGCUCACCGGGCGUCGGGCAUUGGACGACGAAGCCUGUGCCUGGAUCGCGGAGCUUCAAUCGCGAGAAUCCGCCGUUGAGUAUCACCGUGCCGACGUGAGUGAUUUCGACGCAGUGUCCCUACUGGUGGAGAACAUUGCUCGUCAGUACGGUCGACUCGAUGCCGUCUUCCACACCGCCGGCGUGUUAGAUCGCGACACACUUUCGCUCCGCAGCAAGAGCUACGAGUCGUUCCGUGAGGUGAUGCGUCCGAAGGUCGAGGGGACCUUGCAUCUGUGGCGAGCCACUCGCGAGCUUGCCCCCUCGCGAUUCGUGCUCUUCUCGUCGAUCAGUUCGCUUAUUGGGCCGCUGGGCGGAGGGCAGAGCGACUAUGCCUGCGCGAAUCGCUUCCAAACUGCCCUGGCCGAUCAACUUCACGCCGAAGGUGAUAGGUCGAUUGUUUCACUCGUGCUCUCAGAGUGGGGAAACGCGGGGAUGGUUUCGGAUUCAGAGGUUGGUCCCGUCGUACGCCGAUUGGGGAUCGAGCCGGUGCCGGAGACAUUAGCACUUCAAGCUCUCGCCAACAGCAUGUCUGGCGGGCUGGGGCACGUGGUGUGGCUGCAGGGCGAACGCUUUGCGCCAGAGAAGUUCUUUUCCGGCGAGGGGGACAUAACAACAACACGGGUUCAACGUGAAGGGCCUACCGAGGGCUAUAAUUCGAAGUCGAUCAGUUCCACCGCACCAUCGCGCGUGCAAAGCCGUUCAGUCAACCCGCGGGAUCUUCAGACCUGGCUCAGCGACUACCUCCGCGCUAGCUUCGCCAAGCUCUUGCAAGUUGAUAUUCAAGAGAUCGAAGCGACGACGAACUUCAUGGAGUUGGGUUUCGACUCGAUCUUGGCCGUGCAACUGGCUCGGCAGUUGGAGAAGUCGCUGGCCGUGCCGCUUGACGUGCCCACGCUGUUCAAGUUUCCCUCAACCCGCGAGCUGGCAGCUCAUCUGUGUGAACAACAUUCAGAAACCAUUGCCGCGGGACAGACAACAGCAACCAGCACGGUGGAAGGUCAAAAGACGGACGAACGUGGUGACCGUAGUUCGUCACAAGGUGAAGUUAGACAGCGUCCUCAAGCAGUUUCAUUCGAUUCUGAGGAUCCUUCGAAAUUUAGAACGGAGCCGCCAAGCACCGAUGAUAUCGCCAUCGUUGGGAUGGGCUGCCGGUUCCCGGGGGCGAAUUCUCCUGAGAAGUUCUGGGAGCAACUCCGCGAUGGUGUCGAUGCCGUGGGCCCCAUGUCGGAGGAACGGCUGCGCGACUUGAUGGCUACUCGUCGUAGCGGACCGAUCCUGGGUGGAUUUCUUGAUGACGUCGCCGGGUUCGAUCACCGCUUCUUCCGGCUUUCUGCCCGCGAAGCCCGCAUGAUGGACCCGCAGCAGCGAUUGCUGUUGGAGGUCGUCUGGGAAGCGAUCGAAUCGGCCGGCUAUACGCCCCAAACCUUGUCCGGCUUGUCGACCGGCGUGUUCGUCGGCAUCAGCACCAGCGACUAUGUGAAGCUGAUCAACUCGGCCGAAGAUCGACGCGACCCGCAUGCUCGCAGCGGUGGCGCUUUGUCGAUGACGGCCAACCGUAUCUCCUACAUUCUCGAUCUGCGAGGUCCUAGCCUCGCCGUCGAUACCGCCUGCAGUUCGUCGCUGGUGGCCCUCGAUCUUGCGUGCCAAAGUCUGCGUAGUGGUCAGUCGCAGGUCGCAAUCGUAGGUGGCGUGCAUGUUGUGCUGAACGUCGACGGCUACGAUGUGCUCACCCGCGAAGGCAUGCUCGCGCGCGAUGGGCACUCGAAGAGUUUCGACGAUCGGGCAGACGGCUUCGCCCGUGGGGAGGGGGCGGCCGCUGUGAUGCUCAAGCCGCUGGCCGCGGCACUUCGCGAUGGUGACCACAUCUGGUCGGUGAUCAAGUCGUCGGCCGUGAAUAACGACGGGCACUCGAAAGCAGCACUGGCCGCACCGAAUCCUAAAGCCCAGGCCGAGGUCAUCCGCCAAGCCUACGUGGCUGCCAAGAUCGACCCCCGCACGGUUGGUUACCUUGAAGCCCACGGGACUGGCACGGCGCUGGGCGACCCCAUCGAAAUCGACGGGCUGACCUCCGCGUUUCCCACCGAAGUCGCUCGGGCAUACUGCGCAUUGGGGUCGGCCAAAACGAAUGUCGGACAUCUGGAGGCCGCGGCCGGCAUGGCGGGGCUAUUCCGCGCGGUUCUUGCAUUGCGUCACGCCCAAAUUCCACCCUCGCUGCACUUCAACGUACCGAACCGUCAUCUGCGUUUCGAGGGCACCCCCUUCUACUUGAACAAUCAACUGCGUGACUGGCCGUCGAGCGAACAUGCACGCCGUGCGGGCGUUAGCAGCUUCGGCUUUGGCGGAACCAACGCACAUGUGGUGCUUGAAGAAGCCCCGCAGACAGCCGCUUCCGCCGUUGUUGAAGAGGCAUCGCCGCAGCUAUUGACCCUUUCGGCCGUCACCCCCACGGCGUUGGCCCAGCUAGCCGGUGAUUACGCAAAGCACUUGGGUGAGCAGUCCGAUCAAACGCUCGCUGACAUUUGCUUCACGGCCAACACGGGCCGCACCGCAUUCCGUUAUCGCCUUGGCAUCGUCGCUGAAAGCCGUGAACAAUGCGUUGAACAGUUGGAAGCUGCGGCUGAGGCUGGCACGUCGAAGCUGCCGGAUACGAAGAGUGUCUCUCUAGGAGAUUCCAAAGAGGAGCAAGCCCGAGCAGAACUUCUCGCAAAUCUUCCCGACCAACUUGGGCAACUCUCCUCUGAGUCUGUCGCCUUGAUGCGGGAGGCUUGCGAAGAUUCCGAAGUCGUGCGUCUGCUGGACGAAACACAGGGGCAUCCGACGAAUGACGCAGAGGAUCUCCGUCGACUGUUGAAUCUGGCGGGAUCAUUGUUCAUCGCCGGAUUCGAGAUCGAUCUCGCCAAGCUGGAGCAGCAUUGCGAACACCACCGCGUACCGUUGCCAACCUACCCCUUCGAGCCGGUCCGCCUGUGGGUCGACUUGCCAGCCGAAAGGAAACCGGUUGCGGCGACCGCCCAUCAGUCGGCUCUACCAACCGAACAACGCCUUGCUUCCUGGUUCCAUCAGGUCACUUGGGAGCCGGCGAAAGAGUUUGCAGCGCGCAGUGUUCCGCCUGGCGUCUGGUUGGUCUUUGCCGACGAGGCCGGUCUUGCCGAAGAGAUGUGCCGUUGGUUCGAAGCACGGGAAUGCCGGCGCAUUCUCGUCCGCCGUGGCCACCGCUUCCGUCAGCUUGAUGCCACGACCUACCGCAUCAAUCCCGAUCAGCCUGGCGACUAUCAACAGCUGUUCGAAUCGCUACACGAUUCCGGCGAACAGGUGGCCGGCGUGCUGCACCUGUGGACCUGUGAUGCUGCUCGCCCUGAGGAACUCGAUGUCAGUUCGCUCGAGAAGUCCAUCGGACACGGGGUUGAAAGCCUGUUCCACUUGCAGCAUCAGUUGUCCAAGCUCUCCUCGGCGGUGGUCGAUCUGGCGGUCGUGACCUCGCAUGCCCACGCGGUUGAUAGGCACGUGCAGCAGCUCUCACCGGAGAAUGCCACACUCGCCCCGUUCAUGCGGGCGCUCUCUCAGGAGCAAGAACAUCUUCGCUGCCGGCUGCUGGAUAUCGCACCGCGCGACGAUGAUUUUCAGGCUUCUAACAAAAGUAUUCAGCAGUGGCUCGCCUCGAACACGGAAGAGCCGGUUGUGGCUCGUCGCGAACGGGAGUACUUCGUCCCUCGCCUGUCGCCCGGGUUACCGCAGAAUCGGACGACAGUGCAAGUUCCGCCCAUUCAGCCCGGCGGAGUCUAUUUGAUAACCGGCGGGCUAGGAAACUUGGGGCUACAGGUUGCCCGUUGGAUCGCUGAGCAGAGUACGUUCGAUGAACCAGUCAAGCUGAUCCUUACGUCGCGCUCUUGCCUACCGGACGAAGAUACCCAAGUUGCUACUGACAGCGACAGCCCCCGGUUCGCGGAAGUAGCUCAAAUUCGCGAGUUGGGGCCAAUCGUCUGGACGCCAGCACUUGACGUUACCGAUGCCAACGCUGUCGAGCGGUUGAUUGACGAGAUUGAUACCCGCUAUGGGCGCCUCGAUGGCGUCGUCCACGCCGCCGGAAUUCUGCAGGACGGCAUGCUCUACAAUCGCACCCGCGAACAACUGUGGGACGUGCUGGAUCCGAAGGUGCUGGGCUCUUGGAAUCUGCACGUUGCCAUAGGUGAUCGUCCACUCGACUUUUUCGUCCUCUUCUCGUCCACCGCUUCGAUCUUCCCCUUGGCGGGACAGGCCACCUACGCCGCGGCCAGCGCCUUCCUCGACGCCCUUGCCCAUUUGCGGCGAGACGUUUACAACUUGCCCGCGUUGUCGAUCGACUGGGGAUUCUGGGGGCAAUCGGCGGCUGCCGCGCCCGAGCGUUACCGCCGCUUCGUCCGCUCGCAUGGCGUCGAGCCUAUCUCCAACGCAGACGGAGUUGCCGCCUUCGCGAUGGCUAUCCGUUCGUCGUGUGCGCAACUGGCCGUCUUUCCGCCGCCAACCUCCACACCAGAUUCCGCCUCUUCGGAUCCUUCGCGCGAGCAGUGGCAACAAUUCCUCACCAACAUCCGAGAUCACAUCGCGCAAACCUCGGGUGUGAUUGUCGAUAACCUUGAACUCUACGCUGAACAAGGUCAGGCACUGGACCAGCUUUCAGCUUGCUACAUACAGAUGGCGUUUGCCAAGCUCGGUCUCUUCGCCGAGACGGGUCGUGUAUACCCGAUCGACGAACUCAUCGAGCAGGGCCAACUCGUCAGUCAUUUCCCCCGACUGUUGCCGCGUUUGCUUUCGUUCCUGGCGGAUCAAGGAAUUCUGAACCGCGAGGGGAACGCUUGGAUUGUACCGCAGCCGUUGGAUGGCACCUCUCCAGAAGAGCUUGCGGAAAAGUUUGAAUCACAGUAUCCCGCUAUCGCCCCGCAAGUGAAUUUGCUACGUCUUUGUGGGGCACAACUGGCCGAGGUUUUGUGUGGCGAAGUCGAUCCGUUGGAUCUGCUCUUCCCAGGCGGCUCGAUGGACGCCGCCGAGGCCGUAUAUGCCGAUUCCCCGGUGGCCCGGUUCUACAACCAACUGGUCGCUGCCGCACUCAGCGAACUGGUCGAACGCCCCACCGAACACGCAAUCAGAAUCAUCGAAGUCGGAGCCGGCACCGGAGGCACCGCGGCUUCGCUGCUGCCCAUCGCUCGCGAUGCCGGCUGUCAUUAUCUCUACACCGAUCUCUCCGACGCCUUCUUGAAUCGCGCACAGAGUCGCUUUAGUGAUGUGCCGAACCUGGAGUUCCAGCAGUUCGACUUGUCACAGCACCCGGCCGAGCAGGGCAUUCCAUGCGGGCAAUUCGACAUAGUCGUCGCCGCCAACGUCGUGCAUGCGACCACUGAUUUGAACGAGAGCCUCGAACACAUUCGCAGUCUUCUCGCCCCGGGUGGUUACGUUCUACUGUUGGAGGCAACAUGCAGCGAAGCCUGGGUCGAUCUCACCUUCGGCCUCACCGAGGGUUGGUGGUGUUUUCAAGAUCGCGACCUUCGGGUCGACUCACCCUUGCUCACUCGUGAGCAGUGGCUGCGACUGUUCGAGCGUCACGGCUUCGCUCCGGUCGAAGGCUUCCCCGAACCCACGCUACCGCUACAGGAAAUCGGGCAGCAACUUUUCGUGGCUGAGCUUUCUCGAAGUGCUUCCGCUGCGAUGGCGGGCAGCUCGCAGGUUGGUGUUUCGAGUGAUGGAUCUCAAUCGCGAACGAGCCGAGAGAUUCACUCAAAGCCCCAGUCGAACGCCGUCGAUAUGGGUGAGCCUUCGGUUCAAUUAAGUGCUAUCGAGGGGCAAAUCCGGCAGGCCUUGGCCGCCGUGCUGCGGGUGGAAUCCCGCGAUAUCGAUCGCAGAGAAACCUUCCAGGACCAGGGUCUGGACUCUCUGUUGGCUUUGGAAUUAGUCGGUCGUUUGAAGACGGCGGUGGGGGUACCGCGGUUGGGGCCGGCGGUGUUGUUUGAACAUCCGAGUGUGGCGGAGCUGGCCGGGUAUCUGGCGGAGCAGGGGGCGGUGGUUGCGGCUGGGGGUGAAGCUUCGCCCAAGAAGCCGGCGGUGACGAAGCGGCCAAAGGUGGAAGUGAAACUUUCGGUGCCUGCGGCUCGAUCGGUGGUGGUUGAGAAAGAAGCAUCUUCGUCUGCAGCCUCCGGCAUUGCGAUCGUCGGAUAUGCGCUGCGAUUGCCGGGUUGUGGUUCGGGGGAUGAGCUGUGGCGGGUGUUGUGUGAGGGGCGGGAGGAAGUCGGUCCGGUGCCGGGGGCUCGGCGGUUGCUUGCUGGGCGCGAGGAUGUGGCGGGCGUGGGUGGCUUCCUCUCGGAUAUCGAGCAGUUCGACGGGCGAUUCUUCCGCUUGUCUCCGGCUGAGGCCACGGCAAUGGAUCCGCGGCAGCGGCUGUUUUUGGAGGUGGCUUACGAGGCGCUCGAACAAGCCGGCUACGGUGGUGGUCGGCUCUCGGGCCAGCGGUGCGGCGUGUUUGUCGGUGCGGGAAGUCAGGAUUACCAGGCCGGCAGCGGCGGUGGUGAAGGGGGUGUCUACUGGGCGACCGGUGCGAGUCCUUCCAUCCUGGCCAGUCGGCUGGCGUACUUCUUGGACCUGCACGGUCCGUGUUUGCCGGUCGAUACUGCGUGUAGUUCAUCGUUGGUGGCGUUGCACUUGGCCUGCGACAGCUUAAGAAACAGUCAGUGUGAUACAGCGCUUGUCGGCGGCGUUCACUUGAACCUGUGGUUGGCGAACUUCGCGGCGUUCGAACUGAUGGGUGCGCUCUCGGCCUCAGGUCACUGUCGCGCGUUCGACGCCUCGGCCGACGGGUUCGUUCCGGCCGAAGGUUGUGUGGCCGUGUUGUUGAAACCGUUAGAGGCGGCCAUCAGUGCGGGCGAUACGAUCCACGCGGUGAUUCGCGCUACGGCCACCAACAAUGACGGCCGCACCAACGGCCUGACUGCUCCCAAUCCGGCGGCGCAGCGGGAUGUCAUCCUGGAGGCCUGGUCGGCCGGCAAGAUCGAUCCCGAAACGAUCAGCUACAUUGAGGCUCACGGCACAGGGACCCCGCUGGGUGACCCGGUCGAAGCGCGGGGCUUGAGUGAAGCGUUCGCCCGACAUACCUCGCGACAUGCCUUCUGCCAGGUGGGCAGUGUGAAGACGAACCUGGGUCACACCGAAACGGCCUCGGGGCUGGCCAGCCUGAUGAAGGUGGUGCAGUGUCUGAAGCAUCGGCAGCUUCCGCCGAAUGCCAACCUGCGGGUGCCCAAUCGCCACAUCGCGUUCGAACAGACGGCACUGGUCUUGAGCGACCGCCUGCGGCCGUGGACUGCCAGUGUUCCGGGGGCUCCGCUAAGGGCCGGCAUCAGCGCCUUCGGCUUCAGUGGCACCAACGCCCACGUCGUGGUGGAAGAACCGCCGGUCGUACCGCAACUACCCGAGCCUAAAGAACAACUCCCGCUGGCGGUACCGCUGUCGGCGGUGGGUGAGAAAACGCUGGAUGAACUGGCGACUAUCUAUGAGGACGCCUGCCGCGAAGCGACUCCGUUCACAGCGUUGGCCACAACGGCGGCGUUGGGUCGCCUGCACCGUGGUUCACGCCUGGCGGUAGUGGCUUCCACGGUCGACGAGCUUCGCGAGCAGCUUACUGCUGCGGUGAAGCACGAAACGCCCGCGGGCGUUUACCGUCACACGCAUGGUGAAGGCACGGCCGUGAGUGUGGGCGUGCUAUUCUCCGGACAGACGACGCGACAGAGCAGCGAGCAGUUGGCCGAACUGAUUCGGCGUUACCCGGUGUUCGCCGAAGCGUGGCAUGAAUGCGGCCGGCUGGUUAAAGGCCAGCUCGAAGAACCGCUCUCACGCUUGACGACUCCGGCCGGCGCCGAAUUGUGGGAUCGCACGCAGUACGCCCAGGUGGGGCUGUUGGCCUGGCAGGUCGGGCUGUGGAAGCUGUGGCAGAGUUGGGGGCUCGAAGUCGAAGCGGUCGCCGGUCAUAGCCUGGGGCAACUCACGGCCGCCUGGGCUGCCGGGUGUUAUUCGCUCGAAUCAAUCCUCAAGCUGGCCGUACUGCGUGGCCGCUUGAUGCAGGGCUUACCUUCCGGGGCGAUGGCCGCCGUGCGGGCCGGGGCGGAAGAGCUGAGCGAAAUCAUUGGGCCGUAUGCCGAUGAACUAGCCAUUUCGGCGGUGAACGCCCCGCGGCAAACGGUUCUCUCGGGGAGUGCUCGGGCAAUCGAGACAGUAUUAAAAGAACUUGAAACCCGCGGCAUCGCCGCCUCGCGCUUGCCGACCGAUCGGGCGUUCCACUCGCCGUUGGUCGAACCGAUGCUGGAAGAGUUGGCCCGCGGGGCCGAUGCACUACCGGCGUCCGCACCCCAUCGCACGUGGUACUGCACCCGCACGGGCGAAGCCUGGCCGGCUGAUCGCGCGCCGACCGGCGAUGACUGGGCCCGCCAGGCAAGAGAAGCGGUUCGGUUCCGCCAGACCGUCGAAGCGAUUGCCACCGAAGGCUGCCAGGCACUGUUGGAACUGGGGCCGGGGGCGACCCUCGCGCCGCUGGCCGCCGAGGUUCUUUCGUACGCCUCUUCGAAGGCUUCCGCCCACGCGACGUUAGGUCGGGCGAAGUCGGUUCCCGCGAAGUUGGCCUCGGCCGUGGGUUGGCUUUAUACCCGCGGUGUAGAGCUGGAUUGGGGAGCCUACUUCAAGGCUCACGGUGUCACGCCCCGUCAGAUUCCGUUGCCGACGUAUCCAUAUCAGCGACAACGGCAUUGGUUGGCGGAUGCUCAUUCAACCGUUUCGCGCGGAACGCCACAGAGGGCGUUCCCUACAGAGACGGUGGUUGCCGAAGAGUCGAGCCCGACACCGCUGGCCACGAGCGAUCCAAGUGAGCAGGCGAAGCUGCUGUAUAAACUGGCGUGGCAAGAGACUCCCGCAUUGCCGAUAGGUGACGAAUCGUUCACGGGUCGCUGGUUGCUGGUGGGCCCUCAGGAUGAUGCGACGUUUACGUCUUUGGCUAAUAAGAUUGAAUCGUCCAGUGGGACCGUGGAUCGUCAAGUCAUUGAUCUGAAUCAUGACCGUUGGCAAGACGCUUCGCACUGGCGAGAGUUGCUCGCCGCCGAUCAUCUGGCGGGCGUGAUCAUUCAGCUGCCUUCGGGGACUGGAGAAACCGAUACGGCCGCGGCGACUGAGCUGCGGGCGCAGGUCGUGCUGGCCGCCAGCGGGGCGUUGGCCUCUCUCGGUCCCCGCCGCUGGUUGCAGUUGCGGAUGUUGUGGGUGACCCGUGGGGCGCAGGCGGCGGACGGUGCGGGUGAUUCAUCGCUCGAUCUCACGCAGGCGGCCGCCCUGGGGUUGGUGCUGUCGUGGCCGUAUGAACUGAAGGGGCUGCGCCGUCGGGCGGUGGAUCUGGGUGUCGAACCAGAUCCUGCUGACGCCGAGUGUCUGCUGGCUGAACUUGUAGCCUUGGCCGACGAUGGUUUGGCCCAGCAGGAUGCGGCGGCGGAGGUUCUGUACCGUUCUGGUAGACGAGCGGUGCGGCAGGUCGUUCCCUUGUCCGGUGGUCCGUGGUCCACACCCUGGAACUCGGGUGGUGUUUACCUGUUGACCGGGGCGCUCGGCGGAAUUGGCAGUCAGUUGGCUCUGGAGUUGGCCCGAGAUUACGAGGCGACGCUUGUACUCACCGGGCGAAGCGAACUGCCGGCGGCGGAAGACUGCGCGGCGUGGCUGGCCGAACAUUCGUCGGACGAUCCGCAGGCCGAACGCGUUCACCGGCUGGCGGAGAUUCAUGCGGCUGCGCCGGGGCGUGUUGUAUAUCUGUCUGGCCACAUCGCUGCGGCAGAGCAUGUUGAAGGUCUAAAAAACCUGAUCGCCGAGAAGUACGGCCGAUUGGACGGCAUCCUGCAUGCGGCGGCCGAACUGGAGACGCGGCAGUUGGCCCUACGAACGAAGACGGCCGAGUCGAUGAAGCGUGUCCUCUCGGCGAAGGUCGCCGGCAGUCUGCAUCUGGCGAAGCUGCUUGACACUUGGCCAAAAGCCCGACUGGUGCUGUUCUCCUCGAUCGGUAGUCUCUCGGGCGCACUCUCCUCGGGUGAAAGCGACUACGCGGCCGGUUGUCGUCUACAGAAUCACUUGGCCGCGAAGCUCCGGGCUGUAGGUCGUGCGGCUACGGCGGUGGCACUCAGUGAAUGGGGUACCUCGGGCCUGCUGGCCGCCAACGCCGUGGGGCCGAUCGUAAGGCAAUUGGGUCUGAGUCCGCUGUCCGCCGAGACGGCUUCGGGAACGUUCGCCCAGGCGGUAGCGUCCGGUACAGCGAUGCCGCUGGUGCUGGCCGGUACGGCGAAGUUCACGCCCGCGCGGAUGCUGUUGGGUCAGGAAGAAUCUUCUACCGCCACGAUCGAUUAUUCACAGGUGGUCACCGCCACAACUAAAGCAGCCAAGACGGGCGCCGAACGUUUAGGUGAAGUCAUCCCGCAGUUCGAAGGCGUGGAUGUGGCGCUCGAUCGUCUGGCGACAGCCUACGUGGCGAAGGUGCUCUAUAGAGUUGAUCUGCCGGCGUCGUUGGAAGAUCUCACACACUCGCUGCGACUUGAUCCGAAGUACAUCCGGUUGCUCCCACGUCUUCUCGCCAUGGCGGUGGCCGAAGGGGUGUUGGAAGAGACUGGUGUUCGGUACGCCCGCGGUUCGGCUUGGUCUGAGUUCGCGGAACUCGACACCGAUUCACUGGCCGCCGAAAUCGGCGAGCGGUGGCCGUCGUUGGCGGCGGUGGCGCAGCUGCUUUCGCGGUGCGGACCGAAUUUGGCUGCGGUGCUGGCCGGUGAGCAGGAUCCGCUGGAGUUGCUCUUCCCCGGCGGUUCGACGGCUGAAGCGACGGCAGUUUACGCCCAGGGCGAGUUCAACGCCUUCUACGCCGAACUGGCAGCCGCCGCCCUGGCAGCAGCCCGACCGGCAGGACGUACUUUCAAGAUCCUGGAGGUCGGCGCUGGUACGGGGGCCACGACUGACGUGGUGCUCGAUCGCUUGGCAGACACCCCUCUGUCAUACACCUACACCGAUCUCUCACCGGGCCUGGUGGCUGGUGCCCGUCAGCGAUUGUCCGGCCGGGAAGGAUUGAGCUUUCAGACAUUCGAUGCCGAGCGGGAUCCGGCCACGCAAGGUCUGACGCCCGGCCGAUACGAUGCCGUGCUGGCCGUUAACGUUCUGCACGCCACUCGCGACUUGCGGGAGACGCUCGCCAACCUGCGAAAGCUCCUCACGCCCAGUGGCGUAUUAGUCAUCGUCGAAGCCACGCAUUCACUGCGUUGGGUCGAACUCACGUUCGGCCUCACCGACGGUUGGUGGCACUUCACCGACGCGCCGCUGCGUGAAUCCACGCCCCUGCUUGAGGACCAACAGUGGUUGGAACUCCUAACAUCGUCGGGCUUCCAAAGCCCCGUCUCUCUGCCAGACGAUAACACCCCGCUCGGCGAGCCCGGCACGCACUUGCUACUGGCGCAGAACACGAACGCGCCCAUCGCAGCAGCCGCAUCCACACCCGCGGCAGUACCGCCCGAACCAAAACAACAGCAGCCCCGCACUACCGCGAAACCGGACAGCAGCGCCCUGCUCGAAGCCACGGCCGACUAUCUGCACGAUCUGUUCUGUCGGGUGUUGGGCUUGGAGCCCUCGCAACUCGAUCGCCAGGCCAAUUUCAUGGACCUCGGCUUCGACUCAAUUCUGGCGCUGCAAAUCCGUGGUCAACUGACCGACGAACUCGCGCUCACACUCGAACCCACGCUGCUAUUCGAACAUGCCUCGGUCGCCGCACUGGCCAACCACUUGGCCACCACCCACGCCACUGCCCUGGCCGAACACCUGCAAACGGAAAGCGAGCCGGUCCGCGUAGCAGAACUAGAAACCCAACCCGACCGCACGAACCAAAUCGCCAUCAUCGGCCUCGCCUGCCGCUUCCCAGGAGCAUCAACGCCUGAGGCGUUCUGGAUCUUUCUCCGCACGGGCCAGCAGGCAGUUGCGCCACCUUCGGCCGAGCGCACCGCGCUGAUGCCGAGUGCCACGGGGCGUUUCGCUGCCGGUGGAUUCCUGGAAGGUAUCGACGAGUUCGACGCCGGGCUGUUUGGGAUCUCGCCGCGCGAGGCGCAGUGGAUGGACCCGCAGCAGCGGCUGUUCCUGGAAGUGGCCUACGAAACGAUCCAACGGGCCGGUUACGGCGGCGAUCAACUGGCCGAGCUGCCGGCCGGCGUGUUCGUCGGCGUCGGUUCCAGCGAAUACGCCACACUCACCGCACGACUCGGUCAGGCGGAAGCCCAUCUGCAGUCGGGCACGUCGCUACCGAUGAUCGCCACGCGGACGUCGUACUUGUUGAACCUCGGUGGCCCCAGCCUGGCAGUGGAAACCGCCUGCAGUUCAAGUCUGGUCGCCGUGCACUUGGCUUGUCAAAGUCUGCUGUCCGGCGAAUCCAAACUUGCCUUGGCUGGCGGCGUGAACCUAAUCCUCGACCCCGCAGGUACAGAACUCGUCGGUCAAUCGGGCAUGCUGUCGCCGAAAGGUCGCUGCCAGACAUUCGAUUCCCGUGCUGACGGCUUCGUCCGGGCCGAAGGUGUGGGCGCCGUAUUGCUUAAACCUUUGGCCGACGCCCUUCGCGAUGGCGAUCACGUUCUGGCGGUGAUCUGCGGUACGGCCGUGAACAACGACGGUCACGCCAAAGCCGGUCUGCACGCCCCCAGUGUGGGCGCUCAGCGGCAGGUGAUUACCCGGGCUCAGGCUGUGGCCGGGGUUUCGGGUGAGACGAUUGGGUUGUGGGAGGCGCAUGGGACGGGAACUUCGCUGGGCGACCCGAUCGAGUGGGAUGCGGCUUCGCAGGCGAUUUCGUCGUCGACCUCACGGCGGGGGUUCUGCGCGAUUGGUUCGGCGAAGACGAACGUGGGGCAUGCCGAAAGCUGCGCGGGGUUGGUCGGGCUGGCCAAGGCGGUGCUGGCACUCGAGCACGCCACCCUCCCGCCAACGUUGAACUUCGAAGAACCGAAUCCGCACCUGUCGCUGGCCGGCAGUCCGUUUUAUGUGAACGACCGUUUGCGGAAGUGGCCAAGCUCGGCAACUCAUCCUCGCCGUGCCGCCGUCAGUAGUUUCGGCUUCGGCGGGACGAAUGCCCAUGUGAUCCUGGAGGAAGCACCCAAGCCGCCAGCCAAAGUACGAGCGGAAGCUGAGCGUCCCGCCCAUCUGCUCACACUUUCGGCCGCCACACCAACCGCCUUAAAAACCCUGGCCGCUACCUACGUCGAGUACCUCGACACGCACGCCGAGGUGCCGCUGGAGGAUCUUUGUUUCACGGCGAACCGUAGUUAUGCCGCGGGAGCGUAUCGACUUGCGGUGGUGGCACGAUACCCAGAUCAUCUUUGUGACAAGCUGCGGUUGUACAGUCAGAGUACGACGGAAAGACCGCUGGCUGGGUCGCUGAUCUUCACACGGAUGGAAGAUGAAGACCGCCGGGAGGAGUUCCUGGAACAACAGGUGUUCGCUCGAUUGGCGAAGCUGCCGGCCGAGGCUCGCGAGUUGGCUUCCGCGUGGUGCGGCGGUCGCUGGGGUCGGCGGUUGUCGCAGUGGCUCGCCGAGCGAGGUGAGGAAGCAUCGUCUGCGGAUGCUUCGCUUUCGCCGGAGGACUGGGUCGAACUCUACGCGACCUUGGCUGCCUGGUACGCGAUGGGUGGCACGUUGCGGCUGGAGGCGAUGCAGCCUGUGGGGCGUCGGGUGCCGUUACCGAACUAUCCGUUCGAACGUCGACGGUACUGGCUACCGACGGCACCACGGCGGGAAGCGCCGCAGCCGUUAGAGACCGUCUCGGACUCAGAUGAAGUCUCGCUUGCGACGGUCUGCUCCUGGUUCUUUGAGCCGCAGUGGGAGCGGUUCACGCCCGAAGAAACAUCACCCCUUUUGGGUCGCUGGCUCGUUGAGGGUGCUGAAGGAUCCUCGUUGGCUGAAGCGAUUUCCGCAGAACUCAAGUCGGCCGGAUGCGAAGUCGAAACAACCGCCGACUCAGGUAGCGCGCUCUCCGGGGUAGUGGUCGUUGUAGAAGAGUCGCAAGCUUGGAACGAAACGGCCGACGCUUCUUCGAUUGAAAACGAAGUGUUGAGUCGGCUGCAGGCCCUGGCUUCGCAUGCGGCAGCGCUCAACGAAAAAACAGGUUCACAGCAACUGCCCGUGUGGUUCGUCACCCGCGGUGGCCAGCCGGUGCAUGAUCCGGCGGCGGCCGAUCCUCGUGCUGCGGCGGUGGCUGCCUUGGUGCAGGUGAUCGGUCAGGAGUAUCCGGAACUCGACUGUCGUGUGAUCGACUUGCCUUGGGCUGCAUCACCUGAAUCCGCUUCGGACGUUCUGGAAACCCUCGGCUACAUCUUUGCCCUGCCAGUGAUUGCCUGGCGAGAGGGUGUGGCUUGGUCCCGACAGUGGCAACUGAGUGACGUGACGUCAUUGCCUAAUGCCUCACCACCCUUCCGCACCGGCGGGGUGUAUCUCAUCACCGGCGGUCAGGGGAACAUCGGCCUGGAACUAGCAGCCCGACUGGCCAGUGAAGGAACUUCCCAUGAGCCGGUGCGGUUGGUAUUGGCAUCGCGACAAGCUCUACCGGAAGAGAGCCAGUGGGAUGCGUACCUGAAUUCGGCCGAUGCUGACCCGACGCUUUCAGCCCGCAUUCGCGGUAUUCGUCGAUUGCAAGCCGAACACGACUGCGAGGUGUGGCCGGUCGUGCUCGACGUGGCGGAUGAAGUGGCGACCGCCGAACUGCUCGAUCAGAUUGACAGGCGGCAUGGCCGCUUGGAUGGUGUGGUUCACGCCGCCGGUGUUCUGCGGGACGGGAUGCUGUGGAACCGCACGGCUGAAGAACUCUCCGCCGUGCUGCAUCCGAAGGUGGCCGGCACGUGGUCGUUGCUGAAGGCACUGAAAGAUCGCGAACUUGAUUUCGUGGCGCUCUGCUCUUCGAUGUCGGCCCUGGAACCGUUGGCCGGGCAGGGGGCGUACGCCGCGGCGGGGGCGUUCAUGGACGCGGUCGCCGCCCGAGCCAGCGUGGACUGGGGCUUGCCGGUCACGACGAUCAACUGGGGUUUUUGGGGUGAGACCGAGGUGGCUGCCCCGCAGCACUACCGCGACUUCCUGGGUGCCCAGGGUGUGCAGCCGAUGUCGAACCUGGAAGGUCGGGCCGCCUUCGCCGCGGCGCUGGCCCUCGGUCGCCCACAGGUAAUCAUCACGCCGUUGAGUCACGAGAAAGCGGGUCUUUCGGACACAGUUUGGUCGGAAGUAACCACCGCUGCCGAGACGGCCAGUCAACAAGGACUCGAAACCCUGGCCAGCGAGGCCGCGUCACUAGCGGAAGGUCUGGCGAUUCUCGAUCAACUUUCGGCCCGCUACGUGGCGUCAGCUUUGGCGAGUGUCGAACUGUUCACUGCGGCAGGCGCGACGCACGACCGGGCGGAGAUCGUCAGUCGCCUGGAACUGCUACCGCUGUUCGAACGGCUGCUCGAUCCGCUGCUGACGAUGCUGAUCGAAGAUGGUUUGUUGGAAGCGGUCGAUGAGAACCGCUGGCGAUCGCUUGAGUCAUUCAGUGCUGAACCGAAUACGGCCGAGCUCGAAGCCCAGCUCAAAACGGUCUGCCCGCUGCUUUCACCGCAGGCCGUGCUGCUAUGCCGGUGCGGGGCCGAACUGACCGAGGUGCUCUCAGGUCGUACUGAUGUGCUGGGGCUGUUGUUCCCCGGCGGUUCGCUGGCUGAUACGGAAGCCCUCUAUGCCGACUCACCGUUGUCGCGGUUCUACAGCAACAUGGUUGCCGCGGCGAUCGGUACGGCGGUCGAUGCGACGAAUGCUGAAGUGCGGCUGCUGGAGAUCGGCGCGGGCACUGGCGGAACGACCCGUUCGGUACUGCCGGUGCUGCCCGCGGAUCGCAGUCAGUACACGUACACUGAUCUCUCGCGGGCCCUGGUGCUGAAGGCCCAGGAGCGGUUCGCUGAAUACCCGCAGGUUCGCUACCAGGUGCUCGACAUUGCGGAAGAUCCAACGGCGCAGGGUCUCGCAGCCGGCAGCUUCGACAUCAUCCUGGCGGCAAACGUUCUGCAUGCGACGCAUGAUCUGACCGAGACGCUUACACAUGUUCGGCAGUUGCUCACCCCCGGCGGACUGCUGGUGCUGGUCGAGGCGACGGGGAUUCAGCGUUGGGGGCUGUUGACGUUUGGGCUGACUGAAGGCUGGUGGUGCUUCGACGAUGCGGAGCUGCGUACGGAUAGCCCGUUGCUCACACUCGAUCGCUGGCGGGAGUUCCUACCGACGGUUGGGUUCACUGAUGUAGCGACGCUACCCGAGGGCGCUGCGGCGGCCGAGGUCACUCAGCAUGUCCUGCUGGCCCGGGCCGAUGCGGCGGUGCCCGCGGGUGAAUCCGUUGCCGAACCGUUGGAAGUAUCUGCCGCCGCGUCAACGAUUGAAUCAACGACCGAAGUCAGCACGUCGACGCUGGAACGCACGAUCGCUCGGGUGCUGGAAGAGGUGCUGCGGUUGGAGCCCGGCCAGUUGGAUCGCCGGCGUUCGUUCCAGGACCAGGGUCUGGACUCUCUGUUGGCUUUGGAAUUAGUCGGUCGUUUGAAGACGGCGGUGGGGGUACCGCGGUUGGGGCCGGCGGUGUUGUUUGAACAUCCGAGUGUGGCGGAGCUGGCCGGGUAUCUGGCGGAGCAGGGGGCGGUGGUUGCGGCUGGGGGUGAAGCUUCGCCCAAGAAGCCGGCGGUGACGAAGCGGCCAAAGGUGGAAGUGAAACUUUCGGUGCCUGCGGCUCGAUCGGUGGUGGUUGAGAAAGAAGCAUCUUCGUCUGCAGCCUCCGGCAUUGCGAUCGUCGGAUAUGCGCUGCGAUUGCCGGGUUGUGGUUCGGGGGAUGAGCUGUGGCGGGUGUUGUGUGAGGGGCGGGAGGAAGUCGGUCCGGUGCCGGGGGCUCGGCGGUUGCUUGCUGGGCGCGAGGAUGUGGCGGGCGUGGGUGGCUUCCUCUCGGAUAUCGAGCAGUUCGACGGGCGAUUCUUCCGCUUGUCUCCGGCUGAGGCCACGGCAAUGGAUCCGCGGCAGCGGCUGUUUUUGGAGGUGGCUUACGAGGCGCUCGAACAAGCCGGCUACGGUGGUGGUCGGCUCUCGGGCCAGCGGUGCGGCGUGUUUGUCGGUGCGGGAAGUCAGGAUUACCAGGCCGGCAGCGGCGGUGGUGAAGGGGGUGUCUACUGGGCGACCGGUGCGAGUCCUUCCAUCCUGGCCAGUCGGCUGGCGUACUUCUUGGACCUGCACGGUCCGUGUUUGCCGGUCGAUACUGCGUGUAGUUCAUCGUUGGUGGCGUUGCACUUGGCCUGCGACAGCUUAAGAAACAGUCAGUGUGAUACAGCGCUUGUCGGCGGCGUUCACUUGAACCUGUGGUUGGCGAACUUCGCGGCGUUCGAACUGAUGGGUGCGCUCUCGGCCUCAGGUCACUGUCGCGCGUUCGACGCCUCGGCCGACGGGUUCGUUCCGGCCGAAGGUUGUGUGGCCGUGUUGUUGAAACCGUUAGAGGCGGCCAUCAGUGCGGGCGAUACGAUCCACGCGGUGAUUCGCGCUACGGCCACCAACAAUGACGGCCGCACCAACGGCCUGACUGCUCCCAAUCCGGCGGCGCAGCGGGAUGUCAUCCUGGAGGCCUGGUCGGCCGGCAAGAUCGAUCCCGAAACGAUCAGCUACAUUGAGGCUCACGGCACAGGGACCCCGCUGGGUGACCCGGUCGAAGCGCGGGGCUUGAGUGAAGCGUUCGCCCGACAUACCUCGCGACAUGCCUUCUGCCAGGUGGGCAGUGUGAAGACGAACCUGGGUCACACCGAAACGGCCUCGGGGCUGGCCAGCCUGAUGAAGGUGGUGCAGUGUCUGAAGCAUCGGCAGCUUCCGCCGAAUGCCAACCUGCGGGUGCCCAAUCGCCACAUCGCGUUCGAACAGACGGCACUGGUCUUGAGCGACCGCCUGCGGCCGUGGACUGCCAGUGUUCCGGGGGCUCCGCUAAGGGCCGGCAUCAGCGCCUUCGGCUUCAGUGGCACCAACGCCCACGUCGUGGUGGAAGAACCGCCGGUCGUACCGCAACUACCCGAGCCUAAAGAACAACUCCCGCUGGCGGUACCGCUGUCGGCGGUGGGUGAGAAAACGCUGGAUGAACUGGCGACUAUCUAUGAGGACGCCUGCCGCGAAGCGACUCCGUUCACAGCGUUGGCCACAACGGCGGCGUUGGGUCGCCUGCACCGUGGUUCACGCCUGGCGGUAGUGGCUUCCACGGUCGACGAGCUUCGCGAGCAGCUUACUGCUGCGGUGAAGCACGAAACGCCCGCGGGCGUUUACCGUCACACGCAUGGUGAAGGCACGGCCGUGAGUGUGGGCGUGCUAUUCUCCGGACAGACGACGCGACAGAGCAGCGAGCAGUUGGCCGAACUGAUUCGGCGUUACCCGGUGUUCGCCGAAGCGUGGCAUGAAUGCGGCCGGCUGGUUAAAGGCCAGCUCGAAGAACCGCUCUCACGCUUGACGACUCCGGCCGGCGCCGAAUUGUGGGAUCGCACGCAGUACGCCCAGGUGGGGCUGUUGGCCUGGCAGGUCGGGCUGUGGAAGCUGUGGCAGAGUUGGGGGCUCGAAGUCGAAGCGGUCGCCGGUCAUAGCCUGGGGCAACUCACGGCCGCCUGGGCUGCCGGGUGUUAUUCGCUCGAAUCAAUCCUCAAGCUGGCCGUACUGCGUGGCCGCUUGAUGCAGGGCUUACCUUCCGGGGCGAUGGCCGCCGUGCGGGCCGGGGCGGAAGAGCUGAGCGAAAUCAUUGGGCCGUAUGCCGAUGAACUAGCCAUUUCGGCGGUGAACGCCCCGCGGCAAACGGUUCUCUCGGGGAGUGCUCGGGCAAUCGAGACAGUAUUAAAAGAACUUGAAACCCGCGGCAUCGCCGCCUCGCGCUUGCCGACCGAUCGGGCGUUCCACUCGCCGUUGGUCGAACCGAUGCUGGAAGAGUUGGCCCGCGGGGCCGAUGCACUACCGGCGUCCGCACCCCAUCGCACGUGGUACUGCACCCGCACGGGCGAAGCCUGGCCGGCUGAUCGCGCGCCGACCGGCGAUGACUGGGCCCGCCAGGCAAGAGAAGCGGUUCGGUUCCGCCAGACCGUCGAAGCGAUUGCCACCGAAGGCUGCCAGGCACUGUUGGAACUGGGGCCGGGGGCGACCCUCGCGCCGCUGGCCGCCGAGGUUCUUUCGUACGCCUCUUCGAAGGCUUCCGCCCACGCGACGUUAGGUCGGGCGAAGUCGGUUCCCGCGAAGUUGGCCUCGGCCGUGGGUUGGCUUUAUACCCGCGGUGUAGAGCUGGAUUGGGGAGCCUACUUCAAGGCUCACGGUGUCACGCCCCGUCAGAUUCCGUUGCCGACGUAUCCAUAUCAGCGACAACGGCAUUGGUUGGCGGAUGCUCAUUCAACCGUUUCGCGCGGAACGCCACAGAGGGCGUUCCCUACAGAGACGGUGGUUGCCGAAGAGUCGAGCCCGACACCGCUGGCUACGAGUGAUCCGAGCGAGCAGGCGAGGUUGUUGUACAAACUCGGUUGGCACGAGACGCCCGCAUUGUCGACUGCACACGGAUCCUUCACCGGUCGUUGGUUGCUGAUCGGUCCGCAAGAUGAUGCGACGUUUACGUCUUUGGCUAACAAGAUCGAAUCGGCUAGUGGCACGGUAGAUUGUCAGAUCAUCGAUCUGAAUGAUGUCCGUUGGCAAGACGCUUCGCACUGGCGUGAGUUGCUCGCUGCCGACGACCUUGCCAGUGUGAUCGUUCAAUUGCCUUCAGGGGCUCAAGAAACCGACACGGCUGCCGCGACCGAGUUGCGGGCGCAAGUCGUGCUGGCCGCCAGCGGGGCGUUGGCGGGUCUUGGUCCGCGGCGGUGGUUGCAGUUGCGGAUGUUGUGGGUGACCCGUGGGGCGCAGGCGGCUGAUGAUGCAACCGAUGUAUCGCUCGAUCUCACACAGGCGGCCGCUCUGGGGUUGGUGCUGUCGUGGCCGUAUGAACUGAAGGGGCUGCGUCGUAGGGCGGUGGAUCUGGGUGUCGAACCAGAUCCUGCUGACGCCGAGUGGUUGCUGGCUGAACUUGUAGCCUUGGCCGACGAUGGUUUGGCCCAGCAGGAUGCGGCGGCGGAGGUUCUCUACCGUGGGGAUGCACGAGCGGUGCGUCAGGUCGUUUCGCUUUCCGGUGGUCCGUGGUCCCCACCCUGGAAGACGGGCGGUGUUUACCUGUUGACCGGGGCGCUCGGCGGAAUUGGCAGUCAGUUGGCUCUGGAGUUGGCCCGAGAUUACGAGGCGACGCUUGUACUCACCGGGCGUAGCGAACUGCCGGCGGCGGAAGACUGCGCGGCGUGGCUGGCCGAACAUUCGUCGGACGAUCCGCAGGCCGAACGCGUUCACCGGCUGGCGGAGAUUCAUGCGGCUGCGCCGGGGCGUGUUGUAUAUCUGUCUGGCCACAUCGCUGCGGCAGAGCAUGUUGAAGGUUUAAAAAACCUGAUCGCCGAGAAGUAUGGCCGCCUGGACGGCAUCCUGCAUGCGGCGGCCGAACUGGAGACGCGGCAGUUAGCGCUGCGAACGAAGACGGCCGAGUCGAUGAAGCGUGUUCUCUCGGCGAAGGUCGCCGGCAGCCUGCAGCUGGCGAAGCUGCUCGACGUUUGGCCGGAAGCCCGACUGGUGCUGUUCUCCUCGAUCGGUAGUCUCUCGGGCGCACUCUCUUCGGGUGAAAGUGACUAUGCGGCCGGCUGUCGGUUGCAGAAUCACCUGGCCGCGAAGCUCCGGGCUGAAGGUCGUGCAGUCACGGCGGUGGCGCUCAGCGAAUGGGGCACUUCGGGCUUAUUGGCCGCCAACGCGGUUGGCCCGAUCGUACGUCGAUUGGGUCUGCGCCCGCUGACGCCCGAGACGGCCUCCGGGACUUUCGCCCAAGCGGUGGCAUGCGGUGCAGCGAUGCCGCUGGUCCUGGCCGGUACGGCGAAGUUCUCACCCGAGCGGAUGUUGUUGGGUCAGGAAGAAACCACUACCGAAGCGAUCGAUUAUUCGAACGUGGUGACAGUAACGACCGAAGCAGCCGCUGCGGGGGCCGAACGGUUGGGUGAAGUGAUCCCGCAGUUCGAGGGAGUCGAUACGGCGCUCGACCGUCUGGCGGCGGCGUACGUGGCGAAGCUGCUUGAGGGUGUUUCAUUGCCGGCGACGCUUGCGGAACUCACUCGAUCACUUCGGCUCGAUCCGAAGUACGCACGGUUGCUGCCGCGACUGUUGGCGAUGGCGGUGGCCGAAGGCGUGUUAGAAGAGAAAGCAGGUCUUUAUUCUCAUGGCUCGCGUUGGUCUGAGUUCAGCGAUCUCAACACUGAAUCACUGGCCGCCGAAAUCGGCGAGCGGUGGCCGUCGCUGGCGGCGGUGGCCCGACUGCUUGCGCGGUGUGGGCCGAAGCUGGGUGCGGUGCUCGCCGGUGAGCAGGAUCCGUUGGAGUUGCUGUUCCCCGGCGGCUCGACGGCCGAAGCCACGGAGGUUUACGCCCAGGGUGAGUUCAACGCCUUCUACGCCGAACUGGCGGCUGCGGCCCUGGCAGCAACGCGUCCGACAGGACGGGCGUUCAACAUCCUAGAGGUCGGCGCCGGCACGGGAGCAACGACCGACGUGGUGCUCGAUCGCUUGGCAGACGCCCCUCUCUCAUACACCUACACCGAUCUCUCACCGGGCCUGGUCGCCGGAGCCCGACAACGAUUGGCCGGCCGAGAUGGCUUGACCUUCCAGACGUUCGACGCCGAGCGUGACCCAGCCACUCAGGGUCUGCAACUCGGGCGAUACGAUGCCGUGCUAGCCGUUAACGUUCUGCACGCCACGCGUGAUCUGCGGGAGACGCUCGCCAACCUGCGAAAGCUUCUCACCCCCAGUGGCGUAUUAGUCGUCGUCGAAGCCACAGAUAGUCUGCGCUGGGUCGAACUUACGUUCGGCCUCACGGACGGUUGGUGGCACUUCACCGAUGCCCCACUCCGCGAAUCCACGCCGCUGCUCUCUGCCGAACAGUGGAUUGAGUUGCUAAACACUUCCGGCUUUCAGAGCCCGGUCGCCCUGCCAGACGAUAACACCCCGCUCGGCGAGCCCGGUACGCACUUCCUGCUGGCGCAGAAUACGAAUGCGCCCAUGGCAGCAGCCGCAUCCACACCCGCGGCAGUACCACCCGAACCAAAACAACAGCAGCCCCGCACCACCGCGAAACCCGACAGCAGCGCCCUGCUCGAAGCCACGGCCGAUUACUUACACGACCUGUUCUGCCGGGUGUUAGGCCUGGAACCCACGCAACUCGACCGCCAGGCCAACUUCAUGGACCUCGGGUUCGACUCGAUCCUCGCGCUCCAAAUCCGUGGUCAACUGGCCGACGAACUCUCGCUCACACUCGAACCUACGCUGCUGUUCGAACACGCCUCCGUCGCCGCGCUCGCCAGACACCUGGCCACCACUCACACCCAAGCCCUGGCCGAACACUUGCAGACCGAAAGCGAGCCGGUCACCGCACCCGAAGUAGGCCCCGAACCAACCCCCGCACUUCCACCCCAGGUCCGCACAGCACAACCAACAACCCAACCCGACCGCACGAACCAAAUCGCCAUCAUCGGUCUCGCCUGCCGCUUCCCGGGAGCUUCAACGCCGGAGGAAUUCUGGAACCUGCUGAGUAAGGCCGGCAAUGCCAUCACUCCGCCGCCGGAAUCGCGGAUGAAGUGGUGGCGGACAUUGACUGAAGGUGCCAACGGCCAUGGAUCGCUGAGUCGCUACAUCGGCGGCUUCCUCGAGGACAUCGAGGAAUUCGACCCGGCGUUUUUCCAGUUGUCGCGGCACGAGGCGCGGCUGAUGGAUCCGCAGCAGCGGCUGUUCCUCGAGGUGGCGUGGGAGGCGAUCGAACGGGCUGGGUACCGUGUCGAUGCUUUGGCCGAGCGGCGGUGCGGCGUGUUCGUCGGAGUGAAUGCGAACGAGUAUGGGGCGAUGUUGGCGCAUACGCCGGAUGGGGCCGACCCGCAUCUGCAGUCGGGCAAUGCCGUGUCGUUGGUGGCCACGCGGUUGUCGUACUUGCUGAACUUGCGAGGACCGAGCCUUACGGUGGAUACGGCGUGUAGCUCGUCGUUGGUAGCGUUGCAUUUGGCUUGCCAGAGCUUGCUGACGGGCGAGGCGAACAUGGCCAUCGCCGGCGGUUCGAAUCUAAUUCUGAACCCCAAGGGAAUGGAGAUGGUGGGGCAGUACGGCAUGCUGGCUCCCGAUGGUGCGGUGAAGGCCUUCGACGAUCGAGCCGAUGGGUUCGUGCGUGGCGAAGGCGUGGGGGCGGUGUUGCUGAAGCCACUGAGCGAUGCGUUGCGAGACGGCGACAACGUGUUGGCAGUGGUGCGGGGCACGGCGGUCAACAACGAUGGUCACGCCAAGGCUGGAUUGGCGGCACCCAGCGUGGGGGCGCAGCGAGAGGUGAUUGCCGACGCUUACUCGCGGUCGGGUAUCGAUCCGCGGAGUGUGAGCUACAUCGAGACGCACGGCACCGGCACGUCGCUGGGAGACCCGAUUGAGAUGCAUGCACUGGAAGGGGCGUUCGGGCAGGCGACGGGUGACCACAGUUUCUGCGCGGUGGGUUCGGCCAAAACGAAUAUUGGGCACCUGGAGUCGGCUUCUGGGGUGGCGGGACUGAUUCGCGCGGUUUUGGCGUUGUCGAACGAGGCAUUACCGCCGACGCGGAACUUCGAAUGCCCGAACCGUCACAUCGCGUUUGCUAACAGCGCGUUCUAUGUGAACGAUCGCUUGCGACCCUGGACCAGUGGAGGGAGCAAGCGACGGGCCGGGGUGAGCAGUUUUGGGUUUGGCGGGACGAACGCCCACGUGGUGUUGGAAGAAGCACCGCGGGUUGUGGAUGUGGCCAACCGUGCGGCUGACGAAGGAGUUUCGGUGUUGACGCUUACGGCGAAGACACCGGAGGCCUUGCGGCAGCUGGUGAGGGCUUAUGCAGAGCAGCUUACCGCCGACGAGCGAUGGAACCUGGCUGAUGUGUGCUACACGGCGAAUGUUGGUCGCAACAAGUUCGCGCACCGGCUGGCGAUUGUGGUGCGGCAUGCCGAUCAACUGUUCGACAAGCUGCGGCUGCUCUCGCUGAGCGGCAAUGACGCGAGCCUGAUGACGUCGCAUAUCUAUCAGAGUUUAGAGUCGAAGGAGAUUGAUGCUUCUCUGAUCGAGGCGAUCUGUUCUCUGAGCGAUGCUGGGCUGGCGAGGUUGGUGGCUUGGAGUGUAGGAGGGAAGCUCGAUUCGCUGCUUGCAUCGGCGAAGCGGAAGAAGCCUGCUGACUCUGCGAUUAAGGAGACUUUGAAGCCGGCGGAACGGCUUGCGUUGCUGAAAGUGGUUGCACAACUUUUCACGCAAUGCUGGGAUUUCGACUGGGAUGCGAUCGAGUCGGAAUCGCUGGGCCGGCGACGGGUGGUGCUGCCGACGUAUCCGUUUGAACGGGUGCGAUGUUGGUUCCGGACCGAGGAUGAAGUGGAGCGGGAUGAGACGACCGAGUCCAAGCUAGUUUCGGAAGUGAAGGCCAAGCAAUUAGUAGCUGCUAAGCCAACGGCUGAGAAGAAGCCUUCGCAAUCAAAAACAAAAAAGCGAAAAACCCCAUCCAAGAAGCGCAAAGCAGCCGAGACGAAGGCGAGUGGGCCGACUGAGAUGAAGGAAAUCGCACCGAAGAGGAACCGCAAAAAGAAAGCUGCCGAGGCUGCGACGCCUGAAGUGCCCAGUGUGGAUAAUUGGUUCUAUCAGCCGAGUUGGGUUGCCGCUGAACUUGGAAAGACAGCGGCCGAGGAGACCGUAGCGCCCGGCAAGUGGUUGAUCUUUGCCGAUGGUUUGGGCAUCGGGCAGGCUUUGGCCGAACGGCUGCGACGCAACGGACACGAGGUGUGGGUGGUGUUGCGGGGAACACGGCAGAAGGCGACCGACGAACAUACAUUCGAGCUGAAUCCUGACAAGCAGGCCGACUAUCGCAAGCUGAUGAAGUGGAUCGACGGGCCGGUCGACCAUGUGGUGCACUUGUGGAGUUGCGACCGCGAGACGGGUGCGGUUGGGUCGCUGUUCGACCUGGCGUCUAGCCUCAGCGAUGGGGUGCGAAGCCUGAGCAUGCUGUGGAAGGUGCUCGCAGGAAGCAAGUCGCUUGACCUGCGGUUGGUGACUUCGCGGGCGUGGGCACUCGAGAGCGAUGCAGAGCAAUCGUGCCCCGAGAAGGCCGCGGCUUGGGGGAUGAUCAAGUCGAUCGCACUAGAGGACUCGCACACUAAAGUUCAGGCCAUCGAUAUCUCGCCGGAGGAUGUGGGGCGAGGGUUGGUCGAACGACUGAGUGCCGAACUCGUGGUCGAUGCCGAGCACCAGGAAGUGGCACUGCGGGGAACCAAUCGCUACGUGGCUACCUGGCAUCCGUUGGAUUUCACUUCGGUCGAGCGAAGGCCGAUGCCGGUGAAGAAGAAUGGGGUAUACCUGGUCACCGGUGGACUGGGUGGCAUUGGGCUUGAAGUUGCUGCUUGGCUGGCGAGUGAGUGGUCGGCCAAGCUGGUGCUGACGGGUCGCUCGGAGUUCCCGCCGCGUGAAGCUUGGGAGUCUUGGCUCAAUGAGCAUGCGGCGAAUCAUAGGGUUUCGCGAAAGAUCCGCCGGUUGAUGGAACUCGAAGCGGCGGGAGCUGAGGUGUGGACUGUGGCGGCCGAUGUGGCCGAGUUGGAAGACAUGGCCGAGGUUGUGCAGCAAAUUCACGACCGCUUCGGACAGCUCGACGGGGUGUUCCACACGGCGGGAGUGAUUCACGACGGGCUGUUGGCCAAGAAGCGAAUGACCUCAGUCGACGAUGUGCUGCGGGCGAAGGUGCAGGGGGCCUGGGUGUUGGAUCAGGUGACUCAAGCGCAACCACCGGAGUUCAUGGUACUGUUCUCGUCGAUUUCGGCUGUGCUGGGCAGCCCUGGGCAGGCAGACUACGCGGCCGCGAAUGCUUACCUGGAUAGUUUCGCCACUUGGCGCGAUGCGCAGGGGCGCCCCACGAUGAGUAUCAAUUGGGGGCUGUGGGGUGAAGUGGGUAUGGGGGUGAAACGGGUGCGGCAGACCGAGCGUUCUGGCGCGCUGAAGGCCAUGCCGACCGCCUCGGCACUUGCGGCCCUACAGCGAGCGAUGGCGUUUGAUACUCCGCGGCUGAUUGUCGCCGCCUUGGGUGAGCGGUUGCAACCGCCCAUGCAUCCUGCAGCGACGGUGGGGGCUGCAGAGCACGAGCCUGCUGUGGAACACGAUGCAACGGACUUCACUUUAGAACAAGUGGAAGAGCACCUACGCAAGCUGCUGACUCGGUUGUUGGAAGUUGAGCCGAGCGAGCUCACCCGUGAGAGGCAUUUCGCCGAGUUGGGACUCGACUCGAUUCUGGUUGUGCAGCUCACGCGGGAGCUUGAAUCGCAGAUUGGCCGCUCGUUCAAGUUCGACCUGUUGCAGGACUAUCCGCAUUCUUUCUUGCUGUGGACCUACCGCACUGCGAGGCCAUUGAAACCGCCCCGCCGAAUUUUAGACGUGGGGCAGGCGAUCGACGACUUCACGCUUCGCGAUUUCCGUGGGGCGGAGCACUCGCUGAGUGAUUUCUCCAAUGCCAAGUUGGUGGUGGUGGCCUUUUUGGGAACCGAGUGCCCCCUGGCCAAGCUUUAUGCUCCGCGGUUGUCGCAGUUGGAAGAGCAGUACGCGGAUCUCGGCGUGGCUUUCCUGGCAAUCAAUGCCAACCGGCAGGACUCGAACACCGAGCUGCUGCACUACGCUCGCACGCAUGGCAUCGACUUUCCGGUGCUGAAGGAUCUAUCGAACGAAAUCGCCGAUCGCUUCGACGCGCGACGUACGCCGGAGGUGUUUGUGCUCGAUGCGAAUCGGACGGUUCGCUACCGAGGCCGAGUCGACAAUCAGUACGACGUAGGAACCCAAAGGGCGGAACCGACGCAGCACGACUUGGCCGCGGCGCUCGAUGCGUUACUGGCAGGGGACGAGGUGGCCGAGCCGAUUACUGACGCUCCUGGUUGCUUGAUUGGUCGGGUGCGUGAAGUCGAUCCUUCGAGUGAUGUGACCUGGUCGAAUCAGAUCUCGCGGUUAUUUCAGGAGCACUGCCAGUCGUGCCAUCGUCCGGGACAGAUUGGUCCUUUUCCGCUGUUGGAAUACGACGAUGUGGCCGGUUGGGCGGAAAUGAUCCAAGAGGUAGUUCAUCAAAAGCGGAUGCCGCCUUGGAAUGCGGACCCCAACUAUGGCGAGUUCAGCAAUGUGGCGGUGCUGAGUGAAGAAGAGUUGAGCUUGAUCGAUCGUUGGGUGGAAGCGGGUGCUCCGGAAGGCGACCCGGCUGAGUUGCCAGCACCGGUGGAGUUCACCGAAGGGUGGCAGAUUCCUGAGCCCGAUCAAGUGAUCUACAUCGACGAUGAGCCUUUCACUGUGCCGGCCGAGGGCGUGGUCGAUUACCAGUGGUUCACGGUCGAUCCCGGUUGGGACGAGGAUAAGUGGAUCACGAUGGUCGAAUGCCGGCCAGGCAAUCCGGCGGUGGUGCACCACGUUACGGUGUACUUCAAGCCGCCGUAUGUCGACUGGGAUCUCCCGUUGGGUGACAGGAUAAAUCUGCUGGGUGGUUUUGCGCCGGGGAAAAAGCCGGUGAACUUGAAGGAGUUCGACGGCACUGCGCGGUAUGUGCCCGCCGGGUCGCACCUGGUUUUCGAAAUGCACUACACGCCCAAUGGAUCGGUACAGACCGAUCGCAGUGGGAUUGCGGUGUUGUUUGCUGAACCAAGCGAGGUGCGGCGUCAGCUCUCGAUGGUGAUGGUGGCCAACACCGAGUUCGAGAUUCCGCCCCACGAGUCGAAUCACGUGGUGGAAUCACGGUAUACGUUCGACGAAGAUUCGCUGCUGUAUUCGCUCAGCCCUCACAUGCAUUUGCGGGGCGAUACGUUUCGCUUUGUCGCGCAUUAUCCCGACGGUGCAGAUGAGAUUCUUCUGGACGUGCCGAACUUCGACUUCAAUUGGCAGUUCGACUAUCUGCUGAGCGAGCCGAAGGUGAUGCCCAAGGGCACUGAGAUGCAUUGCAUCGCCACGUUCAACAACUCAGAGGACAACAUUGCGAACCCCGAUGCUGAUAAAGCCGUGCAAUGGGGAGAUCAGAUCUGGGACGAGAUGAUGAUCGGGACGAUUGCCAUCGCGCCCCUCGAUCAGGACUUGAAAGCCAACACGGGUAAACCGUUAGAAAUUGGCGGCACCUAUCGUUGGGCCUUGGUGUGGAUUUGUUUACUGACGGUCGGAAUGAUCGGCUUCGUCUGGAUAGGUAAACGGGCUUGGAGAAGCGUGGCAUCGGUGGUUGUGUUUGCCGUGCUCUCGACUGGCUUGUGUGGUGAGGUGUUGGCCGAGGGCGAUUCUAGUGCUGAUCCGCGCGUGGGGAUGGAGAUUGAGGAAUUCGCGUUGCAGGAUUUUCGCGGGGGUGAACACGCCCUGAGCGAUUGGGCCGAGAGCCCAGUAGUGGUUGUUGCGUUCAUGGGCACCGAGUGUCCACUGGCCAAGCUUUAUGCGUCUCGAUUGGUAGAAUUGGCCGAGGAUUACAAAGAUUCGAACGUUGCGGUGGUGGCCGCUUUCUCGAACCGGCAAGAUUCGAUCGAGGAAAUGGAGCACUUUGCCCGCGUGUACGGAGUUUCGUUUCCCUGCUUGAAAGACGUCGGCAAUCAGGUGGCCGAUCAGUUCCAGGCGCAGCGGACCCCGGAAGUGUAUGUUUUGGACAAAGAUCGCAAGGUUCGGUACGUGGGGCGGGUGGACGAUCAAUACGAUGUGGGCGUGGAUCGUGCGGAACCCGAACAUCGUUUCCUUGUAGAUGCCGUUGAUGCAUUGCUAGAUGGCGAAGAAGUGCCUGUUGUCGCUACCGAGGCUCGGGGCUGCAUUAUCGGUCGGGUGCUCGAGGCGGAUGAGGCUGCGGAAGUCACCUGGUCGAACCAGAUCGUUCGAAUCUUUCAGAAGCGAUGUCAGAACUGCCAUCGACCUGGCGAGAUCGCUCCGUUUUCUCUUUUAGAGUACGACGAGGUGGUUGGUUGGGCUGAGAUGAUCGGCGAGGUGGUCACUCAACGGCGGAUGCCGCCCUGGUAUGCCGAUCCCGAGCAUGGCGAGUUCGUGAACAAUGCCCGAUUGACGGACGAAGAGUACGAGCAGAUUCUGACGUGGGUUGCGGCGGGAGCCCCCGAGGGGGAUCCCAGUAAGAUGCCGCCUCCGGCGGAGUUUCCGACUGGAUGGCGAUUGCCGCGAGAGCCGGACCUCGUCGUACCGAUGAGCGACGAGCCAUUCACCGUGGCCGCUGAUGGGGUGAUCGAGUACCAGUACUUCGUAGCCGACCCGCAGUUGACCGUGGGCCGGUUCAUCGAUGCGGCCGAGUGUCGCCCUGAUAAUCAUGCGGUGGUGCAUCACAUCAAUGUAUUUGUUUUGCCACCCGAGUUGGAUACGGGCAAUCUGACUCGCGACGACUUGGCCGAAAUGUGGGAUCUGCAGCAUCACAUGCUUUGCGGCUAUGUGCCGGGCAUGCUGCCCACGGAGUUUCCCGAGGGAAUGGCGAAGUACGUUGCCCCAGGUUCGAAGUUUGUCUUCCAGAUGCAUUACACACCCAACGGUAGUGUGCAGCAGGACCUCAGCUCGUUGGGCCUGGUGUUCGCCCCCGAAGGUGCAGAGCGACGAGAGGUCACGACGACACCGGCCAUGAACAACUGGUUUGUCAUUCCUCCUAACGAACCAGAGCAUGUGGUUACGCUUGAUUACAACAUCAAGCGCGAUACCGAAGUGCUUUCGUUCCUUCCGCACAUGCAUCUGAGAGGUAAAGCGUUUCGCUAUGUGGCCCAUUACCCCGAUGGGACCGAUGAAAUUUUGCUCGACGUGCCCCAUUACGACUUCAAAUGGCAGAACCGCUAUGUGUUGGCCCAGCCGAUGAUGUUGCCAGAGGGAACUGUGGUGGAGUGCAUCGCCACGUUCGAUAACUCAGAAGACAAUCUCUCGAAUCCCGAUUCCACGGUCGAGGUGAGUUGGGGGGAGCAAAGUUGGGAAGAGAUGAUGAUCGGGUACUUCGAUGUCGUGGCGGCUGAGCCUGAGCCGAGCCUUGCUGGGAACGAGUCCCGCUCAGCUCUGCUCUAUCUCACGCUGGGUGGUCUGGCGGUGGCAGCCGUUGUGGUGAUGGCCGUGCGUCGUCGUUCGCCCGCUGUGUAA